AGCAGGGUCAGCGUUCCGGCUUGGGACGCCAACAAAACUACUCGCCGUCCAGGGCCGGUCGGUAGUUUCGUUUCGGGGGACUUUGGAUUCCUUGGAGGAGCUUCCCAGUGAAGGGAAUUCAAGCGGGAGAAGGACGCGUCCCCCGGACCCCCACCCCCACCCCGUCCCCCCCGACCCCAUCAUCACCCCCGGCCGGCACCCUUGCGCUAACAAGGAGCCCAGCCAGCCGGCAUGUCGACGCAAGCGCCGACCUUCACGCAGCCGCUUCAGAGCGUGGUGGCACUAGAGGGUAGUGCCGCCUCGUUCCAGGCGCAAGUGAGCGGCGCUCCGCUUCCCGAGGUGUCGUGGUUCCGCGACGGCCAGGUCCUGUCGGCCGCCGCCUUGCCCGGCGUCCGCGUCUCGUUCGGCGACGGCCGCGCCGUUCUGAACAUCGACGCCGUGACGCCCGCGCACGGCGGGAGGUUUUCCGUCCGGGCCACCAACGCCGCCGGACAAGCCACCAGCACCGCCGAACUCCUCGUAACAGCCGAGACGGCGCCACCCAACUUCCUUCAGAGACUUCAGAGCGCCUCGGUGCGGCAGGGCAGCCAGGUGCGACUGAGCGUCCAGGUGACGGGCAUCCCGCCGCCCGACGUCAAGUUCUACCGCGAGGGGGCCGAGAUCCAGAGCUCGGCCGACUUCGGGAUCGUCCGGGACGGAGACCGCUACAGCCUGCUGAUCGCCGAGGCCUUCCCGGAAGACUCGGGCACGUACUCGGCGACCGCCUGCAACGCCAGCGGCCGGGCCACGUCCACCGCCGAGCUGCUGGUCCAGGGCGAAGAAGCCGUCCCCGCCAAGAAAACCAAGACCGUCGUCGUGGCCUCCUCUCAGAUGGGGGUGCGCAAGAUGGAGAGCAGCUUCCAGAGCAGCUUCCAGAGCAGCGUGAUGGAGAUGCAGGCGGCGGGGGCCGUGAUGAGCCAGCACCUGGCUCACAGGACCCCCCCGAGGGUGCCGCCGAAACCCACGUCCAGAUCGCCGCCCUCCUACUUGAGCAAGGUGACCGGCGGACGCCAGCAGUCGCCGUCGCCCGUCCGCCACGUGAAAGGACCGGCGCCCGCGCCCGUCAGAUCCGUGUCGCCCUCCGCCCGACCGUCCGUCUCACCCAUCAGACACGUCAAGUCGCCCGUCGUCACCCGGAAGCAGGUGUCGGUGUCGCCCGAGGUGCCGCCGCCCUGGAAGCGCGCCGACUACUCCGCCCAAGCGGGCUACGCCGUCGCCGGCGGGCUGCGGGUGGACCAACAGUGGGAGCAACAAGCCACCGCCGUCGUCCGAGAGGCCGAGCAAGCGUCCCAGGCGGGUCGCAGCGUCGCCGUGGCGACGGUGGUGGCCGCCGUGGAUCAGGCCCGCGUCCGCCGGGGGCCGCCGGAUGCCGCCGAACAGGUGCAGACCGGCCAGCAAGUGCAAAUGGCCGUCGCGGAGGCGCCGGCCGUGGCGGAGACGCCCGCGCCGGGCGCCACGGCGGUGGAGGUGAAGAAGCGGCUCACCGUAGAGAAGCAUUUCAAAACGGCGCCGCCUGAACCCGUCGCCGCCGCCGCCACCGUCACCACGCACGUCGUCAGCACCCAAGUGGCCGUGGCCGCGGCCACCGAGACCACCGAGACCACCGGGACCACCGAGACCACGCAGAUCGCCUCGACGGCCGCCUCCUCCCGCCCGGACGCUGGCGCGCCCUCGGCCUCGCUUCCGCAUUUCACCGUGGCCAAAGUCGCCGUCCCCAAAGCCGAGGUCACCCGCGAGGUGUCGAUGGCGGGCUCGGCCAUGGCCGCCUUACACAAAGAGCUGUCGUCCCCCUCGGCGCCCAGAAAGGUCAUCAAGCCCGUCCAGUCGCCCAGUCCGGUGCGCCGGGCCGCGGCCGCGACUGAGGUCCGCGUGGCGCCCCCCUUCAUGGCGCCGGCGUCUCAGAUUCGGGUCGAGACGCAGGUGACGCGCCUCGAGGCCGAGGAGGAGUUUGAAGACUGGGAGCCUCAGGAGGCGGUGGCAGUGCCCCCCAGUGACCAGCAGGAGGCGGUGGUGCCACCCACCCUGCUUGCCGGCCUGAAGGACGCGACGGUGACGGAAGGCGAGUCGGUGACGCUGGAGUGCCGUUUCGGGGGGCGGCCGGCCCCCGAGGUGGCGUGGUUCCGGGAGGACUACAGGAUGGAGAGCUCCAUCGACUUCCAGAUCAGCUACGAGGACGGCCGCGCCCGCCUGCUCAUCCGCGAGGCCUUCGCUGAGGACAGCGGCCGCUUCACCUGCGCCGCCGCCGGCCCGGCCGGCGCCGUCAGCACUUCCUGCUACCUGCUGGUCAAAGUUUCCGAGGAGGCCGAGAGCCGAGAGGAGACGACGGCCGUCGAGAGUGUUGCCGCGGAGGCGAGCGUCGGGGAGGCCGCCGCCCCCUUCUUCGUCCGCAAGCCGACGGUGCAGAAGCUGGUGGAGGGCGCUGCCGUGGCCUUCUGCUGCCAAGUGGGGGGCAGCCCCAGACCGCACGUCGUCUGGAAGAAGAACGGCGUUCUGCUCUCCACCGGAUACCGAUAUAAAGUGACCUACAAGAAAGAGACGGGCGAAAGCCAGCUGGAGAUCUCCAUGACGUUCGCCGACGACGCCGGCGAAUAUUCCGUCUUUGCCAAGAAUUCUCACGGAGAAGCCUCGGCGUCCAUCAGCCUUCUGGAGGAAGAGGACUACCGAGCCUACGUGGCGUUGCACGAGGCGGCGUACAAAAGCCAAGCGACCACAACGACGACGGUCGCGGCGGAGGAGGAGGAGGCAGCGACGACGACGACGACGAUGACGAUGAUGACGACGGUCGAGGAGCCGUCCGCCCUCGUGAGCGGCUACAAGAGAGGAGCCCCCCCGAUGAGCUUCACCUCCGAAACGGAGUUCCUCAUUUCGGCCUUUGAAGAGCGGAUCAUCCAGGAGAUCGAGAUCCGCAUCCUGAGGAUUACUUACACGGAACUGCUUCGGGAGGACGGCGAGCAGAUGGCGAGCGCGCCCGAGCGCGAGGCCAUGGCGCCCACCUUUGACACGCUGGUGAAAAACUACCGCGUCGUGGAGGGAAUGGGCGUCACCUUCCACUGCAGGAUCGCCGGCGUGCCGCUGCCCAAGAUGGCCUGGUACAAAGACGGUGAGCGCAUCCGCGCCGGCGGGCGCUACCAGCUGGAGGUUCUUCAAGACGGGCGCGCCGUCCUGCGACUGGCCGCCGUUGUGCCCGAGGACGAGGGCGUGUACACGGCCUUCGGCAGCAACGUGAAGGGAAACGCCGUCAGCUCGGGGAAGCUCUACGUGGAGCCUUCCGGAGCCGCGUCGCCUCGGAGAUACACGCCGCAGCCAGCCGUGCAGAGGAUCCAGUCGGAAUCCCCGCGCUUGCCGAGCCGCUCGCCGAGCCGCUCGCCGGGCCGCUCGCCGGGCCGCUCUCCCAGUCGUUCUCCGGGACUUUCUCCCGCCCGAAGGCUGGACGACACGGACGAGGCUCAGCUGGAGAGGCUCUACAAGCCCGUCUUUGUCAUGAAGCCCACCUCGCUCAAAUGCUCCGAGGGCCAAACCGCCAGAUUUGACCUGAAGGUGGUCGGCAGACCCAUGCCGGACACGUACUGGUUCCACAACGGACAACAAGUGGUCAAUGACUACACGCACAAGAUCGUGGUGAAGGAGGACGGCGUUCAGUCCAUGAUCAUCGUCCCCGCCGUGCCGCAGGACUCCGGAGAGUGGACGGUUGUCGCUCACAACCGGGCCGGCCGCACCACCAUCACCGUGACUCUGACCGUGGAAGCCCAAGAGAGCUCGACGCGUCCCCGUUUCGUGGAGAAGCUGAAGAACAUGGUGGUCAAACAGGGAACACUGGUGGAGUUGGCCGUCAAGGCCGUCGGAAACCCGCUGCCGGACAUCGUGUGGCUGAAGAACAAUGACAUCGUCACCCCGCACAAGCACCCGCAAAUCAAGAUCGAGGGCACCAAGGGAGAGGCCAAGUUUCAGAUCCCGUCGGCGUCGGGCUCAGACAGCGCCUGGUACACGGCCACGGCCAUCAACCGAGCCGGCAGGGACACCACCCGCUGCAGAGUCAACGUGGAAAUGGACUUUGCCCCACCGCUAGCCGAGAGGAAGCUCAUCGUCACCAAAGGAACCUACAAGGCCAAAGAGAUCGCCGCCCCCGAGCUGGAGCCCCUGCAUCUCCGCUACGGCCAGGAGCAGUGGGAGGAGGGAGACCUUUACGACAAAGAGAAGCAGCAGAAGCCGCAAUUCAAGAAGAAGCUGACCUCCGUUCGGAUGAAGAAGUUUGGCCCCGCUCACUUUGAGUGCAGACUGACCCCGAUCGGCGACCCCACAAUGGCGGUGGAGUGGCUGCACGACGGCAAGCCCCUGGAGGCCGCCAACCGCCUGCGCAUGGUCAACGAAUUCGGCUACUGCAGUCUGGACUACGAGGUUGCGUACGCGCGAGACAGCGGCGUCAUCACCUGCAAAGCCAGCAACAAGUUCGGAGUCGACCAGAACUCGGCCACCCUGAUCGUCAAGGACGAGAAGGGUCUGGUGGAGGAGAGCCAGCUGCCCGAAGGAAGGAUCGGCGCGCACAGGAUCGAGGAGAUGGAGCGCGCGGCUCACGAGGGCGGGCCCGCGGGGGUGGCCACCGACGAGGAGACCGAAAAGACCAAACCCGAAAUCGUCCUCCUCCCGGAGCCCACCCGAGUGCUGGAAGGCGACGUCGCCCGAUUCCGCUGCAGAGUGACCGGUUACCCCGCGCCCAAGGUCAACUGGUACCUCAACGGCCAGCUCAUCCGCAAGAGCAAGCGCUACCGACUGCGCUACGACGGCAUCUACUACCUGGAGAUCGUGGACAUCAAGUCCUACGACACGGGCGAAGUCCGACUGGUCGCCGAUAACCCUUUGGGAACGACGGAGUACGUCGUCAAGCUGGACGUCACGCAGAGGGAGGACUUCAGGUCCGUCCUGCGUCGGGCUCCGGAAGCCAAGGCGUCGGUGUCGCCGCACGACUCGAGCAGAGUCGCCAAGGUGGACCGACCUGCCGAGGGCUCGCAAGACAAAGAGGUCGUGAAACUCAGGAAGACGCAGAGGAUCGUUCACGAGAAAACCUCAGAGGAGUCCGAAGAGCUGAAGAGCAAGUUCAAGCGCAGGACAGAAGAAGGCUUCUACGAGUCCAUCUCUGCGGUGGAAUUCAAGGCUCACCGGAGGGAUGACUCCUACGAGGACUUGUUGAGGAAGACCAAGGAUGAGUUGCUCCACCACCUGAAAGAGAAAGAGGAGGAGGAGCGGAAGAAGCUGGAGGAGCAGGGCAAGAUCACCAUCCCCACAAUCAAACCCGAGAGGAUCCAGUUAUCCCCCAGCAUGGAAGCCCCCAAGAUCCUGGAACGCAUCACCAGCAAGACCGUCAACCCUAUGGACGAGGUUCGCUUUCGACUCCGGGUGGUGGGCCGACCCGAGCCCGAGUGCCAGUGGUUCAAGAACGGCAUCGAGCUGGAGAAGUCGGACCGCGUCUACUGGUACUGGCCCGAAGACCAUUUGUGCGAGCUCGUCAUCCGAGACGUCACCCCGGAAGACUCGGCCAGCGUCAUGGUCAAAGCGGUCAACGUCGCCGGGGAGGCCUCCAGCCACGCCUUCCUGCUGGUGCAAGCUAAGGCCGCCGUGAGCUUCACCCAAAAUCUGGAGGACGCCGACGCCCAAGAGAAGGACACCAUGGUGACCUUUGAGUGUGAAACCAGCGAACCUUUCGUCAAAGUCAAAUGGCUGAAGAACAACGCGGAGAUCUUCUCCGGAGACAAGUACAGAAUGCACUCUGAUCGCAAGGUGCACUUCCUGUCCGUGCUGAUCAUCGACGUGAGCGACGCCGCAGAGUACGCGUGCGUCCUCGCGGACGACGACGGCAUCCGCACCGUGGCGAGACUUCAUGUCCAAGGUGCCACGCUGGAGCUGAUCAAAGCUCUGGAGAACAUCGAGGUUCCCGAGAGCUACGCCGGCGAGUUUGAGGUGGAGUUGUCUCGAGAGGACGCCAAGGGCAGCUGGUUCUUUGGAGACACGGAGCUGUCUGCCGGCAACAAGCACGUUCUGUCCUCCCGGCGCGGAAGGCACACCCUGACCGUGAAGGACGUCAAGAAGGAGGACCAGGGCAAAUACACUUUUGUGUGCGGAGACUUGAAGACGAGCGCCUCACUGAGUAUGAAACUGCGUCCGGUGACCCUGAUGCAGCCUCUGUCCGAUCUGACCGUCUGCGAGGGCGACAUCGCUCAGCUGGAGGUCAGGUUCUCCCAGGAGAACGUGGAGGGAACCUGGAUGAAGAACGGCCAGGCCGUCUCCGCUUCGGACCGAGUCCACCUGGUCGUGGACAAGGCCGUCCACAAGCUCCUGGUGGAGAACGCCGGGCCGGAAGACGCCGCCUCGUAUUCCUUUGAGGUUCCCGGCCACUUCAUCAGCACUUCCUGCAAACUCAACGUUCAGACCAUUGAAAUCGUGGCGCCCCUGAAAGACGUGACUUCGGUGGAAGGCACCAAGGCGGUUCUCGAAGCCAAGAUCUCUGCUCAGAACGUGGCCUCGGUCAAGUGGUACCACGACGACAAGCCGCUGACAGCCGGCGAGCGCGUGCAGAUCGUGGCCAAAGGCGCCAAGCAACGGCUCGUCUUCAGCAGAACCUUCGCCUCGGAUGAGGGACGCUACAAGCUGCUGGUCGGGAAGGUGUCCACCAGCUGCCAUCUCACCGUGGAACCGGUUGAAAUUGUCAAACACAUGGAGGACAGAGUGUGCUCCGAGUCCCAAAACGUCACCUUCCAAGUUCAAGUGUCCCACGCCGGUAUCGACCCGGUCUGGACCUUCAGAAACCAGCAUCUUAAGCCCGGUCCCAAGUACAAGAUGGAGUCCAAGGACAAGACUCACUCUCUGACUGUCAUCGACACCAUGAAGGACGAGGAGGGAGUCUACGGCUUUCACGCCGGACAGAAGACGUCCGGCGCCACCCUCACCGUCUCCGGCGGCGCCAUCACACGACCUCUGACGGACGUGACGGUAGCCGAGUCACAGACGGCGGAACUGGAGUGCCAGGUGGCCAACGCCGACGCCGAGGGCAAGUGGCUGAAGGACGGCAAGCUGCUGGACUUGGACAAGAACGUCAAGAGCGUGGCCAAGGGAGCCGUCCGUCGCCUGGUCGUCGCCGUCACUCGACCGCAGGACGCCGCCGAGUACACCUACCAAGUGGCCAACUCCAAAACCUCGGCCAACCUGCGGGUGGAGGCGGUGAAGAUCAAGAAGACUCUGCGCAACCAGACGGUGACGGAAAUGCAGGAGGCGCUCUUCACGCUGGAGCUGACGCACGGCGACGUCAAAGGCGCUCGCUGGUUCCGCAACGGCGUGGAAGUGAGCGACGGCGACAAGUACGGCGUGAGCGCCCAAGGCGGCGUCCACGUGCUGCGCGUCCGUGCCUGCCGCUCACAGGACGAGGACGUCUACUCCUUCAAACUGGGCAAGCUGACGGCCAGCGCUCGCCUCAACGUGGAGACCAUCAAGAUCGUGAAGAAGAUGAAGGACGUGACGUCGCUGGAGGGCGCCACGGCGUCCUUCGAGAUGAGCCUGUCUCACGACAACGUCCCGGUCCGCUGGAUGUUCAACGGCGCCGAGCUGACGCCCGGAGACUCCUGCAAGAUUCUGGUGGAGCGCAAAGCCCACAAGCUGGUUCUGCAGAACGUGGACAGCGCCAGCCAAGGGGAGUACACGGCCGUGGCGGGACACCUGCGGUGCGCCGCCAACCUCACCGUGCAAGCUCUGCGCGUGACCAAACCCCUGAAGAGCGUGACGGUGGCCGAGACGCAGGCGGCCACCUUUGAGUGCGAGGUGUCCCACUUCAACGUGCCGUCCACCUGGCUGAAGAACGGCGUGGAGAUCGAGAUGAGCGAGAAGUUCCGUGUGGUGGUGCAGGGCAAGCUGCACCAGCUGAAAAUCAUGAACACCAGUAGGGCCGACGGGGCGGAGUACACCUUUGUUUGCGGCAACGACCGCGUGUCCGCCACGCUCACCGUCAACCCCGUCCUGGUCACCUCCAUGCUGAAAGACCUGAACGCUCAGGAGCGAGACACCAUCACCUUCGAGGUCACCGUCAACUACGAGGGCAUCACCUACAAAUGGCUGAAGAACGGCGUGGAGAUCAAGUCGUCCGAGAGGUGCCAGGUCCGAAGCCGGCAGCUGACCCACUCGCUGACCGUUCGCAACGUUCACUUCGGAGACGGCGGAGAGUACCGGUUCGUGGCCGGCUCUGCGGCCAGCGCCGCCAACCUUUUUGUCGAAGCUCGUGUCAUCGAGUUCACCAAGAAAAUCAAAGACAUCAAGAUCACGGAGAAGAAGAAGGCCAUGUUUGAAUGCGAGCUGUCGGAGCCCAACGUCCAGGUCGUGUGGAUGAAGGACGGUCUGGAGCUGGACACGUCCGAGGAGAGGUUCGUGGUGACGGCCGAGAAGUACGUCCACCGCCUCAUGAUCCAGACGGUGCGCAUGUCGGACGGCGGCGAGUUUUCGGUGGUGGCCGGCUCCAGCGUGUCCAAGGCCCGACUCACCGUGGAAGGCCGCGACAUUCGCAUCUCGGAGCCCGCCGAGCGACACAUCACGGUUCUGGAGAAACACCGUGCCACUUUAGAGUUUGAGGUGAACGAGGACGAGGUGGAAGGGCGCUGGCUGCGGAACGGCGUGGAGAUCCAGUUGUCGGAGGAGGAGCGCUUCAGCUACGUGGCCAUCAGGAGGCUCCACCGCCUCACCAUCUCGGAAACGUUUCGUAGCGAUGCCGGCGAGUACGCCUUUGUCGCCGGGAAGAACACCAGCGCUGUCACCUUGAGAGUCAACAUCCCCGAAGCGCCUCAAAUCCUGCGCCACAUGGAGGCUCAAUCGGUGGAGGCGGGCAAGCCCGCCCGCUUCUCCGUGGCCGUGAGCGGUGUGCCUCAGCCUCGGAUCUUUUGGUACAAGGACUCUCAGGCGCUGUCGCCGGGCUUCAAGUGCAAGUUCUUGCGUGAUGCCCAAGAGCACACCCUACUGCUCAUUGAGGUUUUUCCGGAGGAUGCCGCCAUCUACAACUGCGAGGCCAAAAACGACUACGGCGUGGCCACCAGCACCGCCACGCUCACCGUGGAAGUGCCGGAGGUGGCUUCCCCAGAGUUGCCCGAGAUUGUUGCCCCGCCCGUUGUCAUCUCACCCAUGGCCAGCACGUCCACCUUGGAGGGACAACCAGCUCGCUUCCAGUGCAGAAUUGGCGGAGACGAUGUCAAGGUCAGCUGGUUCCACAAGGACAAGGAGAUCAAGCAGUCGGAAUUCUUCAGGAUCUCUCAGCUUGAUGACAGCUGUCAGCUGGAGAUCUCAAAAGUGUACCCAGAGGACGAGGGCGAGUACGCCUGCGUGGCCGUCAACAGCGGCGGGACCGCAUCCUGCUCCGCCACCCUCACGCUGGACGGGCAAAAACAGUCAGUGGAGCCUCCCGCCGAGCAGUACGUCUCCACCACACUCAGCAGUCGAAAGAAAGCCACCCCCAGCCAGAAGCCAGUUUUUCUGCGGCCGCUCACGAGUUGCUCGGUGCCACACGGCGAGGUGGCCCGCUUUCACGCGCUCGUGUCCGGCACCCCGGCGCCAGAGAUAAGCUGGUUCCACAACCGGCAGCCAGUGCUGCCCACCAAGAACGUGGUGUUCCAUUACGACGAGCUGACCAGCACCGCCACCCUCAUCAUCGUGGAUGCCUUCUUGGAGCACGCCGGCCAGUACACCUGCAGAGCCACCAAUCUCGCAGGAGAGGCCACGUGCUCGGCCACGCUCGACAUCAUCGAAGAGCGCCGGGAAGAAGAAGUGACUCAAGAGCGAGAAGAGAUCGAGACCACCAUGAAGCAGGAGGUGAAAGAACGUUCUCGCACCACCGUCACCACCAUGGAGGAGCAAGAGGAGAUCUACUACACCGGUGUCGAGUUGCCUCACAAAACAAAAACACUUGAACUCACGCCAGAGCCCAAACGUUACUCUUCCGCAAUAGAGAAGAAAAAGGAAAAGCCGGUGUUUCUCACCCAGCUCUCGUCAGUGGCAGUGAUCGCCGGAGAGAGCGCUACCUUUAGUGUCAAAGUGUCUGGCAUCCCAAAGCCCACCGUUCAGUGGUCUCGCGAUGGGAAAACCAUCAAGAGUUCUUCCGUGUAUAAGCUUGUUGAGGAGAAGGAAGAGUUUACCUUAAUUAUCAAUCGCGUCACAUCGGAGCACCAAGGCGAGUAUUCCUGCACCGCCUCCAACAGGUUUGGCCAGACCACGUGCUCCACGUACCUGGAGGUGAAAAAGGAAGACCUUAGCCAGGCAGAGAAAUGGGUCGAGAAAAUGUUUCAGUACACGGGCAAACCUCCCACCUUCUUAACGCAGAUCCAACCCGUGAGCUGCUCAGCAGGGACAGAGGUUCGUUUUCAUUACCAAGUUGUUGGGGAUCCGGUCCCCAAAGUCCAGUGGUUCAAAGGUACGGUUGAGAUCCAGUCUAGUCCCAAGCGUGCCGUUACCGCUCAUCCAGAUGGGUCUGGCUUUAUUACCGUCAAGGAUGUCACACAGCAAGACAGUGGCAUGUACACAUGUAAAGCUUCUAACCAGUUUGGGGAGGCAUCUAGUGGAGCGGAGCUGGUUGUGCUGCGGGAAUCUCGUUCUGUGUCUCACAAACAGCAGGUUGAGCUCCAGAAAAAAAGUUACAAAGUUUCCAAGACAGAACAGGCGACAGAGUCUCGCCUUUACCAGGUCAGCCUCCCAGGCCAGGAUGGGGUCAGCUCGGAUCAGAUGGUGUAUACAAUCGGGACUGAAGACCGGCGGGUUAUUCCCAGCGAGCAAGUAGGCUCCCUUACGGAGCUGGAUAUCUCUGCCGCCACCAUUCACCGCGAGAAGUUGACCCAUCAGGCAGCGGUGCUUCAGUGUCUCGAGGUAGAGGAGAGAGUUUCCGAGGUGUCCACCCGCCCGGCCCAAGUUUCAGCUGUUCCUCAAAAGCAGCUUCACAUGGCCGCUUUCACAUCAUCUAUUGAGGAGAGUCAGGGCCUCACAGAGCAGCACUGUGACCGCAUUCGGAGCCCCGAGGUGAUUGAGCUCCAGGCAAGUAGGGAGGAGAGGUCGCAUGUGAUGUCGGCUGUCGCCGAGGAGCUUACCCCUCUUUCGACCACCAGCACCAAGCCGCUGGCUGACAGAAAGGCCGCGUUGGUCAAGCCGAGAUCGGAGCCCAGGCAUCUAGUUAGCGGGCAUCAGGUGGAAUCACAGAUGGCGGUUAUGAGAGAACAGUCCCAAGAGCUUUCUGGGGCACAGGAAGAGAAAGGUUACAAGGUGAAAGAGGGGGUUAAAAUCCUGUACUCCGCCCAAUCUGCAGAGAAGUAUGCUCUUCCAGAGGGUCACACCGCCGAGCUAGCGACAGCCGACUCUGCCGUUAAGACCUCUGUCAAGCAAGAGCAACAUCGCCUAGUUCUGGCCUCAGUAAGUGAAUCCAAACACACUCUGGCCAAGGAGACGGACUUCCCCGUGCUGACACCAGCAGAGGAGACAGCCCUCCUUUGUAAGGACCGCGUGAUGAAAGUCAGUCUAUCUGCGGAGGAAAAGUACCCGCUCCGGGCCGAGUCCUCCCAGCAAUUACCGUCUCUGGACAGCGCCAGAUCCAUUCAGUCCCAGUUAGAAGGGGAGCAGCUGUUACACUUGCAGGUUAUCACCGAUCAAAACCUGCUCCCCUCUGAAACCAGUUUCACUUGCCAGAAACCCAACGCGGAGCAGGCUGGGACCAGGAAGAGUCCUACUGUGUUGCACUCAGUCAGCCAGGAUGAGCAGAGGACAGUGGUUUGUGAGGGCACAUCUGCGUUUGAGACCAGGAUGAGUACUGUUGCUGUUCAGCCGAGUAAAGAGUCCCCCUCCCUGCUUCAUCUCCAGUCAAGCCAGACUGUUGAUGUGCUUCCCAAAGAAGAUAUUCUUGUGACUGAGAAGCCCGAACACCAGACAGCUACGCAGAAAGCCGAAAAGGUUCGUAGUCACGCAGCUAUCUCUGAGGAGAAACUCCAGGUGACUGCAGAUCAGCACUCAGAGCUAGAUUUGUCUGUGACUGGAGUUCAGUCUCAACUUCGAACUGAGCCCAGGCCUCAGAACAUUCUCCAGCUGUCUUUUGAGCCCAUUCAACUGCCCAAGGAGAUGCCAAUCACUUCUGACGCUAAGCAUCAGCGAGCGCUGGUGCAGAAGGAGGAUCGUUGGAAUGUGAUGCACCUCACCAGCGUAGCAGAGAGUCAGGCGGUUGAGGCGGGACAUACGGAGAGCCUGGUGGCUGUGGACCAAGUCACCUGCGAGACCGCUGUAGAACCAAAGGUCCCCGCAGAGCCUGUCCAGGUUGAGGAGAAGGAGAUAUGCACAGAGAGCAGUGAAAUCCUCCAAGCGGCAGAGCAGGACUUUGCAGUCCAGAUCCAGGAAGGCCAGUCGGUUAGGCAGUCAAUAAUGAUGGAUGAGAAGCAAGUCCUCACGGGCGAGCUCCUCUCUCGACAGAUUAUCGAACCCGAGUCCGCCAGAGUCACAGCGGCGAAGCAGGCCCAGCUGUCUCUGCUUGCGUCAGAGUCCAAAGACAACACAACUCUUCCCAAAGAGAUUAUGUUUGUGCUUCAGAUGCCAAAAGCAUCCAGUGUCAGCAUACGUCGUCAGCUCAGGAAUGCUCUUCAGUCUGCGGUAGCCAGUGAGCAACACGUGUUGCUGGCCGAUGUCGUUGGAGGGCUCCAGGCGGCCGAAGUACAGGAAGUCAAAGUUCAGAGAGAGCCCAGGCACACACUGUUUACGUACCUGAUCACAACAACAGACACACCUUUGGAAAUCACACUGGCUUUCCAGGGUGAAUAUCCUCGCACAGCUGACCUCAGAAGUGAGCUUCAGGCAGCUUUCCAUUCCAUGGUACACCAGGAGGCUCAUGUUCUGACUUUAGAUCAGCCCGGGACCAUGCAGUUAGACAAGCCUCAGAGGGCGCAAGUCUCUUCGGCGCGCUCGAAGCAAGUCAGUUCCUCCAUUGUGCAGACGGUGAGUGUGGCAGAGAGCUCGGUGGACUUAACUGCCGUUGAGUCUCAAGCAGCAACCCUCAGGAACGAGUCCAAAAUGGCGCUGGAGUGUGCCGCAGCUCAACAGCAGGUUGUAGUCCAGGAAUCAAUGGAAGUGAGGGGGGCCCAGUCCUUUUCAUCGCAGGUCCAAGUUUCCACCGAGGCCCAUGUGGCUUUUGAGCAGUCGGCGGUGGUGUCCAGACAGGAGGUGAAGUCUGCAGUAAAGAGCCAACGCAAAGCCGAAGGGACCGCGGUGCUUACCGCCACACUGCCUCCCACCUCAGCUCCCUCCGAACAAGCUCGGGGAGUUAGCAUCGUGGAGGAUAGGAUGGAGCAGGUUUUGAAAGAGGAGAUUUCAGUCUCUAGCCCAGAACCGAGAGAGCGUCCCUCGAUAGUUGCCAGUCUGGAAGAUGUAACGGUUGAGGGCGUUAGCAUCGUGGAGGAUAGGAUGGAGCAGGUUUUCAAAAAGGAGAUUUCAGUCUCCAGCCCAGGACCGAGAGAACGUCCCCCGAUAUCUGCCAGUCUGGAAGAUGUAAAGGUUGAGGGCACUAGCAUUGUGGAGGAUAGGAUGGAGCAGGUUUUCAAAGAGGAGAUUUCAGUCUCUAGCCCAGGACCGAGAGAGCGCCCCCUGAUAGUUGCCAGUCUGGAAGAUGUAACGGUUGAGGAGGAUGCGGCCGUAACGCUGAGAGCUAGCAUCAAAUAUGUCGCCCAGGUCAAGUGGUUCCUCAAUGGGCAACUGCUGCAAUCUGGCAAUGAGUUCAAGUGUUUCACGGAGCUCGACACGCACUCGCUAGUUAUCAGAAAAGUUGUCAAGGAGAAACACGAAGGAGAAUAUGUUUGUGAGGCUGAGAAUGAAGCUGGCCGAGCAACAACAUCUUCCAGACUCACAGUGGUCUCAAGAGUGCCACCCAUCUUUAAGCAGAGAAUCACCCCUCUGGAGAUAAACGUCGGCAGCCGUGCCAUAUUUGAGUGCGAGAUCGAGGAGGCCCCCAGCGUGACCUUCAAGUGGUACAAGUCCAGUGUGGAGAUCAAGCAAAGCGAGAAGUACCGCAUCAUCACCCGGGACGAUGGAUCUUGCCUGGAAGUCUUGAACCCUGUCAAAGCCGACAGCGGAGACUUCAGCUGCAAGGCCACCAACCAGCACGGCGCCGCCAGUUGCAGCGCCUCUCUGGCAGUCACUGAAAUGUACCCGCCGAUUUUUGUAUCAGAACCAGAGCCCGUGACAGCUUAUGUGGGAAAAACGGCCGUGUUCCAGUGCUCGCUCACUGGCUCGGCACCCAUUGAGGUGGUCUGGCACAAAGACAACAUCGCCAUUUCACCCUCAGACCACUAUGCUAUGAGGUGCGGCAAGAACAAGUACUCCCUGCAAAUCUCCAAUCUUGAGCCCGGCCAUCAGGGAGUGUACCUAUGCAAGGCGUCCAACAGCGUUGGCGCCGCUACUUUUAGCACAGAACUCCAAGUCAUCAACAAGCCCAAAUUCGUGAAGAGCUUUGAGCCAGUGUCCGCUGCCAUUCACGAGAUGCUGAGGCUGGAGUGCCAGGUGAAUGAGGACACUGGUGUGACGGUCAUCUGGACCCGGGAUGGUAAAAAGGUCCACCAGAGCCUGGAGUGUAAACAGUCCUUUGAUGACAAGGUGGCGGUUCUCGAAAUUGCCAAGUCCAAAGUGAAGGACUCUGGCGCGUAUGUGUGCACCGCCUCCAACGAGGCCGGGAGCUCCUCCUGCGAGGCUCUGGUGAUCGUUCAAGAGCCUCCUCACUUUGUCAAGAAAAUGGAUCCGAGUGUCACAUGGAAGCAAGGGAUAGCUGCUCGCUUGCAUUGCACCAUGAAAGGUUCCCCAGAGCUCCACAUCCACUGGUUCUGGAAUGAGCGAGAGCUGAGCCCUGGAGACAAACACAAAAUGUCUUUCAUAAAUGGCACAGCCACUUUGGAGAUCAUCAACGUCCUCGUCACUGACAGCGGCCGCUACACCUGUGAGGUGUCAAAUAAUGCCGGCAGCGAGAGCUGCAGUGCGGCCGUGGCCGUCAAAGAGCCGCCAUCCAUUAAGAAAGAGCUGCAGAUGGUGGAGGCUGUGAAGGGCGCCAGCGCUGGGCUGGAGUGUGAAGUCGCGGGAAGUGCUCCCUUUGAGGUCACUUGGUCCAAAAAUAAGAGGACCAUCCGUGGUGACCAAAAAUACAAGGUCAUCUGCCAAGAGCCCGUGUUGAGGCUGGAGAUCGAGUCAUUUGAAAGUGCAGAUAUGGGAGAAUAUCAGUGUGUCGUUUCCAACGCUGUGGGCAAAGUCACCACCAAGGGCUUAGCCAAACUUAAAGAGCCACCGACCUUCACAAAGAGGGUCGAAAGUGUGACGGCGGUGCUGGGAAAUGCAUUGAAGCUUCAGGGAACCGUCAAGGGGUCAGCCCCCAUUGCGGUCAAGUGGAUGAAAGACUCUGAAAUAAUGAGAAAUGACGAUCCAAACAUCAUCAUGUCGUUUGAGAACAACGUAGCGAGCUUGUCCAUCGCAGUCGUGUCCAGCAGCCACGCUGGCAAAUACCUGUGCCAUGCCGUGAACGAAGCCGGGCAACAGAAAUGUGAAGCUGCUCUGACAGUCCACGAACCCGCCAGAAUUGUAGAACCGGCAGAGUCCAUCAGCGUGACGGCAGGUGAUUCGGCCACGCUGGAGUGCACCGUUUCCGGAAGCCCAGACCUUAAAGUCAAAUGGUUCAGAGAUGGCAAAGAGAUGAUCAGUGGGCGUAAAUAUAAGAUGAGCCAGAAGGACAAUGUUGUCUCCUUGAAGAUUCUCAAAGCAGAAAAGGGGGACACAUCCGUUUACAAGAUGGAGCUCACCAACAAAGUUGGGAAAGACCAGUGCACAUGCUCUGUGACAGUUCUAGACCGCAUAAUGCCACCAGCCUUCACCAAGGUCCUAAAACGGGUCGACGGUAACAUUGGCAGCGGCGUCUCACUGGAGUGUAAGGUGUCCGGGUCCCAGCCCAUCGCCGUCACUUGGUUCAAAGAUGAACGGGAAAUUGAGUCCGGAGCCAGAUUCCAGCUAGACUUCAAGGAGAGCUCUGCCACACUCGGCAUCGGCCAGCUGGAGAAAUCCGACUCUGGCGUUUAUAAAUGCAGAGCCACCAACUCGGCCGGCAUGAAAGAAACCAGCGGCAUACUUUACGUCAAAGAGCCGCCGGUGUUCACAGCGACACUCGACGACCAGGAUGUUGUACCUGGAACGACAGUUUGCCUUCAGACUGCUUUCACUGGAACCCCUCCACUGUCUGUGAAGUGGUUCAGAGAAGACAUGGAAAUGAGCAGUGGAGGCUCUUGUUUCAUCAAGAAAGAAGCCUCCAUGAGCACUCUGGAGCUUUCCUCCGUUAAGCCCGGCGACUCUGCUAAAUAUACGUGCCAGGUGUCCAAUGACGCCGGCAAGGUGGACUGCACCGCAGUCCUCUUUGUGAAAGAACCUCCUGCCUUUGUGAUGAAGCCCGAGGCCACCAGGCUGGUGGUCCGCGGCAACCCAGUCAAGUUGCAAUGCAAAGUGACGGGCAGUCCUGUCAUAGAUUUCAGGUGGCUGAAGGAUGGCAUGGAGAUCAGCCACGGUCCUAAAUACACAGUGACCUCAGUGGAUUUGGUGGCCUCUCUGGAGAUAGUCAAGUGCGUUGUUGAGGACAGCGGAGACUACGUGUGCAUCGCUACCAGCGAGGCCGGCAGCGACUCUUGCGGUAGCACGGUCACGGUCAAAGAGCCCCCGGUGUUCGCUCGCUUCUUGGAGCCCAAGGAUGUGGUGAAGGGUUCUGAAAUGAUUCUGGAGGCCCAAGUCUCUGGUUCGGCUCCAUUCACUGUGUCCUUUUACAAAAACACAAAGCUGGUGAGGAACGACAAGAGACACAGGAUAACUGUGGAGCAGGACCUAGUGGCCCUUCAGGUGCUGGCUUUGGAGGUUGGAGACGUGGGCUUGUACCAGUGUGCGGUGGAGAACGAAGUGGGGAAGGCCACUUGUGAAUGUCAAGUCACUCUAAAAGAACCUCCUACAUUUUUGCAAAAGCUGGAGAAUGUCAGUGGCUUAGUUGGCAGCCAAGUGUCCUUGCGGUGUACCCUGAAGGGUUCGGAGCCCAUAACCGUCACCUGGCUCAAAGACAACUAUGAGCUGAAAGAGGCCGAAAAUGUUCAGAUUCGUUAUGAGCACCAGACUGCCAUGCUGCAGAUCACCGAGCUUCACAGCAAGCAUGGCGGCAAAUUCUCAUGUCACGCCCAGAAUCAGGCGGGGAGUCAGACCUGCUCUGCCGUUCUGACCGUGAAAGAACCGGCUAAGGUCACAGAGGAGGCAAAGUCCAUCAGUGUCACUCAGGGGGAUCUGGCUACCUUGGCGGCCAGGUUCUCGGGCACCAAGCCACUGAAGGUGCGCUGGCUGAAGGCCGGCAAUGAGCUGAUCUCCGGCCAGAGAUACAAAGUACAAAGCACCGACUCCAGCUCUGUGCUAAAAAUCAAUAAAACUGACAAAAGUGAUGACGGCGACUACACCUUGGAGGUCUCCAACGAUGUCGGUUGGAGUUCUUGCAAGGCGACACUCACCAUUUUGGAUCAAAUCAUUGCGCCGGCAUUCACGAGGAAGCUGGAGCAAAGCGAAGGUAUCAAAGGCUCCUUUGCACAUCUAGAGUGUGUGGUGUCGGGCUCCCUGCCCCUCAGCAUCCAGUGGUACAAAAACGAAAACCGGAUCCAGACGGACGACAAACACAAGUGCACCUUCUUUGAGAAUGUGGCUUUCCUGGAAAUCUCCAAUCUGGACAGCAAAGAUAGCGGAAGCUAUGCCUGCAUCGCGAAGAACAAGGCGGGAAGCGCCCAGUGCUCGGGCACCUUGUUUGUCAAAGAGCCUCCCUGCAUUAUCGAACCACCAGAAUCUAUCAAUGUUCUGCCUGGCUCAAAGGUCCAUUUCAGUGCUUUGGUCUCGGGCACGCCACCACUGACCAUAAAAUGGUUUCAGAACCAGAAAGAGAUCUUGUCCAGUGCCGACUGCCUGGUGACAAAGGACAAUGCAUCGACUUCUUUGGAGCUCUUCUUUGUUAAAACGUCAGACUCCGGUGACUAUGUCUGUGAGGUUUACAACGAUGUGGGCUCCGUCUCCUGCCAGGCCACCCUCUUUGUCAAAGAACCACCAAAGUUCACACGUACGCCAGCGCGCUUGUCUGUGAUCCGACCGGGUCAGACUCAAAUGUUUGAGUGCCAAGUGAUCGGCACUCCCGAGAUAGACAUCUACUGGUUCAGGGAGGGCUCCGAGAUCAGCCCCGACAAUCGCCACCAGAUGGCCUUCGUCAACUCCUCGGCCACCUUGGAGUUGUGCAGAACCACCGUCAAUGACAGUGGAAUGUACUUCUGCGAAGCUCGCAAUGAAGCGGGAAGCGAGAGCUGCAGCAUGGAACUGCAGGUCAAAGAGCCGCCCGCGUUUCUGCGAGAGCUGACUCCGGCUAGCGUUGUGACGGGCUGCAGUGCCUGGCUGAACUGUCAACUUGCCGGCACCGCUCCCUUUGAGAUCACGUGGCACAAAGACGGCAAGGAGCUGAAAGCCAGUGCGAAACAUGCCCUCUCCCUGGUCAACGACAUGGUGGGCCUGGAGAUAAACAAAUGUGACACCGGCGAUGUUGGAGAAUACCAGUGCACUGUCACCAAUGAGGUCGGAAGCUGCAGUUGUAAGGCCACACUGAGCCUCAAAGAACCACCGACCUUUACCAAAAGAAUGCAAAAUGCCACUUGCGUUGUGGGUAAGAAGGUAGUCUUUGAGUGCGUGGCGGACGGCUCUCCAACCAUUUCUGUACAAUGGCAAAAGGACGGGAACUGGAUUUUGGACGAUCCAAAGAUUGAGAGAACAUUUGAGAACAAUGUGGCCACGCUCAGGAUCCCUGAGUGUGAAGCGGUUCACAGCGGGACUUACACUUGCCAGGCCAUGAAUGACGCCGGCCAGGAUCGGUGUGUCGCCACCCUGGCCGUCCAAGAACCUCCUCAGAUCUCAGAGAAACCUGAGUUGGUGAAGGUGACGUCUGGAGAUCCGGUCAGUCUGGACUGUAAGGUAACUGGCUCACCGGAGCUCAAAGUGCGCUGGCGAAAGGAGGGCAAGGAGCUUCAGUCUAUCAGGCAACACAAGCUGAGCUUUGAGAACAACAUCAGCAGCCUGAAGAUUAAGUCAGUGCAGAGAGAGGACGAAGGAGACUAUGUGUUUGAGGUGUCCAACCACAUCAGCAGCUGCAGUUGCACGGUCAAAGUGGUUGUGUCAGAACAAGUCAUCCCGCCGAGCUUCAUCAAACCGCUCCGAGACAUGCAGGAGAUUCUGGGCUCUUUUUUCCAGAUGGUUUGCAAGAUAUCUGGGUCCAUUCCCAUCUCCGUAGAAUGGCAGAAAGACGGCACCAAGAUCUCCAGCGGCGUCAAACACAAACUGAUUCAGCAAGAGAACUCUGUGAGCAUGGAGAUUGAGCACUUAGAGGUUUUAGAUGCAGGUUUCUACUCCUGCAAACUCAGCAACUCUGCGGGAAGCUGCCAGUGCAUCGCAACGUUAAAAGUCAAAGAACCCCCGAGCUUUGUCACCCUGCCCGAGUCCCAGGAGACCGUACCCAAUGCAACCGUGCGUUUCAAAGGGACGUUCAAGGGGACGCCGCCCUUCAGUGUCAAGUGGUUCAAGGAUGAUUUGGAGCUGAUGACGGGGCCCACUUGUCUCAUGGGGCUGGAGGGGCUCUCCUGCUUCCUGGAGCUCUACUCCGUGGGUGUCACCCAGAGCGGGGUCUACUCAUGCCAAGUCAGCAAUGAUGCCGGUUCCGUGCACUCCAGUGCAGACUUGACGGUCAAAGAACCACCUGAGUUUGUGUUGAAACUCCCAGCCAGUAAGUGUGUGAAGCGGGGCGAACCAGUGCACCUGGAGUGUAGGGUCACUGGUACCGGACCCAUCAAGGUGACCUGGUACAAGCAGGACACCAAGCUAAUGGACAGCAGCAACUGCAGCACGUCCUUCGUUGACUCAGUGGCCACCCUGGAGCUGCACAGCGCUGGCUUUGACGAUGAUGGAGUGUACACGUGCGAAGCUCAUAGUGACGCCGGCAGUGUCAGCUCUAGCGCCACUGUGACUGUGAAAGACCCACCAUCAUUUGUGAAACUACCGGAACCGGUAGAGGGGCUGAAGGGGAAGGAUGUGAGUCUCUACUGCGAGAUGAGCGGCACAGCCCCCUUCCAGACUGCCUGGUUCAAGGAGGGCAAGCCCCUGAUGCAGAGCAGAAAGCACAAGAUGUUGAGCGUGGGCAACUCGGCCACGCUGCACAUCAUUGGGCUUGAACCGGACGACGCUGGCUGCUAUGAGUGCAAGGCAUCAAACCCUGUCGGCAGUGACACCUGCCAGGCAUCGGUGAAACUCAGAGAGCCUCCGUCCUUCAUGGAGAAACUAUCCAAUGCGACGGUGGUUCUGGGACAGGAGCUGAGUCUCUUGGCCACUGUCAGAGGCUCCGAGCCCAUCGCCGUGUCCUGGGUUCUGGACAAGGACCACAUUCUUAGGGAUGACGACAACAGAAAAAUCAGCUUUGAGAACCAGCGGGUGUCCCUCAAAGUUUUUUCGGCUGACUCAGCCACAGCGGGCCGGUACACCUGUCAGCUGCGCAAUGACGCCGGGAGUGCAGAGUGUUUUGCAAACGUGACUGUUCUAGAACCUGCCAAGAUUGUGGAUAAGCCCGAAAGUCUGAGUGUGACAGCCGGUGACGCUGUGGCCCUGGAAGUCAAAGUGUGCGGCACCCCAGAGCUGGUGCCCAAGUGGUUCAAGGAUGGUGUGGAACUGGCCUCUGGCAGGAAAUACGCCAUUUCUUUCUCCCGGAUGAUCUCCAGCCUGAACGUGCUGGCUGCGGAGAAACUGGAUUCUGGAGAAUACACAUUCCAGGUCAUGAACGAGGUCGGGAAGGACCUGAGCAAAAUUAAUCUGACUGUUUUAGACAAAAUUGUUCCACCUUCCUUCACGAGAAAACUGAAGGACUGUAACACGGUGGUGGGCAAAGUCGGCGAGAUGGAGUGCAAGGUGUCGGGCUCGACCCCUUUCACCAUUUCCUGGUACCGCGAUGACGAGGAACUCCACAGCGGGCUGGCCUGCGACAUCUCCUUCAGUGACAACAGCUGCACCCUCAGGGUACCAACCCUCAAGCUGUCCGACUCAGGACGCUACAGGUGUAAGGCCAUCAACGAGGCGGGAUCCAGCGAGACGAGUGCCACCUUGGACGUCAAAGAGCCGCCGUCUUUCGUGGUUGCGCCGGAGCCGGCCGAGGCUACGCCGGGGUCGGAUGUCGCCUUCUCAGCCAUCGUAAAGGGCAGCGCCCCCCUCAGGGUGAAGUGGUUCAGGGGGGCCGCGGAGCUGGAAGCCGGGCGGAACUGCGACUUCUCGUUGAAGGAUAACCGGGUCCUCCUGCAGCUCUACCGGGUGGACAGGAGUCACGCCGGGGAGUACACGUGCCAGGUCAUCAAUGACGUGGGCCAAGAGAGCUGCCCCGUCAACCUCCUGCUCAAAGAGCCGGCUUUGUUCGUGAAGAAGCUGCAGGACGUGUCUGUGGAGAAAGGCAAACCUCUGAGGCUGGAGUGUACGUACUCGGGGACGCCCGAGAUCUCGGUGAGCUGGUUCAAGGACGAGCAGCCGGUGUUUGCGUCGUACAAAUACAACCUGAGCACGACGGAGAGCGCCUGCAUCCUGGAGUGCCUCAGCACAGAUGACAAGGAAGCCGCCGGAAAGUACGCAUGCCGCGUGGCCAACGAUGCCGGCAAGGAUGAAUGCCAGGCCGCCGUCACCGUUCUGGAGCCGCCGUACUUCCUGGAGCCCCUGGAGCCCAUGGAGGUGACGUCCGGCGACGCCGUCUGCCUCAAGUGUCACGUGGCGGGCACCCCCGAGGUCAAAGUGUCCUGGUUCAAGGGCGAUGGCAAGGUGCGCUCCAGUGACACCUGUAGGCUGGAGUAUGGCAAAGGUGUGGCCUGCCUCAAACUCAGCAAGGCCACCAAGGCCGACGUGGGCGAGUACACCUGCAAGGCCGAGAACAAGAUCGGGACGGCCGCCUCCACGUGUCGCCUCAUCGUUCAAGAGGCCAAGACCCCGCCGAGCUUCCCGAAGAAGAUCGUGAGCCUCCAGCAGACGCUGGGCUCGACGGUCCGUUUUGAGUGCCGCGUGGCAGGCUCGUCCCCUCUGGACGUUUCCUGGCUGAAGGAUAGCGAGCCGGUGCGGGACGGGGAUGAAUUUUCGGCGCUCUACCAGGACAACACAGCCGUACUUACCAUUAACCGUAGUGAGAUGAGGCACGCCGGGGAAUACGCCUGCGUGGCCACUAACAGUGUCGGCUCAGCGUCGUGCAGAGCAAAGCUCACCCUGCUAGAACCGCGGUACCCACCGGUCUUCGACAGGAAGUUGUUAGCGACGCAGGCGGUGACGGUGGGCGAAAGCGUGGAGCUGGAGUGUCACCUGACCGGCUCGAUCCCCAUGAAGGUGACCUGGUCGAAGGACCACAAGGACAUCCGAAGCGGCGGAAAUUACAGGAUCCGCACGGAGGAUAACACCGCCCAGCUCAGCAUCGUCAAGGCCGACAAAGGCGACACGGGAAGAUACUCCUGCCACGCCACCAACGAUGUCGGGAAGGACUCCUGCUCCUGUGAUGUCACAGUCAAAGAGCGAAAGAACCCUCCCAUAUUCACCAAGAAGCCAUCUGAGGAAUUGGAAGACAUCGAGGGCCACCUGGUCAAGAUGGAGGCCCGGGUGUCCGGGUCCCAGCCCAUGUCCGUCCUCUGGCUCAAGGACGGCGCCGACAUCUCGGGCUCCGACGAUUAUGACUUUAGCUUUAAGAGUAACGUGGCCGUGCUUUGCAUCAAGAACAGCCAGCGCGAUCACAGCGGACGAUACAGCUGUCAAGCAACCAAUGAGGCGGGACAGGCAGAGUGCGACGUUACCCUCAAAAUCUCUGAGGCGAAGUCUGCCCCGGUGUUUGAUGUCCCUCUGAAGUCCACGACCGUGACCGAGGGUGAGCGUCUGAGCCUGCGCUGCCACGUCCGCGGCUCGCCUCCUCUCCGGAUCCAGUGGAUGAAAGACCGAAAAGAGUUUACGCCCUCCACUACGUCCGACGUCACCUUCUCGGACGGGACGGCCUGCCUGGAGAUCGUCGCGGCGACCCGUCACGACGCCGGCGACUACAUCUGCAAGGCCACCAACGACGCCGGAAGCGAGCUGUGCCGCGCCAAAGUCACCGUCAAGGAAAAAGAAGCCGGGGCCACGGAUGCGCUUGCUGAGGUCUCUCCCACCAAGAAGCUGGACCAGCUUUUCUUCAUCCAGGAGCCCGAGGGCACGCACGUCGUCGAGAAGGGCACCGCCACCUUCAUCGCCAAGGUGGGCGGAGAGCCCAUCCCCAGCGUCAAGUGGAUGAAGGGCAAGUGGAGGCAGUUGACCCAGGGCGGCCGCAUCUCCAUCGAGAAGACGGCCCGGGAGUCCAAACUGGAGAUCCGCGAGGUGACCAAGUCGGACUCCGGUCAGUACCGCUGCGUGGCUUCCAACGUGCACGGCGAGAUCGAGUGCGCCGCAGACCUCCACGUCGAUGAGAAAAAGGCGGCCGCCCAGCUAGAAGGAGACCUGAGAGCCAAGCUCAAGAAGACCCCGUCCAAACAGAAGAGCCCGGAGGCAGAUGAGGACAUUGACAUUAUCGAGCUGCUGAGAAACGUGGACCCCAAAGAGUAUGAGAAGUACGCCCGCUUGUAUGGCAUUACCGACUACCGGGGUCUCCUCCAGGCCAUUGAGCAGCUCAAGCAGGAGAAGGGUGAAGAAACUGGAAGACAAGAAGUGGAACGUGCACCAAGAGAGGUGGACGAGGACAUGGCCAGGCUGGUGGCCGACCUGCAGAAGAGGAUGGAGCGGACAGAGCCCGUAACUGUGGUGAAGGACAUCUGUGACCAGUCCGUCCUAGUUGACGAGGAGGCUCUGUUUGAAUGUGAGGUGAAGAUCAACUACCCCGAAAUCAUGCUGUCCUGGUACAAGGGCACUCAGAAACUGGACACCGGCCUCAAGUACAACAUCAGUGUGAGUGGAGAGCGCCAUCUGCUGAAAGUUAAGGGUUGCCAAGUGACGGACCAGGGCAACUACCGGGUGGUGUGUGGACCUCACAUCUCCAGUGCCAAGCUCACCGUUACUGAGGCUGUGGUGGAGACGCACCUUCAGGACACGUCGGGUAAGGAAGGCCAGUCAUGUACUUUGUCUUGUCAGUUGUCCAUCCCCAAUGCGGAAGCGCAGUGGCUUAAGAAUGGCCAGGAGUUAGACACCAAGUGGGGCAGGUUCAAGACUGAGGUCAAACACAAGCUUCAGAAGCUUCAUAUCAAGGACUUAAAGCCCGAAGACCAGGGCCGCUACACCUGCAGGUACCUGCACCUGCAGUCCUCUGCGGACCUCUGGGUGGAAGCCGAGCAAAUUCAUUUCACCAAGCGCAUCCACAACGUGGAGGUGAACGAGCGUCAGGCGGCCACCUUCGAGUGCGAGGUUUCCUUCGACAAUGCGGUGGUGUCCUGGUACAAGGACACCUGGGAGCUGAGAGAAAGCACCAAGUACAAGUUCCGCAGCGAAGGCCGAAGACAUUUCAUGGUUAUCCAAAACGUGAGCGUGGAGGAUGAAGGCGUGUACUCCGUGAUUGUGAGGUUGGAACCCCGGGGCGAAGCAAAGAGCAGCGCUGAGCUCUAUUUGUCUGGCAAAGAGAUCCAAUUAGCCAUGGUUCCCUUUGAUAUACAAGACGUUCCUGUGGAGAGGCCUGAAGCGCCUUCGUCAGUGGACGUUCAAGAAUCCGCUGAGCUUUAUCAUUACGAGGAAGAAAUUGAGCCUGCAGUUACCGUCCAGGAGAGAUUGGAGAGCCAGGAAGUGGAAGUGAGAGAGGAAAUGCUUUCCAGAGUGGCCAAAAGCAAGGAAGAGCAGAGAGUGGAGCCAGCAGCAGAAAAGGAAGAAGCGACCCCCCCGCAAGUGACCAAAGUGGCAGAGGAGGUUCGAAUGGAGAAGAAGAAGAAGAAAGUCAUCACCCCAGUUAAAGAACCAGAAGAAGUCACACAGCUGCCGCCACUGCAGGAGCCAACGAAAGACGAGCCCAAGUCGCCUGUACUGGCAGAACCUAAAAAGCUUCCACCUGAAGUCAAGACAGUGGUGAAACCUGAUCCCGAGCUGGAGCUCAAAGUCAAGCCAGUGGCAAAGCCUGAUCCGGAGCCCAUCGUCAAGCCAGUGAUAAUGCCUGAGGUUGAGCCAGAGAUUCAAGUCAAACCGGUGGCCAAGCCCAAACCGGAGACUGAACCAGAGCCCAAAGUCAAGCCUGUGGCGAAGACCAAACCGGAGCCCGAGCCAGAGCCUAAAGUCAAGCCAAUGGCGAAGCCCAAACCGGAGCCUGAGCCAAAGCCCAAACCGGUGGUGGAGCCCAAACCGGAGCCCGAGCCAAAGCCCAAAGUCAAGCCAGUGGCGGAGCCCAAACCGGAGCCCGAGCCAAAGCCCAAAGUCAAGCCCGUGGCAGAGCCCAAACCGGAGCCCGAGCCAAAACCCAAAGUCAAGCCAGUGCCGGAGCACAUACCAGAGCCUGAGCCAAAGCCUAAAGUCAAGCCGGUUGCAGAGCCCAAACUGGAGCCCGAGCCCAAAGUCAAGCCCGUGGCGGAGCCCAAACCGGAGCCCGAGCCAAAACCCAAGCCAUUGCCGGAGCACAAACCAGAGCCUGAGCCAAAACCCAAAGUCAAGCCGGUGGCGGAGCACAAACCGGAGCCCGAGCCAGAGCCCAAAGUCAAGCCGGUGGCAGAGGCCAAACUGGAGCCAGAGCCAAAGCCCAGAGUCAAGCUGGUGGCGGAGCCCAAACCAGAGACCGAGCCAAAGCGUAAAGUCAAGCCGGUGGCGGAGCCCAAACCAGAGCCCAAGCCAGAGCCCAAAGUCAAGCCAGUGGAGGAGCCCAAACCGGAGCCUGAGCCAAAGCCCAAAGUCAAGCCCGUGGCGGUGCGCAAACCGGAGCCCGAGCUGGAGCCCAAAGCCAAGCCGGUGGCGGAGCCCAAACCGGAGUCCGAGCCAAAGCCCAAAGUCAAGCCGGUGGCGGAGCCCAAACUGGAGCCCGAGCCAAAGCCCAAAGUCAAGCCCGUGGCGGAGCCCAAACCAGAGCCCGAGCCAAAGCCCAAAGUCAAGCCGGUGGCGGAGCCCAAACUGGAGCCCGAGCCAGAGCCCAAAGUCAAGCCGGUGGCGGAGCCCAAACCGGAGCCUGAGCCAGAGCCCAAAGUCAAGCCGGUGCCUGAGCCAAAGCCCAAAGUCAAGCCGGUGGCAGAGCCCAAACCGGAGCCUGAGCCACAGCCCAAAGUCAAGCCGCUGGUGAAGCCCACACCGGAGCCAGAGCCCAAAGUCAAGCCGCUGGCGCAGCCCAAACCGGAGCCCGAGCCAGAGCCCAAAGUCAAGCCAAAGGAGGAGCCCAAAUCUGAGCCCGAGCCAAAGCCCACAGUCAAGCCGAUGGCGGAGACCAAACCGAAGCCAGAGCCCAAAGUCAAGCCCGUGACAAAACCUGAGCCCGAGCCAGAGCCCAAAGUCAAGCCGGCGGUGAAGCCAAAGCCAGAGGUUGAGCCUGAGCCAAAAGUCAAGCGGGUGGCAAAGCCCGAGCCAGAGCCUAAGGUCAAGCCCGUGGCAAAGCCCGAGCCAAAUCCUGAACCAGAACCUGCACUGCCUAAAGAAGAGCCAAAACCAGAACCUCUUAAGAUAAAGUCCAAACCUGAAGUGCCAAAAGCAGAACCAGUGGCGGUAGCUGAACCAGAGCCUGUGGUGGCACCUCAACCACCAAAACCUGGGCCUGUGGUGGAGCCCAAACCACCCACUCCGGAGCCUGUAGUGGAAACUAAGGCUCCGAAACCGAAGCCUGAAGUGGCAUCCAAACCACACAAACCAGAGCCUGUGGAGGUAUCCAAACCAGAGCAUGUGGAGGUACCACAACCUCCCAAACUGGAGCCAGUGGAGAGAGCCAAACCCCCCAAACUGGUACCUGUGGUGAAAAAGACUGAAGUAGUAGAGCCCAAGGUUCCAGAAGUAGAACAACCAAAGGCCAAAGAACCAAAGGAACCUUCCAAAAAAGUGCCAAAGAAGCCACUGAAGAAGGAAGCUGCUGCAGAACCGCAGAAGCCCCCCAAAGAAGAAACGCUACAGAAGAAACCUGUGGUCACCAAAGUUCCUGUUGUGGCAGAGAAGAUAGGAGAAGAACCAAAACCAGCAAAGAAAGCCGAACCUGUUCUGCUUCCUCCCAAGGAAGAUCUGGCCGAGCCAAAAAGAGGUUUGGAACCUCAGCAAUUUGUCAAGGCGCCACCUUCGGAGGGUGAACCAGAGAAGAAAGUAUCUCUUCCAGAAAAAGAGAAGCCAGUCAGGCUUGAGCAGCGUCAGGAAGUGCAUCACGUGAUGGAGACGGAGUCUUUCACUGAGGAAGCUUCGUCUUACGAGGCCGAGCGAGAAGACCGAGCCCAAGUUUCGUAUGAGCAGGCCUUGUGCCCGGCGGGACAAGUGAAGGUUUCAUUGACUGAGACCCGCACGAAACGGUCGAAACCUCGAGAAGAGAUAUCUGCUACUGACAGGAAGGAGGAGACUGCUGUGAUUACUGAGAAAGAAGAAGAGCUUAAGAAAGAGCAGCGGACUACCAAAGACGUUAGGGCUGAAAGCAAAGAUGAGGAACAAGUCGUGGCAGUCAAGAAAGAAACCAUGGCGACUAUCCGGAAAGAAACUAAGGAAGCUAGUGUCAAACCCUCGAUGGUGAAACAGGAAAUAGUCAUAGGGGUGCCCCACCGAGACCAUGUUGACAUCGCUGCAUCUUCCGCACGAGACAAAGGAAGCCGCAGUCCAGAUGACCAGGUGGUAGAAUCAGCCAAUGUUGUAGCUAAAGAUGAACAAUUAGCGGUGAGUCACCAGGUAGCUGAGGAAAAGCAAGAGAAUAGUCCACUGAUCGAGGCAAAAAUGAAAGCAGAAGCACCGGUCUCGGUGCCAGAUAUCCCGUCCCAGCAAAUGCAUCGUAAGGACAAAACCCCAAAGAAAGACUCAAGUCUUCAGAUUAGAACAUCAAGAAAAAGCCGAGAGAGAGAAGACAAAGCUGCUGAACGAGAAGCUGACAAGUUUCCCGCCGUUGUGGAGAGACUGGAAAAAGAAGCUGAGAGAGCUCCGGUGGAGGAGUUGCGACCACCGGUCAAGGAACUGGCAGUCAAGCCGGCUCAUCCCACAGAAGAACGACAAGCACCUAUACCGGCGGAUAUUGAAAAGCCAGAUGAGGUUGAGCAGCUCCAAAAAACCACGACCACGCCAGCAAUCAAGCCGCUUGUAAAGGCUGAAGAGCCGACCGUGAUGGUUGUGGAGGAAGAAAAAACUUUGAUAUUGACCCCUCAGACAGAUGAAACCAAGGGGCCAGUUCAAGCACCAGCAGGAGUAAAGAAAGAACCAGCUCUUCUAAAAAAAGGUAAAGUUCCCAUGGAAGAGACAGGGACCUUUGAGCUUCCGACUCUGAGAAAAACCACGCCAGUCACGAGGGAAGAGGUGGAGCCGGAGCAGGAAAAGGUCUUUCUCAAGAAGGUUCCAUUGGUAUCACCUAAAGAGGUUGAGAAGGAGCAGAAACUUCGAGAGGCCACCCGGACCACACAAGUUGACAUUGUCGAGCUGGUGCAUAAAGAACACGAAGUUGAGACGAAAGUUACCACUGCGAGGUCCGUCGAGGAGAGAACACCACGACACAAAGCAGAGGUGGAGAAAGAGCAGGAAAUUCCAAGGCCGGAACCAGAACUAGAAAAAGAUACUAAGCCUAAAUGGCGCCAUCAAAAAGGAACUCCAAAAGACGAUAAACCGGAAGAAACCAUUUCAUGGAAGAAAACUCCCAGAGCUCCAAAGGAGGAGCAACCGGCCCCUCCUACUGUUGCCUUGAAAAAAGUUAAAAAACUGCCCUCCGAUGAACAAGAACAAGAAGUUGUCAAACUGAAACCCUUUGAGAAGCCAGUUGAAGCUACCCAAGAUCCAGAGAAGGCUAAAGACGACACACCAGAUAGGGACACCGUAGAUUUCCAAAAGGGAACCAAGAUCCCCAGGGAGACUGAGGAAAAGGAACCUCCAAAGAUACCUGAGAAAACACCGGCCAAGGUAACGGAGCCCACAGCAAAAGUGCCAAAGCCAGUACCGAAGGAAAAACAUGAGGAGCAAGAAGCUCGAGUACCAGUAAAGGCAAAGAAAAGCCCAGCAGUAGAGUCAGAGCCAGUGCCAGAGAAGGUCAAUCUCAAGCCUUUCGCUCGACCUUCAGAUGAAGCUAUUGAACCUGAGAAGAAACCGUCAGCGAUUGAAGGGAAGAAACCAACAGAAGAUCUGCACAAGGAACAUGUUAGCCCUGAGGACCAGCCCGAAGUGAAAGUACCGGCUGAUACACCCAAGAAACCCGAGACCCCUCAAGCAGAAGAGGAAAAACUGGAGAAACUGAAGAGGCUUGAGCCUGCAAAGAAGAUUCCCUCUCAAGUGCCAUCUACUUUGAAGAAAGCGGAUGAAGUUCUAGAGGAGCCAAAACCACUGCAGCUAAGGAAGGGAGUCACGCCCAAGGCCAAGGACCAAAAAGAGGUGCCUUUGACACCUCUAGAGCAAAUCAAGAAAAUUCGGCUGAAAAAGACACCACCAAAAGUUGAGAAAACUAAAGAAGUCGAAAAAAUUCCUGAAGCCGCUAAACUCAAAAAGACUACCAAAACAGUUUCACCGACGGUCUCCCCAGAAGCAGCAGUCCCUCUCAAGAAAGUACCCAAAACGCCCUCGCCGGAAGAUCAAGACGUGGCAAAGCCUCCAAAAGAAAACAUUCCUCUAUUCAGGGAAAUUUCUCCUGGAGCGGUCGAGAUGACAAAAGUCGCCACCCAGCCCGAGGAAGAGGUCUUUGAGGAGGACUUCAGGUUGCCCGAGGAGGCAGAGACAGAAGAGGAAGAGGCCUGGGGCUGGGAACUGGUUCCUGAUGAAGACUGGGAAGGUGAAGUGGAGGAGGGCGCCCUGGAGGUGCCGGGGGCGACCAGGAGAGAGGGACAACCGGCAGAGGAAGCACUGAGAGGGAGAGGAAGAGGUCUCAAACCCAAGCUGACGCCAUCGCCCGGUGAGGGCAGGGGUCGUGGCCUCAGGCCUGCCGGAAGGGGCACUCCUCCACCUCCGGAAGAGCCUUUUGGAGGAUACAAACUCAAAGCUGUGCCCCUCAAGUUCAUCAAGAAGCUGGAGGACAUCAUGCUGCUGGAGGCGGAGUCCAUUGGUUCUUCUGCUGUGUUCGAGUGCCAGGUGUCACCGUCCACUGCUGUCACGUCAUGGAUGAAGGACGGCAGCAACCUGCGCGAGAGCCCCAAGCACAAAUUCACCUCUGACGGCAAAGAUCGGAAGAUGAUGGUGAAAGACGUGCAGCUGUCGGACACCGGGGAAUACACCUGCGUCGCUAAAAACGCUGGCAAGGAAAUCACCUGUACCGCCAAGCUCAUUGUUGAAGAGCUCCCUGUAAAAUGGACCAAGGAAUUGGUGCCGGAGAUGUCGGCCGUGAAGGGUCAGCCGCUCUACCUGUCCUGUGAGCUGAACAAGGAGAGAGAUGUCAUCUGGAAGAAGAACGGCGAGCUCCUGAAGAAACAGGAAAAUAAGUUCCAGAUCAAUAUCAUCGGCCUGGUACACGCCGUCACCAUCCAAAAUGCCAUUGAGGAGGACGCCGGGUGCUACUCAUGCGAAGUGGUCAACCAGAAUGAGUUGAAGACAUCAACGAAUGUUAAAGUGACCGAGGUCAUCAAAGAUUGGCUUUCAAGGCCUCUUAGGGACCAGCAUGUGAAACCGAAGGCAACUGCCACCUUUAGAGGCGAGCUGUUUAAGGACACGCCAAAUUGGAAAUGGCUGAAAGGAGACAAGGAGCUGACUGCCUCCGACAAAGUAGAGAUCAACAAGGAUGGGAAGAACCUGACGCUGACCAUCAAGAACUGCCAGCCUGACGACGUGUCGGACUACUCCGUGGAGGUGGAGGGACGUGUCUACGCCGCCAAGCUAACGCUAGGAGAGCGUGAGGCGGAGAUCUUGAAGCCGCUGGCCAGUGUGGAGGUGUUCGAGAAGGAAGAUGCUGCAUUUGAGACUGAAAUAUCGGAGGAUGACAUUCCAGGGCAAUGGAAGCUCAAAGGGGAGCCUCUGCUGAGAUCCCCGACCUGCGAGAUCCAAAUGGAGGGUGGCGUGCGCCAACUCAAGCUUAAAAAGUGUCAACUGGACCAGUCGGGUGAGGUGUCCUACCAGGCACUGAACGCUCAAACAAGCGCAAUGCUCACCGUAAAAGAAAUCCCAAUGGACUUUGUUGUACCACUGAAGGACGUUAGCGUGCCUGAAAAGAAACAGGCCAAAUUCGAGUGUGCCAUUACCAGAGAUGUCGCCAAAGCCAUGUGGUACAGGGGCAGCGACAUCAUCACGCCAGACACCAAAUAUGACACCGUGGCUGAUGGCAAGAAACACAUGCUGAUCAUCAACUGCUGCGAGUUUGACGAUGAGGACGAAUACAGGAUUGAGGUUUUGGGCAAAGAGUCCAAGGCGAGACUCACAGUGGAGGGCAUCAGGCUCAAACUGAUUUCGCCGCUCAAGGACCAAACGGUGAAAGAGGGCAGCACAGUUCUGUUUGAGCUGGAGCUCUCUCAUGAAAACAUUCCAGUCACCUGGUACAGGAAUGAUGUCAAAAUCCAUCCGAGCCGAACGGUGCUCAAGCACGUGGAUGGAAAGCGUCAUGUGCUGGAGAUCAAGGACGUGACUCUAGAUGAUACUUGCCAGGUCAAGGCUGAGGCCAAAGGAGUGUCCUCAAUGGCUAACUUGACCGUCAUAGAGGGAGACGCUUACUUCACGGUCAAACUGCAGGACUACUCAGCAGUGGAGAAGGACAAGGUAGUGCUAGAAUGUGAGCUCAACAAGGAUGUUAAGGUGGUUUGGUACCACAAUGAAGAGGAGGUGAAGGCUUCCAAGGUGGUCGCCAUCAAGGCAGAGGGCACCCGCAGAAUGUUGCUCAUCAGGAAAGUCGCCGACAUAGACAAGGGACAGUACGUGUGUGACUGUGGGACGGACAAGACCACGGCAAGCCUUCACGUUGACGCCCGACACAUCAAAGUGGUGCGGCCAUUGUACGGCGUGGAGGUGCUUGAGGGCGAGACGGCCCGCUUUGAGGUGGAGCUGAGUGAGGACGAUGUGCACAGCCAGUGGAAACUGAAUGGACAAGUCCUAAAUCCGUCUCCCGAUGUGGAGAUGGUGGAGGACGGAACUAAGCACACCCUGGUACUGUACAACUGCAAGCUGCCUCAGACUGGCGAAAUUUCGUUCAGCGCCGCUGACGCCAAGUGCUCGGCCAAUCUGAAAGUGAAGGAGAUUCCCAUUUCUUUCAUCACGCCACUGGCUGACGUGCGCGUCUUUGAAAAGGACGAUGCAAAGUUUGAGCUGGAGGUGUCCAGAGAACCAAAAAGCUUCCGUUGGUUCAAAGGCUCUCAGACACUGUCGAGCGAUGACAAAUAUCAGCUGCUGCAAGACGGAAACAAACACGCUCUUGUCGUCAAAUCUGCCAGAUAUGAAGAUGAAGCCAAGUACCUGUUCGAAGCUGAAGACCAGAGAACAUCAGGGAAGCUGAUAAUUGAAGGUAUCCGCCUCGAGUUUCUCAAACCGAUCAAGGACGUGACGGUGAAGGAGCGGGAGACGGCCGAAUUCAGCGUGGAACUCUCCCACGAAAACAUCCCGGUGCUGUGGUACAAAAACGGUGCACGCCUGCACCCCGGCAAGUUGGUGCACAUGUCAGAGGACGGUAGAGUCCACACGCUGGCCUUCAAGGAGGUCUCUAUUGAUGACACCUCCAUGAUCAAAGUGGAGGCCAUGGACAAGGUGUCCGAGGCCAUGCUCACCGUGCUGGAGGGCGACCUCUACUUCACGUCCAAGCUCCAAAACUACACCGCAAUCGAAAAGGAUGAGGUGGUGCUCUCCUGUGAGCUGAGCAAAGCCAGCGGCGAGGUCCGCUGGUUCAAAGACGGGAACGAACUCUUUGCCUCCAAGAACAUUCUGAUGCAGUCCGACGGCAGGAAGCGCAUCCUCGUGAUCCGCAAGGCAGCCAAGGGAGACAUGGGAGCCUUCACGUGCGACUGCGGCACGGACAGAACCACAGCCCAGCUCAACAUCGAAGAGCGCGACAUCAAGGUGGUGCGACCGCUCUACAGCGUGGAAGUCACCGAGACCGAGACGGCCAAGUUUGAGACGGAGAUCUCAGAGGAGGACCUCCACGCCACCUGGAAGUUGAAGGGCGAGACCCUUCACCCGACUGCCGAUGUGGAGAUCAAGGAAGAAGGCGUCAAGCACACUUUGAUCCUCUUCAACUGCCGCAAGGACAUGGCGGGGGGCGUGGACUUUGCCGCUGCAAAUGCAAAAUCAUCCGCUCAGCUGCGCGUCAAAGCCCGUGUGGUUGACCUGAUGCGGCCGUUGAGCGACGUGGAGGUGACGGCCGGCGAGACGGCCACCUUCGAAUGCGAGCUUUCCUACGAGGACAUCCCCGUGGAGUGGUUCCUGGAGGGCGUCAAGCUGGAGCCCAGCGACCGGGUGGUACUGAAGUCGGAGGGCAAAGUCCAUAGCAUGACUCUAAGGGAUGUUCAGCUGCAUGAAGCGGGACAAGUCCGACUCACCACCAAAGACUGCCGGAGCGAUGCCAGACUCAUCGUCAAAGAGCCACCGGUGGAGUUCACCAAGCCGCUGGAGGACCAGACGGUGGAGGAGGAGGCCACAGCCACUCUGGAGUGUGAAGUCUCCCGGGACAAUGCUGAGGUGUGCUGGUUCAGAGAUGGGAAGGAGAUCCACAAGACCAAAAAGUAUGAGAUGCUUGUGGACGGACACAAAAGGACGCUGCUCAUCCACCGAUGCGCCCUGGACGACUCCUGGACCUACUCCUGCGCUGCCAAAGAAUUCAAGACCUCCUGCUUCCUCAACGUCGAACCUCUGCAUGCAGAAUUUUCCAAGCCACUCCAUGACUUGGAGGUGCCAGAGAAGGAAUCUGCCAGGUUUGAGUGUGAAUUAUCCCGUGAGAAUGUGAAGGUCCGCUGGUUCAAGGACGGGUGUGAAAUCCGAAAAGGGAAGAAGUACGAAAUUUCUGCUCUGGGACGCCAACACGUCCUUGUUGUGCACAAGUCGGUGAUGGAUGAUGAAGCCGAGUAUGAGUGCGACGCCAAGACCUCCAAGACCUCCGCCAUGCUUACUGUUAUCGAGGAGGAGGCCAAGUUCACCAAGAACCUGUCCAACGUGGAGGGAACAGAGACCGACAGCGUCAAGCUCAUCUGCGAAGUCUCCAAACCCGAGGCUGACGUCAUCUGGUACAAGGGCGACGAGGAGUUACCGGAGGGCGGCCGCUAUGAGCACAUUGUGGACGGCAAGAGGAGGAUCCUCCUCAUUCAGGACCUGAAGAUGCCGGACGCCGGAGAGUACAACUGCCGGCUCAGUCCCAGGGUCAGAACCUCAGGAAACCUCAGGGUCAACGAACUGGCGGCCGAGUUUCUCUCCAGGCCUCGCAGCAUUGAGGUGGUCGAGGGCGAAAAGGCCGAGUUCACCUGCACCGUUUCCAAGGAGACCUUUGAGGUUAAAUGGCAGAAGGACGCCGAGGAGCUGGAGGCCGGGGACAAGUACCAGAUGAUUAGUGAUGGCAAGAGAAGGACUUUGGUCAUCACGAACUGUGAGCUCAGCGACGAGUGCAAGUACCUGGUCGCGAUAGGAGCCACCAGAGCCAGCGCCCAUCUGACAGUGCUUGAGAAGCUGAGGAUCAUCACGCCGCUAAAGGACACGGAGGCCGGCGAAGGUCAGGAAGUGGUCCUGAAUUGCGAGGUGAACAAUGAGGGGGCCAAAGCCAAGUGGCUGAAAAACAAGGAGACGGUUUUCGAAAGCAGCAAGUACGUGAUGGGUCAGCGAGAUAACAUCUUCUCGCUGAGGAUCCGAGAUGCGCAGCAGGGCGACCGAGCCAACUACAGCAUCCACCUAAGCAAUCACAGAGGAGAACAGGCCGAGAGCUCCUGCGGACUUGUCGUCAAAGAGGAACGUUUGAGGAUUGUGGUCCCUCCGGAGGACGUGGACACGCAGGAGAAGAAGACUGUCAGCUUCUCUUGCAAGGUCAACCGCCACAACGUAACUCUGAAGUGGUUCAAGGCUGGCGAGGAGGUGACUUUCAGCAAGCGCCUCGUCUACCGGGUGGACAAAGACAAGCACACGCUGACCAUCAAGGACUGCACGUUGGCGGACGAGGGCGAGUACACGGUGGUGGCCGGCGAUGACGAGUCGAAGGCCGAGCUGAUCAUUAGCGAGGCGCCCGCCGACUUUGCCAUGCACGUGAAGGACCAGACCGUCACCGAGUUCGAGGACGCCGAGUUCUCCUGCAAGCUGACUAAAGCGAAGGUCGAGGUCAAGUGGUACAGGGACGGACGCGAGAUCAGAGAAGGACCCAGAUACACGUUUGAAAAAGAUGGAAACAUGUGCUACUUGCGCAUCAAAGAGUGUCGACCGGACGACGAGUGCGAGUACGCGUGCGGCGUCGACGACAAACGGUCCAGAGCCAGGCUCUUUGUGGAAGAGACCCCAGUGGAGAUCGUCAGGCCACCGCAGGACAUUUUGGAGCCGCCCGGCUCGGACGUGGUGUUUGAGGUGGAGCUCAACAAGGACAGAGUCCAAGUCAAGUGGUUGAGGAACAACAUGACCGUCGUGCAGGGAGACAAAUACCAGAUGAUGAGCGAAGGGAAAGUCCACCGGCUGCAGGUCUCCGAGAUCCGUCCUCGAGACCAGGGCGAGUACAGAGUGGUGGUCAAGGACAAAGACGCCAAGGCCAAGCUGGAGCUGGCGGCGGCGCCCCAGAUCAAGACCACUGACCAAAACUAUGUCACCGACUCGGGGAAACCAUUGGUCAUGACGGUUCCCUACAGCGCCUACCCUCAAGCCAAGGCCGACUGGCUGUAUAACAACUUGAGUCUGCCCCAGGAUAGCGUCUACACUUCUCCCGACUGCACAGAGUACCGGAUGAAGGACCCCAGAAAGUCUGACGAGGGUCGCUACAAGGUCAUCAUAAAGAACAAACACGGAGAGGGCGAAGCCUGCGUCAACCUGGAUGUGAUCGAUGUCCCAGGGCCUGUGAAGAACCUGCAGGUCGUGGACACUGCUGACGGUGAAGUCAGCUUGACGUGGGAGGAACCAGAGAACGACGGCGGAAGCAAAGUCAUCGAGUAUGUGGUGGACAGACGGGACGUGAAACGCCACACAUGGACGCUGGCCACGCAGCACGCAGAGAGCCCAGAGUACACCGUGACCGGACUCCAGAAGGACUCCAUGUACCUCUUCAGAGUCUGCGCCCGAAACCGAGUUGGUAGCGGGCCCCACGUGGAAACGGACCAACCCGUCCAGGCCAAGAACAAGUUUGAUGUUCCCGAUCCUCCCCGUAACGUGACGGUGGGGAAGGUCUCCAAGUUUGGUUGCACCGUGUCCUGGGAGCCGCCCGAGUCGGACGGCGGCUCGCCCAUCACCUCUUACGUCGUGGAGCUCCGUGACAGGACAUCGGUCAAGUGGUCACCGGUCCAGGUGACCAAGGCCGACGAGCUGAGCGCCGUGGUCAAUGACGUCAUUGAGAAUAAGGAGUACAUCUUCAGAGUCAAGGCGGAGAACAAAGCCGGCGUCGGAAAGCCCAGUGCCGCGACCAAUCCCGUCACGAUCAUGGAUGCUAUCGAGCGUCCCAGUCCGCCUCAAAACCUGGCAUGGCAGAACCAGAACAAGAGCUCCGUGCAACUGAGCUGGGAGACUCCGCUGAGUAACGGCGGGAGCGUGAUUACCGGAUACAUCCUGGAGCGCUGUGAGGACGGAAGCGAUAAGUGGCUCCGCUGCAACACUCGCCUCUGCCCUGACCUCUUCUAUAAAGUGUCAGGACUCCAAUAUGGAAGUUAUUACAACUAUCGAGCAUUCGCCGAAAACGCUGCCGGAAUCUCAGACCCAUCCAAUGUCAUCGGACCCCUGCUGGCCGACGACCCGCACACCGGACCCACCAUGGACCUGAGUGGUUUCAAAGACGGCCUGGAGGUGAUUGUUCCGAAUGCUCUCACCAUCAGAGUCCCCAUCACCGGAUAUCCUGUCCCCGUCGCCAAAUGGACAUUUGGGGAGAGGGAGCUGACCGGUGCCGACGAACGCAUCAGGGUCACCACCAGGUCCACGUUUGCGGAGCUUGUGGUGACUCCCAGCGUCCGUCCAGACAAAGGCACCUACGCCCUGCAGCUGGAGAACGAUGUCUCGUCCGUCUGCGGGGAGAUCGAAGUCAAUGUCAUUGCCGCUCCGAGCGCACCGAAGGACUUCAAAGUUCCGGAAGUGACCCGGGAGCAUGUUCGCCUGAGCUGGGAGCCUCCAGAGCACGACGGAGGAAGUCCUCUGACAGGCUACCAGGUGGAGAAACGAGAGGUUUCCCGCAAGACCUGGGUCAAGGUGGCCUCAGGCAUCCAGGAUCUGGAGACGACCGUCACAGAUGUGAUUGAAGGCAAGGAGUAUCUCUUCAAGGUCACAGCCUGCAAUAAGUGUGGUCCCGGAGAGCCGGCCUACAUCGACGAGCCUGUCAAUGUCUCCUCUCCUGCCACCGUCCCUGACCCACCGGAGAACCUGCGAUGGAGAGACAAGUCGGCCAGUGGGAUUUUCCUGACCUGGGAGCCUCCCAGGUACGACGGCGGCAGUAGCAUCCGUGGCUACAAUGUCGAACGCUGCAAGAGAGGAAGCAAUCAGUGGGAGCCCUGCGGAGACCUGGUCCCCGAACUCAAGUGCCAAGUCACCGGUCUGACUGAGGGCGAGUGGUAUUCGUACCGAGUCCGAGCCCUGAACCGACUCGGAGCCAGUCGGCCCUGCAAGGCCACCGAUGAAAUCCAGGCUGUAGACCCCAAAGAGCCACCAGAGAUCUAUCUGGACGCCAAGCUGCUUGCCGGUCUGACUGCCAAAGCAGGCAGCAGAAUUGAACUCCCCGCCGAGGUGACAGGCAAACCUGAGCCCCGGGUCAAGUGGACCAAGGCCGACCUAGUCCUCCAACCAGACGACCGAGUCAAUAUCUACACUACGCUGGGACACUCCACCCUCACCGUCUCCAAGACCAAGCGGGACGACAGCUCGACUUACAUCAUAGAGGCCACCAACACCUGCGGCCGGGCCACCGCCACCGUUGACGUCAACAUUCUUGACAAACCCGGCCCCCCUGCGGCCUUUGACAUUUCUGAAAUUACCAAUGUGUCCUGCUUCCUGGCCUGGAACCCGCCGCGUGACGACGGAGGCUCCAGAGUCACCAACUACAUCAUUGAGCGCCGCGCUGCCGACAGUGAGAUUUGGCACCGGCUCUCGUCCACCAUCAAACAGACCACCUACAGGGCGGUUGACCUGGUCAAGUUCAAGGAGUACAUUUUCAGGGUCUUUGCCGAGAACCAGUUCGGUGUGGGCCCACCAGCCGAACAUGAGCCCAUUAUCGCCAGAUACCCCUUCGACACCCCCGGUCCCCCUUACAAGCUGGAACCUUCGGACAUUGCCAAAGACUCGCUGACUCUCAGCUGGUAUGAGCCCGAUGAGGACGGGGGAAGCCCGAUCACCGGCUACUGGGUAGAGCGGUACGAGCCUGACCACGACAGGUGGAUCCGAUGCAACAAGCUGCCCAUCAAGGACACAAACUACAGGAUCAAAGGUCUUCCCACAAGAAAAAAGUACAAGUUCAGAGUCCUGGCUGAAAAUCUGGCCGGAACUGGAAAACCAAGCAGGGAAACUGAACCGAUCCUUGUGAAAGAUCCGAUCGAUCCUCCGUGGCCUCCUGGCAAACCGACCGUGAAGGAUGUGGCCAAGAGCUCCUGCUUCCUGAUGUGGACCAAGCCGGAGCACGACGGGGGCGCCAAAAUCGAUGGCUAUGUCAUCGAGAUGCUCAAGAGCGGCACCACCGAUUGGAUCCGCGUGGCCGAGGGCGUCAGCAGGACCGAGUACUUCCUGAAGGGACUGAUGGAGAAGCAGGAGUACUCGUUCAGGGUGCGAGCUGUCAACGUGGCCGGGGAGAGUGAGCCCAGCGAGCCCAGCGACCCAGUCCUCUGCAAGGAGAGACUCAACACCCCUUCGGCCCCGCGCUGGCUGGAGGUCACCGGCAUCAGCAGGAAGAGCGCCGAGUUGAAGUGGACCGUGCCCGAGCGCGACGGAGGCUCGCCCAUCACCAACUAUGUGGUGGAAAAACGGGACGUCCGGCGUAAAGGCUGGCAGGCCGUGGACACCACCGUCAAAGAGCUCAAGUACACGGUGGCGCCGCUCAACGAAGGCUCGCUCUAUGUGUUCCGCGUGGCGGCCGAGAACGCCGUCGGCCUCGGGCCCUUCUGCGAGCUGGAGGACUCCGUGCUUGCCAAGGACACUUUCACCACUCCCGGGCCACCGUACGCCCUCGCCGUGGAUGCCGUGACCAAAAGAUACGUGGACCUGCAGUGGGAAGCGCCCAAAAACGAUGGUGGCAGACCCAUUCUCAGGUAUUCUGUUGAGAAGAAGGAGAAGCUCGGAACCCGCUGGGUGAAGUGCGGAAAGACUUCCGGGCCGGACUGCAAGUACAGAGUGACAGACGUUAUUGAGGGAACAGAGGUUCAGUUCCAAGUCCGCGCCGAGAAUGAGGCCGGAAUCGGACAUCCAAGCGAACCCACCGAGAUCUUGACCAUUGAAGACCCAACAGGUGUCCCGUCGCCUCCCGUCGAGCUGCACGUGACGGCCGCCAGCCGGGACUUCCUGUCCAUCGGCUGGAAGCCUCCGCAGAGGGACGGUGGUUCCCCCAUCACCGGUUACCACAUUGAGAUGUGUGAGGCUGGGACAGAGAAAUGGAUGAGGGUUAACUCUCGUCCCGUCAAGGAACUGAAGUACACCGUGAAAGAAGGUGUUGUUCCCGAGAAGGAGUACGUCUUGAGAGUGAGAGCCGUCAACUCCGUCGGAGUCAGCGAGCCCUCCGAUAUCUCUGAGAACGUCGUUGCCAAAGAUUCCGACUGCAACCCUACGCUAGAAUUCCAGACUCUGGACAUAGUUGUGGUGGAGACAGAGAAGCUGCACAUCCCGGUUCCCUUCAAGGCCGUUCCCUCACCCGAGGUCACUUGGCACAAAGACGGCAAGGAGCUGAAGGCCGACGACCGUCGCGGCUUCAGGAAAGAGUAUACUUGCUGUCACUUGGAGGUGGACAGUAGCCUUCACUCUGACGCGGGCCAAUACAAAGUGACUCUGGAAAAUCGUCUCGGCGCUGCCAGUGCCACUGUCAACGUCAAAGUCAUCGGUCUUCCGGGCCCAUGCAAGGAAAUUGUAGCCUCCGAGAUCACCAAGAGCUCCUGCAAGGUCUCCUGGGAUCCUCCCGACUACGAUGGAGGCACGCCAGUUACUCAUUACAUCCUGCAGCGUCGUGAAGCCGGCCGGAGGACAUAUGUCAACGUGAUGUCUGGAGAGAAUAAAGUGAGCUGGAACGUCAAAGACCUCAUCCCCAACGGAGAGUAUUACUUCAGAGUCCAGGCCGUAAACAAGAUUGGAGGAGGGGAGUUCAUUGAGCUACGCAACCCUGUCAUCGCCGAGGACCAGAAACAUCCUCCUGACCCACCCGUGGAUGUGGAGACCCACAAUCCCACAUCGGGCACCAUAACACUGACCUGGAAGCCGCCCAUGUAUGACGGAGGUGCCAAGAUCAUGGGUUACAUCUUGGAGCGGCAGCUGAAGGGCGAGGACCGGUGGGAGAGGUGCAACGACUUCCUGGUUCCGGUGCUUUCGUACACCGUUAGAGGGCUAAAGGAGGCACAGAGCUAUGCCUUCAGAGUCCGAGCAGAAAAUUCAGCCGGUGUCAGCGAUCCGUCUCGCAGCACCCUGUUUGUCAAGGCCUUGGAUGCAAUCGAUGCUCCGAAGGUCUUCCUGAGCGGCAGCCUUCAGUCUGGCCUGAACGUGAAGCGAGGCAGCGAGAUCCGGCUAGAGGCUAAUAUCUCCGGCUCACCGUACCCUGAGAUCACCUGGUUCUGGAACAACCAGGUGAUCCGGCCUGAGCCGCUUCGUAGGAGGCCGGAGAGACCGCUGAAGAAGAAGGUGGAGGUGAAGAAGGAGGAGUCUGAAGGAGAGAAGAAAGAGCAGGACCUCGGAGAAGUGAAGGAUGCAGAGGAGAAGAAGGAAGAGGUGGCAGAGCAGGAGGUGGAGGAGACGGACUUCCCGACAAUCGGCGAGCGGUUGACCAUCAACAACAGCAGGAGGGGCGAGUCCACGGCAGUUAUCAAGGACUCACUGCGUCUUGACCACGGCGUCUACAUGGUGAAGGUGGAGAAUGACCACGGCGUCGCUUCAGCCACCUGCGAGGUCAACGUCCUUGACACUCCUGGACCUCCAAUUAACUUCCGCUUCGAAGAGGUGAGGAAGAACUCUGUGAUCUGCAAAUGGGAUCCCCCGAAAGAUGACGGCGGCAGCGAGAUCCUCAACUACACGCUGGAGAAGAAGGACAACUCCAAGACAGAGCUCGGCUACAGCUGUGUCACCGCCACACUUCGAGGAUGUCGCUAUCUGGUGCCCAAACUCAUUGAAAAGAAGGAGUACAUCUUCAGAGUUGUCGCUGAGAACAAGUAUGGAGCUGGUCCGCCAUGCAUCUCCAAGCCUCUUGUUGCCAAGAAUCCCUUCGAACCUCCCGAGGCUCCAGAGAAGCCGGAAAUAGAUGAUGUCACGGCCCACAGCAUGCUGGUCAUCUGGAAGGAGCCAAACGACAAUGGCAGCCCCAUCCUGGGCUACUGGGUAGAGCGUCGGGAGAUCAACAGUUCCCACUGGGCUCGGGUCAACAGAAACAUGGUCUCUUCCACCGAGCUGAAUGUAGAAGGACUCGUUGAGGGCUUAACCUACAUCUUCAGAGUGGCGGCCGAAAAUCAGGCGGGCCCCGGAAAGUUCAGCGUGCCUUCAGAUCCUAAAACAGCACAAGCCCCGAUUCUACCUCCAGGACCACCAAACCCCCGAGUGGUGGCAACCACUGACCACUCGAUUGACGUUGAGUGGGAUGCACCCGCUGACAAUGGAGGCGGCGAGAUCCUGGGAUACCACGUGGAUAAGACUAUUGCUGGUAGCAAAGACUGGUCCAGGUCUACAGAACGUCCGUGGAAGACCCGGGCAUUUACGGUGUAUGGAGUCCGUGAGGGAGCCAAGUACCUGGUCAGAGUCAUUGCCAUUAACGCUGCUGGAGAGGGCGCCGCGGGUUUCACCGAGUCAGUGUUCGUCAGGAAUCCCGCAGAAAUGCCUGCGGUGGAACUGGACAUUUUGGUCAGGAACGGUGUGGUCAUCAGAGCUGGCGAGACGCUUCGUGUUCCGGCGCUGGUCACCGGUAAACCCUACCCAACUAUCACUUGGACCGUGGAGGAUAAAAAACCCGACAAAGACCGCGUCGAGAUCCUCACCGAAGGCAACAACAGCAUUGUGUUCAUCAAAAGCGUGCAGCGGAAGGACUGCGGCAAAUAUCUCAUCUCGGCGUGUAACCCGAGCGGCACCAGGUCGGCCUUCACCCGGGUGGAGGUCAUGGAUGUUCCCGGACCAGUCACUGACCUGAAGCCAGUGGUGGUGACCAGAAAGAUGAUCUUCCUGAAUUGGGAUGACCCAGUGGACGACGGUGGAAGUGACCUGACCGGCUUCCUGGUGGAGCGCAAAGAUGCCAAAAUGCACACGUGGAGGCAGCCCGUUGAAACCGCCUCCUCCAAAUGUGAGUGCGUGGGCAUCAUGGAGGGACAAGAGUACAUGUUCCGUGUCAGUGCCAAGAACAAGUACGGCAUGGGCCCGCCUGUCGAACUGGGACCCAUCAAAGCUGUGGACCCACAAGGACCACCGUCACCGCCUGAGAAGUUCCACUACACGGAGCGCACCAAGAAUUCCAUCACGCUAGCAUGGAAGCCGCCUCGCAAUGAUGGAGGCAGCCCCAUCAUCGGCUACUUUGUGGAGAAGAAGCGUCAAGACAAGCAGGCUUUUGAGCCUUGCAACACGGAAAUCUGCCCUAACUUGAGCAUGGCGGUGGAGGGCCUCGAUGAGGCCUGGAUGUACGAGUUCAGGAUCAAGUGCGCAAAUCUGAUUGGAGAAAGCGACCCGUCCUUUGCGCUGACCGUGGUCAUCCAAGACGAUGAAGUGGCCCCCGAGAUCCACAUGCUGAAGAUAUUCAAGGGCGACAGCAUCACGGUGAAAAGGGGCGAGCGCGUCGAGAUCCCCGCCGACAUCCUCGGCCUCCCCAUCCCCAAAGUGGAGUGGUCCAAAGACGACGUGGUGCUGGAGAAGCCCACGGAAAGUCUGCUGAUGGAGACGACGGUGACGGGCAGGAUGAACUGCACGUCCACUCUGUCCAUCCCCGCCGCCGAGCGCAAGGACCGUGGCAGCUACACCAUCUCGGCCUCCAACAACAUGGGCUCAGCCAGUCACACCACUUCUGUCAUGGUGCUAGACCGGCCGCUUCCUCCCAGAAACGUGGCGGUGUCCAACAUCAAGGCGGAGUCCUGCCAGUUGCACUGGGACGCCCCCUUGGAUGAUGGCGGCAGCGAGCUGACCAACUAUAUCGUUGAAAAGAAGGAUGUGCUCACAGAGGAAGCGGAGGAAGAGGCACGGGAAGCGGAACCUCAGUGGGUGGAGCUCACCAACAGCAUCAUUGACAGGAAGUACCGGGUGUGGAAGUUGGAUACCAACAAAUCCUACCUGUUCCGCGUCAGAGCCCAGAACCGCUAUGGCAAGUCUGACCCUUGUGCCACGGAGGAAGUUCAGAUCACAGACCCCUUCGGACUCCCCGGCCCGCCGGAGAAACCGAGCAUCACUGAGUAUUCCAAGAACUCCAUGACCCUGACCUGGGAGCCACCGAGGGACAACGGUGGCUCCAUGAUCAUUGGCUACUGGCUGGAGAAGAAAGAAAGAGGCUCUGCCUACUGGGCAAGAGCCAAUAAGAUGCCGGUCACCAAGAGGGGCAUGAAAGGCUGGGAGUACCAGGUAACUCGCCUGUUUGAAGGAUGUGAGUACGAGUUCCGAGUCGCUGCCUUCAAUUCAGCCGGAACGGGACCGUUCAGCGCACCGUCUGACCCAGCAUUUGCCGUCGACCCUCUGACUCCUCCCAGCAUGCCCGCCGCUCCCGUGGUGGCCGACAAGACCAAGCACAAUGUCACUCUCACUUGGAAGCCGCCGGAGAAGGACGGUGGGAGCCCCAUCAAGGGCUACAUCGUCCAGAUCCAGGACGAGGGCAAAUCCGAUUGGGUGAGGGUGAACGAAGAGCUGCACCCCACCACCGAGUUCACUGUGCCCAGCCUCCGUGAGCUGAAGCGCUACCGCUUCAGAAUCAUUGCCGUCAACGACGUUGGCGAAUCGGACCCCAGCCCCCGCACCAGCGAGGUCUUGAUCGAAGAGAUCCAGUUGCCGCCCUCCAUCACCAUUGAUGUUUUGGUGAAUGACCUGCUCUAUGUACGUGCCGGAGAUCCUAUCAGGAUCCCUGCCACCAUCAAGGGUCGUCCUGUCCCCAAGGUGACGUGGGACUUUGAGGGCAAAGCCAAAUCUCACAAGAAGAACAAGCUGCACACACUUCCCGUGGACUCGGAGGUCGAGUCCACAGACACCACGUCCGUUGUGACCAUCCCUGUUAGUUUGAGGACCCACUCUGGACGCUACACCAUCACGGCCAAGAACAAGUCUGGACAGAAACACGUCAACGUCAGAGUCAACGUCCUCGAUGUUCCCGGACCUCCGAAAGAUCUGAAGGUGACGGACAUCACCCGGUCAACCAUGAGACUGAUCUGGAAGCUGCCCGACAACGAUGGUGGAGAGAGAAUCAAAAGCUACUACAUUGAGAAAAAAUGUGUCACCGACAAGGCCUGGACAAAGGUGAAUGCGGCCUGCGCCAGUCAAGCCUUCGUUGUCCCAGGCCUCCUGGAGGGACAGGACUACCUGUUCAGAGUGCGGGCCGAGAACCGGCUGGGCUUCGGUCCGUUUACCGUCACCGCUGAUCCCGCCCGGGCCAGGGACCCCAUCUACCCGCCGGACCCGCCUACCAAGCUGAAGGUCACCUUGGUGACCAAGAACACAGUGACCCUGACCUGGGAGCCUCCCAAAAACGACGGCGGCUCUCCUAUCAAACAUUAUGUGGUGGAGCGCUUGAGCUGGGACACCAGCGGCAAAGAGAAGGAAACGUGGAAGCAGUGCAACAAGCGAGACGUGGAGGAGCUCAGCUUCGUGGUGGAGGACCUUAAGGAGGGCGGUGAGUACGAGUUCCGAGUGAAAGCUGUGAACGAGGCCGGACCCAGUCGACCCUCGGCCACCGCCGGGCCGCUCACCAUCAAGGACCAGACCUGCCCACCCGCCAUCGAGCUGCGGGAGGCACUGGAGGGCGAGGAGGGCUGUGACAUCAGCCUGCCGGCCAAGGUGAGCGGCUGCCCCUUCCCCAGCCUCUCGUGGCACAAGGCCAGCCUGGCGGCGCCCGAGCAGAAGGCGGCCGUGCGCUACGACCAGCGCAUUGCCAAGCUGUUGACGCAGGACAAGUGCACGUUGCUGCUGCAGCAGGCCACGCGGGAUGACAGCGCCCUCUACAGCCUGACCGCCAGCAACGCCCUGGGCACCGUCACCAAGGACGUCAAACUCUCUGUCUUUGGACCUCCCGGCCCCCCUGUGGGACCGAUGAAGUUCACCGAGGUGUUUGCGGAGAGGAUCGGCCUGGCCUGGAAGCCGCCCCUGGACGACGGCGGCUCCAAGAUCACCAACUACGUGGUGGAGAAGCGCGAGGACAACCGCAAGUCAUGGGUGCACGUGUCCAAUGACCCCAAGGACUGCGCGUACCUGGUGACACGGCUCACGGAGAACCACGAGUACGAGUUCAGAGUCAUGGCGCAGAACAAGUUUGGAAUCGGGCUGCCGCUCCUCAGCGAGCCGGAGAAGGCCAGGAACCUCUUCACCGUUCCUGGCCAGUGUGAGAAGCCCACCGUGACAGACGUGUGUCUGGAGUCCAUGACGGUUAACUGGGAGGAGCCCAAAUACGACGGCGGCUCGCCGGUCACCGGCUACUUCAUCGAAAAGAAGGAGACCACCAGCAAGCGCUGGGCUCGGGUCAACCGCGAGCCCAUCCGGGCCCUGCCGCUGGGAAACAACUGGGACGUCACCGGCCUGGUGGAGGGCUCCAUGUACCAGUUUCGGGUCAGCGCUGCCAACGCCGCCGGAUGCGGACUACCCAGCGUACCCUCUGACCCCGUGCUCUGUAGGGACCCCAUCAAGCCUCCCGGUCCGCCCACACCCAAGGUGACGGACUGGACCAGGUCCACAGUUGAGCUGGAAUGGAUUCCUCCCCUGGUGGACGGAGGCUCCAAGGUGACCGGCUACAUUGUGGAAUUCAAGGAGGUGAGCAGGGAGGAGGAGGAGAAGAAGGCUCAGAGGAAGUUGCUUUUACUGAGCAGCGCUGACGAGAAGGAGCCCGAGGCCCCGGAGAGCUGGCGCAAGGCCAAGGACACGGAGAUCAGAGGAACCAAGUUUGUGGUGGCCGAUCUCAAAGAAGGUGCUCUGUACCGCUUCAGAGUCAAAGCUGUGAACGCCGCCGGCGUCGGCGAGCCGGGACUCGUUUCGGAGCUGAUCGAAGCCAGAGACAGGACAAUUGCGCCCGAGAUGGACCUUGAUGCCUCUGUCAAGGAGAAGAUCGUGGUCCACGCAGGCGGCACCAUCCGAAUUAUCGCCUACGUGUCUGGGAAACCGGCGCCGCGCAUCAGCUGGUGCCGAGAUGAUGGCGAGGUGCCCAAAGAGGCCGCAGUGGAGACCACGGGCAUCUCCAACUCACUGGUCAUCAAGAACUGCAAACGCCAGCACCAGGGCAUCUACACGCUUUGCGCAAAGAACGAAGGCGGCGAGAGGAAGAAGGCCGUCAUCGUCGAGGUCCUGGACGUCCCCGGACCGGUGGGCCUCCCCUUCGCUGGUGAGAACCUGACCAACGACUCGUGCAAGCUGACCUGGUAUUCCCCCGAAGACGACGGCGGCUCGGCCAUCACCAACUACAUCAUUGAGAAGCGGGAGUCGGACCGCAUGGGCUGGACUUCGGUCACCUACACGGUCACCAGGAACAACGCCGUGGUGCAAGGCCUGCUGGACGGGAAGGGAUACUUCUUCAGGAUUGCCGCCGAGAACAUCAUCGGCAUGGGACCCUUCGUGGAGACGGACAGAGUCGUGCUCAUCAAAGAGCCCAUCUCCGUACCCGAGCGUCCGGAGGACCUGAUCGUCACGGCCGUCGCCAAGGACUCCAUCUCGGUGGCUUGGAGGCCGCCUAAGUACGACGGAGGCGCGGAGGUGACCCGCUACGUCCUGGAGUCUCGCGUGGUUGGCCGAGACACCUUUGUUGGCGUGGGUGGUAGCGACAAGCUGAUGGACAGGAAAUUCACGCUGAGUGGACUCAAGGACGGCUCCAGCCACGAGUUCAGAGUGGCGGCCGUCAACUUGGUGGGACAGGGCAAAUUUUCCUUUGCCACCAAACCCGUCCAGUGCAAGGACGAGCUGGAACCACCCAAUCUGGAGCUGGACUUCCGAGACAGGAUGCUGGUGAAGGUGGGAGACAGCUGCACGCUGUCGGGACGCUACGGCGGCAAGCCCGCGCCGAGCGUCACCUGGACCAAGAACGAGGAGGAGCUGAAGCCCGACGAGGACGUGGCCGUCCGCAGCAGCGCCAGGCAUCUCAGUCUGGACUUCAUCAAGGCUAGGCGGGACCACAGCGGACGCUACCGCGUCAGCGUGGACAACCCGGCCGGGACGCGAACCGGAAUCUGCGCGCUCACCGUCGUCGACCGGCCUCAGGCUCCCGAGGGCCCCGUCGUCUUUGAGGAGGUCUACAGAGACCACAUGCUCAUUUCCUGGAAACCUCCCCUGGACGACGGUGGAUGCGCCAUCUCCAACUACGUCGUCGAGAAGAGAGACACCAAUCGAGACCUGUGGAUGCCCGUCACUGCGUCCUGCACCAGGACCACCUGCAGGGUGCCAAAACUGAUUGAGGGUCGUGAGUACAUCGUCAGGAUCAUGGCCCAGAACAUCUACGGCAUCAGCGAACCGCUGCUGUCCGCCGAGAUCAAGGCCAGAGAGAUGUUCAAGGUACCCGACGCUCCCAAGCAGCCCACCGUCAAGGACGUGCACCACGACCGCGCCCUGGUUCGCUGGGAGCCUCCACCUGAUGGAGGGAAGCCGAUCACGGGCUACAUCGUGGAGAGGAAAGAGACCAUGGCUAAUAGGUGGGUCCGCUGCAACACAGAAAAGAUCCAUCCCAAGGUGGAGUACUUGGUCCUGGACCUGCUCAAGGGUUGCGAGUACGAAUUCAGAGUCAGCGCCGAGAACGCGGUGGGCAUUGGUGACCCCAGCCCGCCGUCUAAGCCCGUCUUCGCCAAAGAUCCCAUCGUGAAGCCAAGCCCGCCACAAAAUCUCAAGGCCGUGGACCACACCAAGGAGUCCGUGACUCUCUCCUGGGAUCCGCCCGCCGACACCGGCCGAGGCAAGAUAUUCGGCUACCUGCUGGAGUUCCAGAAGGCCGGCGAGGAGGACUGGCAGAAGGUCAACCAUACUCCAGAUUCUUGCCAGGGGACCAAGUUCAAGGUGGUGGGCUUGGAGGAUGGCGCCCUCUACCGCUUCAGAGUGAAGGCCGUCAACGCUGCCGGGGAGUCUGACCCGACAUAUAUCAAAGAACCAGUCAGAGUGAAGGACCGACUCGAAGCGCCAGAGUUGAUUUUGGACGCCGGUAUGACUCGGGAGGUGAAGGCCCUGGCCGGCACCCACAUCACUCUCAUGGCCACCAUCAAGGGCAUCCCCUUCCCCUCCGUAGUCUGGAAGAAAAACAACACCGACGUUCCCACCAGGGCCGACAUCGAGACCAACCAAGAGGGGACUAAGCUGGAGAUGAGGUUCUGCAACCGUGGUGACUGUGGAGACUACACGCUCACAGUCGAAAACCCCGCCGGCUCCAAGACAGUCACGUGCACCGUCUUGGUCUUUGAUAAACCUGGUCCUGUCCAGCACCUUCGCGUGUCAGAUGUCAGGAGCGACUCGGCGUACCUGUCCUGGAAAGACCCGGAGGACAACGGAGGCACUCGCAUCACCAACUUUGUGGUGGAGAAGAAAGACACAGGGUCCACUCAGUGGGUUCCCGUGUGCUCCACGUCCAAGAAGCGCAGUAUGAUGCUCAAGCACCUGACGGAGGGACUGGCCUACACCUUCAGAGUUGCGGCUGAGAACCAGUAUGGCCGCAGCGAAUACGUGGAAACGCCGAAGGCCAUCAAAGCCAUGAAUCCGCUCUUCCCUCCCGGUCCUCCCAAAGAUCUUCACCACGUCGAUGUGGACAAGACAGAGGUGUGGCUUGCCUGGAACUGGCCCGACCGAAACGGUGGAAGUGAGAUUACGGGCUUCUUGGUGGAGUAUCAAGAAGAAGGAGCGAAGGACUGGCACGAGUGGCAGACAGUCAGCAUCCCGGAAAGUCACGUGACAGGUCUGGAAGAAGGCAAGACCUAUCGCUUCCGAGUGAGAGCCGAGAAUGUCAUUGGCCUCAGCAGACCCGACACCACCGUACCCAUCCUCUGCCAAGAGAAGCUGGUGCCUCCGAUACUUGAGGUGGAUCUCAAGCUGACGGAAGGCAUCAUCGUGAAGGCGGGCUCCACCAUCAGACUACCCGCCAUCAUGAGGGGAAUGCCCAUCCCUACCGCCAAAUGGUCCAUUGACGGAGAGGAGCUCAGCAACGGAGGCAAGAUCAAGAUUGACACCGACAACUUCUCUACCGUCCUCAGCAUCACCGACUGCACCAGAAGUCAUACUGGCACCUACCUGCUCACCGUGUCCAACCUCGCCGGCACCAAGACGGCAGCCCUCAACGUCACCGUUCUGGACGUCCCCGCGGCGCCCAUUGGACCCGUCAACGUACUCGAGGUGUCUCCUGACGCCAUGACCAUCGAGUGGCGCCCUCCCAAGGAUGACGGUGGCAGCCCCGUCACCAACUACGUCGUGGAGAAGAGAGAUUCCAACAAGGAGACCUGGGGAGGCGUUAGCUCCGGCAGCCUGGCCACCAAUCUCAGGAUCGUGCGCCUGCAGAAGGGCGUCGAGUAUGUGGUCCGCAUUCGCGCAGAGAACAAAAUGGGCAUCGGGGCGCCGCUGGAGAGCAAGCCAACGGUCGCCGAGCAUUCCUUCAUGCCGCCCAGUCCACCUGGUAAGCCGCUGGCCCACGACGUCUCCGAGGACGCCGUUACGGUCGGCUGGACCAUGCCCUUGUCUGACGGUGGUAGUCAGAUCACCGGGUACAUCCUUGAGCGCAGACACAAAGGAGGAAAGUGGAUCCGUGUGAACAAGACGCCCUGCAAAGACCUUCGCUACAGAGUCCAGGGCUUGUUUGUGGGCAACGAAUACGAAUUCAGAGUCUUUGCUGAGAACAUUGCCGGCUACAGUGGCCCCUCACCCAUCUCCGACCUCUGCAGGCCCUGCCGGCAGAUCACGGUCCCGAGUGCCCCAGUCAACCCCAAAGUCAAAGAUUACAGCAAAUCAACGGCCGACUUGGUGUGGACCAAACCCACCAAAGACGGAGGCAGUCCCAUUCUGGGCUACAGUGUGGAAAUGAAGAAGGUCGACGGAGACUGGAAGAAAGUCAACCUGGACGACUUCAUCAAGUUGUGUGCCUACACGGUGAAGGGGCUCGAGCAGGGUUCUACCUAUAGAUUCAGAGUGUUUGCCUCAAAUAUGAUCGGUGACGGUGAGUCCAGGGAGAUUCCAGAGUCGGUCACGGCUCAAGAUAUUCUGAUCCCCCCGGAGAUCGAAAUGGAUGCCACUUGUCGCGAGCGCAUCACCGUGCGCGUCGGACACAACAUCAAUAUCGUUGGCUACAUCAAGGCCCGUCCCGAGCCAGAAGUGCUGUGGUCCAAGGGGGAGACUGUUCUGGAGAACAGCAAACGUGUAACUAUGCUCCAGAACCUACCUGUGGUCCAGCUGAAGAUCAAAGAGGCCACCAGAGCCGACCACGGCAAAUACACCCUGAAAGCCUCCAAUGAGGGUGGAGAAGCCUCCUGCUGCAUCACUGUUAACGUUCUGGACCGGCCCGGCCAUUGCCAGAACCUCCAUACCACCUACGUCACCAAGGACUCCUGCAUGAUCAACUGGGAGGCCCCGAAAGACAAUGGUGGCUCCGAAAUUAACAACUACAUCGUGGAGUGCAGAGAACCCAGCGUCAGCUUGUGGUCCAUGAUCUCUUCUCAUUGCACCAACCGCAAGAUCAAGACCAAGCUAAUGGAGGGCCACCAGUACCUGUUCCGUGUUUGUGCAGAGAACAAGAUAGGACCCGGGCCCUGUGUGGAGACCAAGGUCCCCGUGUUAGCCAUCGACCCCAUUGAAAAACCAGGCGAGCCUGAGAACUUCAGGGUGGCCGACAUUGGCAAGAACUUCGUCUACCUGAGGUGGAGGAGGCCUGAUUACGAUGGUGGCAGUCCCAACCUCUCCUAUAACCUGGAGUGCAAAGCCAAAGACGCGCAGGAAUGGGAAAAGCUAAACACCGGCAUCCUGACUAACACUUUCUUUUUGGCGGACAAGUGUGUUGAAAACCAGACGUACACUUUCAGGGUGCAAAGCGUCAAUGAAGGAGGAGAGAGCGGGUGGGUGAAAUUGGCCGAUAUCCUGGUGCGAGAAGAGAUCCAGAAGCCAGUCCUUGACCUGAAGCUGUCCGGAACACUGACGGUGAAGGCCGGAGAGUCGGUCAGAAUCGAAGCUGCCUUGAGAGGAAAGCCGCAACCUGAAGUCAAGUGGACCAAGGACAAGGCGGCUGGAGACAAUCCCAGAAUCAGCUACGAGACCGGUUCUGACUACUCCAAGUUCCUUUUGACAAAGUCCCGACGCACUGACUCCGGGAAGUACAUUGUCACCGCCACCAACUCGGCCGGAACCUUCACGGCCUAUGCCAACGUGAACGUCCUGGACGUUCCCGGAGCCGUCAGGAACUUACGAGUCACCGGCAUUGGAGCAGACAAAUGCAGAGUGGUUUGGGACGCACCUGAGGAUGACGGCGGCUGCGAGGUGGACAGCUACAUCUUGGAAAAGUGCGAGACCAGGAGGAUGGUGUGGUCCACGUACUCUGCCUCAGUAGUCACGGCGUACUGCAACGUGACUCGUCUGGUGGAGGGCAAUGAGUAUAUCUUCAGAGUACGGGCCGAGAACAAGAUGGGAACUGGGCCCGCUGUGGAGAGCAAGCCGGUCACAGUCAGGACUCAGUUCAACAGACCUGGACCGCCCGAUGCCCCUGAGGUCACCAAGAUAAGCAAAGAGGAGAUGACGGUGGUCUGGGCUCCUCCCGAGAAUGAUGGAGGAAAGUCCAUCACGGGCUACAUCCUGGAGAGGAAGGAAAAAAGGGCCGUGCGCUGGGUGCCGUGCACUAAGAGUCCAAUCCCUGAGAGACGCAUGAAAGUGACCAACCUGUUACCCAACCACGAGUAUCAGUUCAGAGUCAAGGCUGAGAAUGAGGUCGGUCUGGGAGAUCCCAGCAAACCCUGCAGACCCGUGACAGCCAAAGAUCCCAUUGAACCUCCUGGCCCACCCGCAGGCCUGAAAGUGGCCGACAGCACCAAGACCUCCAUCACUCUUUCCUGGUCUAAACCCGUGUACGACGGAGGCGCGCCAAUCAUCGGCUACAGUCUGGACAUGAGACUGAAGAGUGAGGCCGACCCCGAAAAGCCCACCGCAGGCUGGAAGAGAAUCGACACCAAUGGGCCCUUGGUCCUCCGAGAGUUCACCAUCGGACAGCUGGAUGAGAAACAGGAGUACGAGUUCAAGGUCUCCGCCCAAAACCAGGUGGGAUGGGGACGUCAUGCCUACUUAAAGGAGGCGAUCUCCCCCAAGGAGAUCCUGGAGGCUCCUGAGAUUGACCUGGACGCGAGUUUGAGGAAAGGUCUUUCUGUGCGGGCUGGCUGUCCCAUCCGACUUUUUGCUACCAUCAGAGGACGCCCUGCCCCGAAGGUCACCUGGAAGCGUGUGGGGGUGGACAACGUUGUUCGCAAAGGUCAUGUCGACCAAGUGGACACCAUGUGCUUCCUGGUCAUCCCCGAGAGCACCAGAGAAGAUUCUGGAAAAUACUCACUGACUCUGUCCAACUCGGCCGGAGAGAAGGCCGUCUUUGUUCGUGUCAAAGUCCUCGACACUCCCGGUCCCGUCGGUGGUCUGGAGGCAACUGACGUUACCAAAACAACAGCACAGCUGUCCUGGUUGCCGCCGGAGAAUGACGGCGGCAGCGCCAUCCUCAACUACAUUGUGGAAAAACGGGAGGUGGACAGGAAGACCUGGACCAAAUGCACAGAGGACUUGAAGAAGACUAGCUUCAAGGUGACCAACAUGGCCCCUGGUGUUGAGUACUACUUCCGCGUGAUGGCAGUCAACAAGUAUGGAAUCGGAGUUCCUCAGGAUUCGCCCAAGUCUUACCUGGCCAAGGACCCCAUCAGUGAGCCAGAUCCGCCUAAAAAGAUGGACGUUUUGGAGAUGUCCCGGACCAGCGCAACGCUGGGCUGGCUGAAACCGCUCCGAGAUGGAGGAGCCAAAAUCAACGGCUACGUGGUGGACUACCAGGAGGAGGGGGCGCCGCAGGACAAGUGGACACCAUACUCGGUGGUCAAAGACUUGACCAUCGUGGUGGUGGGCCUGAAGGAAGGGAAGAAGUACAAAUUCAGGGUGGCAGCCAGGAACUCCGUUGGCGUCAGUCUUGCUCGGGAGGCCGAGGGAGUCUUUGAGGCCAAGGAGCAGCUCAUGGCUCCCAAAAUCAUCAUGCCCGACACGGUGACGGUCCGGGCAGGACGCAAAAUGGUGAUCGAGGCCCUGGUGUCAGGUAAACCUGCUCCCUUCUGCAAGUGGAAGCAGGGCAACGAGGACGUCCUGACGUCGGAUCGGCUCUCGGUGGUCAAGACGCUCAGCAGCUGCACAUUGAUCAUCAAGAACGUCAGCCGCGCCGACAGCGGCUACUACAGCCUGUCGGCGGAGAACAGCACGGCCAAAGUCAACCAGAUCCUCAAAGUCAUCGUCAUGGACAUUCCUGGACCCCCAGAAGCUCCGCUGGAGAUCACAGAGCAGGACAUCGACGCCUGCACGCUGCUCUGGAACCCUCCUCAGGAGGACGGCGGCAGCAACAUCACCAACUACAUCGUGGAGAAGUGCGAUGUGAGCCAGGGCGACUGGCUCACCGUGUCAUCUUCCUGCACCAAAACCAGCUUCCGGAUGACCAAACUGAUCACCGGCACAGAGUACACCUUCCGAGUCCGAGCCGAGAACAGGUUCGGCAUUUCGGAGCCCACCUACUCAGAGAAAAUGAUUGCCAGAUAUCCGUUUGACCCUCCCAGUGAGCCCAGGAACCUUCGUGUGAACAAGAUCAACAAGGACUUUGUCAUCCUGUCCUGGGAGCGUCCCACCAGCGACGGCGGAAGCCCCAUUACGGGAUACUGCAUCGAGAAGAAAGAGAGGAACAGUCUGCUGUGGGUCAGGGCCUACGAGUCUGUGGUCAAAUCCACCCAAUUCACCUGCACCGGUCUCAUCGAGGGCCUGGAGUACACCUUCAGGGUGUCUGCCAUCAACCUCGCCGGACAGGGAAAGCCUUGCAAGCAGAUCGAAUUCGUCACAGCCAGGACGGCCGUCGACCCUCCAGGUAAACCCGAGCCUAUGGAUGUGACCAGGAGCUCCGUGUCGCUGGUGUGGACCCGACCCAAGCACGAUGGUGGCAGCAAGCUGAUUGGCUACUUUGUGGAGUACUGCAAGCUCCCCGAGGAGAAGUGGAGCCGCUGCAACAGCAACUGCAUGAGUGUUCAGGCCGAGGACUAUGUGGUGAGCGGUCUGGAAGAGGGCCAACGCUACGUCUUUCGAGUCAUCGCCAAGACGGCCGUCAAUGUCAGCCUGCCCUCAGAGCUGUCCGAUCCCAUCGCCGUCAUCGCAGAGAACGUUCCUCCACGUGUGGAGCUGGGGGUCAACAUGAAGAACCUGAUUGUGGUGAAAGCCGGACAGAAUGUCUUCUUGGAUGCGGAAGUAUUUGGCAAGCCUCUUCCCAAGGUGAGCUGGAAGAGAGACGGCGUUCCGCUCCAUCUGGCGGAGGGAAUGAAGAUGACACAGAAGAAACACGUCCACCUUUUGGAGCUCUACUCCGUCACGAGGAAGGAAUCCGGUGACUACACUAUUCUCGCUGAGAACGUCAAUGGCAGCAAGUACGCCACAAUUAAAGUCAAAGUGCUCGACAAACCAGGUCCUCCUGCUUCAGUGAAAACCACCAAAGUGUUCGCAGACCGCAUCAAGCUGCGGUGGGAACCUCCACUUUCUGACGGCGGUUCUGAAAUCACCAGCUACAUCAUUGAGAAGCGUGAAACCAGCAGGGCCAACUGGGCGCUGGUCACCGCCAAUAUUCACGGACACAUCACCGACUGCUCGGUAGAGAAACUCAUAGAGGGCCACGAGUACCAGUUCCGAGUUAGUGCUGAGAACCAGUACGGCGUGGGAGACGCCGUCAUGACCGACCCAGUCACGGCCAAGAACCCCUACGAUGUUCCCGGCCCUUGUGAUCCACCGGUCAUCACCAACAUCACCAAGGACUCCAUGACGGUCAGCUGGAAGGCGCCGGCCAAUGACGGUAGAGCCACCAUCCUGGGCUACAUGGUAGAGAAGCGCGAAGCCACCGAGUUGACCUGGACCAAGGUCAACCGUCGGCCGGUGAUCGACAGAACCAUCAAGGCGGGUCAGCUGACUGAGGGCUCCGAGUACGAGUUCAGGGUCAUUGCCAUGAACAAAGCCGGUCUGGGAAAACCAAGCGAUGCAUCAGGCGCUGCACUGGCCGUCGAUCCUGUCUAUCCUCCCGGGCCCCCCGCAUUCCCCAAGGUGGUGGAUUCUACCAGGAGCUCCAUCAGCCUCAGCUGGACCAAGCCAGCGUAUGACGGCGGUUGCGAGAUCAUCGGCUACCUGGUGGAGUGCAAAGUGGCCUCCACGGAAAACUGGACCAGAUGCAAUGUCCCCAAGAAGCUCCAGGCCACCAAGUUCUUGGUGACGGGCCUGAUGCAAGGCAGAGAGUACCAGUUCCGAGUAUUUGCCCUCAACAAGAUUGGCUACAGCGAGCCCAGCGAAGUCCCCGGGAACCACACGCCUCAAGACAUCCUAAUCCCUCCGGAAGCUGAGCUGGAUGCCGACUUGAGGAAAGCCUUGGUUCUCCGCGCUGGUGUCACCAUGAGGCUCUACGUCCCCCUGAGAGGGCGCCCGGCACCCAAAGUGACGUGGAGCAAGGUGGACGGAAACUUGAAGGAGAGAACCGGCGUCCUGAUAAAGACGUCAGAGUGGGACACCCUGCUCCUGGUUGAAGACAUCAACCGAUACGACGCUGGCAAAUAUGUCCUGACACUGGAGAACACCAGCGGGUCCAAGAGUUACACCAUUGUCGUCAAGGUCCUCGACACCCCUGGACCACCUCAGAACCUUACCGUGAAGGAAACCUCCCUAAACCACGCGUGGAUCACCUGGGAUGCCCCAUUGAUCGACGGCGGCAGUCCUGUCAAGAGCUACAUCGUGGAGAAGCGCCUGGCUGAGAGGAAGGCUUGGACUUGUGUGUCAACUGAGUGUCACAAGAUCUCGUACAGGAUUCCCAACCUAGAGCCCGGUCAGGCCUACUGCUUCAGAGUUCUGGCCGAGAACGCUUACGGCAUCGGAGAGGGCUGUGAGACUGCCGGUAGCGUGCGAGCUUCAGAGCAACCUGGUCCAGUGGUGGACUUGAAGGCCAAGAAGACUAACAAAGACUCCAUCAUCCUGGCCUGGAAAAAGCCCAUCAGUGAUGGUGGCAGCCACAUCACCGCCUAUAUCGUGGACCAGAAUGAAGGCGAUAAGUGGAAGGAGAUUUCCAAGGGCAAGAACACCUCACUAACCAUUGGGGACCUCACAGAGGGCAAGGAGUACUUGUUCAGAGUCACGGCCCUCAAUGAGUCCGGAGUGGGGCCGCCCUCUGAGAUUGCGGCUGUUGCCAAGGACCAGUUUGUGUUACCUGACUGCAACCUGAGCUGUCUGCAUGACGGUUGCUACGUGGUGAAGGAGGGGACCACCGCCCGCAUUCACAUCCCCCUCAGCGGUGUGCCAUAUCCCACUGCCACAUGGAAGAAGGGCGACGUGGUGCUCGGUGACACUGGGCGUAUGUGCGUCGAGGCAUCCCAGGGUGUGACCACUCUCCUGAUCAGAGACUGCCAGAGAGGAGACGCGGAAGUGUACACCAUCAACGUGAGGAACAGCUUGGGCUCCAAGGACUGUAAGUUGCAGCUCAAGGUGGUUGGCAAACCGGGCAUCUGCACCGGACCCAUCAAGUUUGACGAGAUCACAGCCGACGGCAUCACCCUGGAAUGGGGGCCGCCCAAAGACGACGGUGGUGCAGAGGUGUCCAACUACAUUGUCGAGAAAAGGAGGACAACAGAUAAUAAGUGGGCCACAGUGGCUUCGGCAAUCCAAAAAACCACCAUGAGAGUCAUACGUCUCCACGACGGAGUGGAGUAUAUCUUCAGAGUAUUCGCUGAGAACAAGUACGGAAUUGGAGAGCACCUGAGGUCAGACCCGGUCAUCGCGCAGCAUCCUUUCGAUGUCCCAGAGGCGCCGGCACCUCCAGUGAUAAUGAGCAUCCGCCACGAGUCAGCCACCCUAACGUGGGUUGAUCCCAAAGACACAGGCGGCUCCCCAAUUACAGGCUACCAUGUGGAGUUCAAGGAGCGGAACAGUCUGAUGUGGAAACGAGCCAGUAAGACACCUCUCAGAUUGAAAGAGUGCCGGGUCACGGGACUGAUCGAGGGACUGGAGUACGAAUUCAGAGUAAUGGCCAUGAACAUAGCCGGUCUGGGGAAGGCCAGCAGAGCGACUGAGGCCGUUGUUGCUCUGGAUCCCAUUGAUCCUCCUGGCAAGCCUGACGUCAUUAAUGUCACCAGGACAUCGGUCACUCUUAUGUGGACUCCACCCAAAUAUGAUGGUGGCUACAAACUGACUGGCUAUGUGGUAGAGAAACUCGAGGCCGGCGGCAAGGCCUGGAUGAAGGCAAAUCAUGUCAAUAUUCAAGGAUGUGCCUUCACCGUCACUGACCUGACAGAGGGAGCUCAGUAUAAAUUCCAAGUCAGGGCUAAGAACUCUGCCGGUGCUAUUAGUCUUCCCUCCGAGACGACUGAUUUGUUAACUUGCAAGGAUGAGUAUGAACCCCCGAGCAUCACCAUUGACCCUGACAUAAAGGACGGCCUUUCAGUCCGGGCAGGAGAAACAAUUGUGGUCUCAGCUUGCAAGAUUGUCGGCAAACCUCCCCCCACCACUGUCUGGUCAAAGGCCGGCCGUGAGCUCAAGAACUCCGACGUUGUCACCAUCACCAGCACUCCAACCUCUUCCACUGUGGCCAUCAAGUACGCCAGCAGGAAAAACACCGGAGAGUACACCAUCACUGCCAGUAACCCAUUUGGCAUCAGAGAGGAGCACGUCAAAGUGAAGGUUCUGGAUGUUCCUGGACCUCCGGGCCCCAUUGAGGCCAGUAACAUUUCUGCUGAAAAGUGCACCCUGACCUGGCUUCCACCAGAGGAGGAUGGAGGCUGCUCGAUUAAGUCCUACGUCCUUGAGAAGCGAGAGACCAGUCGCCUGCAGUGGACCAAGCUGGCUGAAAAUGUCAUGGACUGCAGAUGUGUCACCAGCAAACUGAUCAAAGGCAACGAGUACAUCUUCAGGGUGUCUGCGGUCAACCAAUAUGGCACUGGAGACGCAAGCCUGUCUGCUCCAGUCAAAAUGGUCGACAGUUAUUGUCCCCCAGGUCCACCGUCAACCCCAGAAAUUGAUAACUUCAGUAGGAACUCUGUCACCAUUUCUUGGAAGAGACCAGUGCAGGAUGGUGGCAGUGACAUCAGGGGGUACCUGGUAGAAAGGAAAGAGAAGCGAGGAAUGAGGUGGGUCAGGGCUUCUAAGAGAACGGUCCCGGACCUGCGCUUCAAGGUGCAAGGCCUAAGUGAAGGGGUCGAGUACGAGUUCAGAGUAACUGCUGAGAACAAGGCUGGCUUCGGAGAACCCAGUGAGCCUUCGCGUCCGGCGAUGACCAAGGAUAUCGUGUAUCCACCAGGCCCUCCUUCCAACCCAAGGAUUACAGACACCACUAAAACGUCUGCCACUUUCACCUGGGGCCGACCCCACUAUGAUGGUGGUCUGCCAGUGGAUGGAUACAUUGUGGAGUACAAAAAGGAAGGCCAUGAUGACUGGGAGACAGAGACAGAGUACCACUUGAAGGCUACUGUAUAUGUUAUCGGAAAACUGCAAAAGGGAGGCAGAUACCAUUUCAGAGUCAGAGCUGUGAACUCCGAGGGGGUUGGUGAACCUGCAGAGGUUGAAAAAGUAACAGAACUUGUGGACCAGGAGUCCGUUCCAGACUUUGAGCUGGACGCCGAACUCCGGAAAACCUUGGUGGUCAGGGCGCGCACCUCAAUCCGUAUUUUUAUUCCCAUCCGAGGCCGUCCUGUUCCAGACGUCACAUGGAGCAAAGAUGAUGUCAGUCUAAAAACGCGUGCGCAUAUUGACACGACUGAGUCUUACACACUGCUGGUCAUUCCUGACUGCACGAGAUAUGAUGCCGGAAAGUACAACUUAUGCCUGGAGAACGUCGCUGGGAAGAAGACGGGCUUUGUGAAUGUAAAGGUUCUGGACACGCCAGGGCCCCCAGUGAAUCUCAAACCCAGAGAGAUCACUAAAACGAGCAUAACCCUUCAGUGGGAGAUCCCCAUCAUUGACGGUGGCUCUAAGAUCCACAACUACAUAAUUGAAAAGCGAGAGGCCACAAAAAAGGCCUACACGGUCUUGAACACCGCCUGGCAGAAGUGCUCUUUCAAAUUCACUGACCUGGAGGAAGGCGCCUACUAUUACUUCCGAAUCUCUGCUGAGAAUGACCUUGGCGUUGGCGAGCCCGCUGAAACCCCGGAACCGAUCCGGGCAUCUCAGGCCCCUUCUCCGCCUGAAAACCUGUACAUCACUGAUGUUACGGCUGACAGUGCCAGCUUGGCGUGGACCAAGCCUCUUCACGAUGGUGGUAGCUUGAUCACCGGGUAUGUCAUUGAGGCCCAGAAGAAGGAAACUGAGCACUGGUUCCAUGUUGCCGCCAUCAAGGCUCUUGACUUCACCGUUACGAAUCUCAUCGAGGGAGAAGAAUACACUUUCCGCAUCAUGGCAGUCAACGCUUCGGGUAGAAGUGACCCACGUGAGAGCAGACCAGCAAUUAUCAAAGAACAAACAUCAGGUCCGUCAUUUGACCUCCGUGGCAUCUACCAGAAGACGGUCAUUGCCAAGGCUGGGGACCGUGUUAAGAUUGAGAUUCCCGUACUUGGAAAACCUAGGCCUGUUGUUUCUUGGAAGAAAGGAGACACAGUUCUCAAAGAGACACAACGAAUUAACACCGAAACCACAGCAACAUCAACCGUCCUCAACAUUAGCGAGAUCAAGAGGACUGAUGGAGGCCAGUAUUCUGUGACAGGAAAGAACAUGCUGGGCACAGUGACCGAUACCAUCACAGUAUUAGUCCAUGAUAUUCCAGGUCCACCCACUGGUCCCAUCAAAAUGGAUGAAGUCUCAUCUGAUUACAUCCUGAUGUCCUGGGAGGCCCCUGAGAAUGAUGGAGGUGUUCCCAUCAACAAUUAUAUUGUUGAAAUGCGUGAGAGCACCGGUACUUCCUGGGUGGAGUUAGCAGCCACUGUCAUACGCACCACAUUUAAGGCAGCCCGGCUCAUCACUGGAACUGCAUAUCAGUUCCGUGUUAAGGCCCAGAAUCGAUAUGGUAUUGGACCGUCCAUUGUCUCUGAGACAGUGGUGGCCGCCUACCCGUUUGAUGUCCCAGGCCAGCCAGGGCCUCCUGCAGUCACAUCUUACAAUAAGGAUGCAAUGACUCUGAGCUGGAACGAGCCAUCUUCAGAUGGAGGCAGUGCCAUUCUGGGGUACCAUGUGGAACGAAAAGAGAGGAACAGCAUUCUGUGGCAGAGGAUCAGCAAAGCUCUUGUGAUAGGGAACAUCUUCAAAUCAACUGGCCUGGUUGAUGGAAUUGAAUACGAACACCGUGUUAUUGCUGAAAACUUGGCCGGUCUCAGCAAACCCAGCAAACCCUCUGACCCAUUGUUUGCUCUGGACCCGGUGGAUCCACCAGGCAGACCUUUGGCACUGAACAUCACCAGACAUGAGGUAACUGUUUCCUGGACCAAACCAGAGGCAGACGGAGGAUUUUCCAUCAUCGGAUACACUGUGGAGAGGAGAGAGCUCCCAAAUGGGCGGUGGCUCAAAGCCAACUUCAACAACAUCCUCGAGACGGUCUACACAGUUAGUGGUCUGAUUGAAGACACGGUUUAUGAAUUCCGCGUAUUUGCUCGCAACUCGGCAGGGUCCGUGAGUGCACCUUCGCAACCCUCGGAGGCCAUCACGUGCAGGGAUGACAUUGAAGAGCCCCGGCUCAACGUCGACUCCAUUUACAGCAGCAAUGUUGUCGUCAAGGCAGGGGAGGUGUUUACACUGGAGGCCAAUGUGACAGGUCGGCCCAUCCCCUCACUUGUGUGGACCAAGGACGGGAAAGAACUCGAAGAUACCGGCAAGUUGGAGAUCAAGGUGUCUCCUUUCCACACAGCUCUGAUUAACAAAGACUCUUUGAGAAGAGAUGGCGGCACAUUCACCCUGACUGCCAGUAACCCCGGUGGCUAUGCUAAAUUCGCUUUCAAUGUCAAGGUCCUCGAUAGACCCGGACCGCCCGACUCCUUAAUCGUUACUGACAUUGCUGCAGAGAAAUGUGUCCUCAACUGGCUGCACCCGACACAUGACGGCGGUGCCAAGAUUGACUACUUCAUCAUUCAGAAGCGCGAGACCAGCAGGUUGGCUUGGACAAAUGUGGCCACGGAUCUCCAAGCAAACAGGUUCAAGGUCACCAAGCUUCUUGAGGGCAAUGAGUAUGUCUUCAGAGUUAUGGCUGUGAAUAAGUAUGGCACUGGAGAGCCUGUGGAGUCCCUGCCUGUCAUAUGUGCCAAUCCCUACGUUCCCAGUGACCCACCCACGCAGCCUGAGGUCACCACCAUCACCAAAGACACAAUGGUGGUCUGCUGGGAGCGCCCCGAACAAGAUGGAGGGAGCAGCAUCAACACUUACGUCAUCGAGAGGAGGGAUAAAACUGGGCUACGCUGGGUCAAGUGCAACAAAAGGACUGUCACUGACCUACGAUUCAAGGCCUCUGGCCUCACACCGGGCCACGAGUAUGAGUUCAGAGUUUUUGCCGAGAACAAUGCCGGACUGAGCCAGCCGAGUCCCUCGAGUCCGUUCUACAAAGCCAUGGACACAAUAUUCCAGCCUGGACCUCCAGGUAACCCUCGAGUUCUAGACACAACCAAGUCAUCCAUCACCCUUGCUUGGAAUAAGCCCAUCUAUGAUGGUGGUUCUGAAAUCACUGGCUACAUUGUGGAGACCUGCCUGCCAGAAGAGGAUGAAUGGACAAUUCACACUCCUAAGAAGGGAUGGACAGCUACCUCUUUCACUAUCACUGGACUGAAAGAGAACCAAGACUACAAAAUCAACAUCUGUGCCACCAAUUGCGAAGGUGUGGGAGAGCCUGCUGCUCUCCCCGGAACCUCAAAAGCCGAAGAUAGGCUUCUGCCCGCCGAAAUCGAACUUGGAGCGGAUCUCCGUAAGGUAGUCAGCAUCAGAGCCUGUGGCACCCUCAGGCUCUUUGUGCCUAUUAAAGGCAGGCCGGCACCUGACGUCAAAUGGUCAAGAGAACACGGGGAGUCUCUGGACAAAGCUAACAUUGAAGUCACCUCAUCAUUCACUGCUCUGCAAGUUGAAAACGUAGACAGAUUUGAUGGUGGUAAAUACAUGGUCACUGUGGAAAAUGCCUCUGGAAGUAAGACGGCGUUUGUUAACGUCAGGGUGCUAGACACGCCCGGAGCACCUCAGAACCUUCUCAUCAAGGAGGUUACCAAAGACUCAGUCUCCCUCAUUUGGGAUGCGCCUUUAAUUGAUGGCGGCUCCAGAGUCCGUAAUUACAUAGUAGAGAAGCGUGAGUCAACCAGGAAGGCCUACUCCACUGUUUGUGCAAACUGCCACAAAUCCAGCUGGAAAGUUGGAGAGCUGGAGGAAGGAAAGAUGUACUUCUUCAGAAUUCUGGCCGAGAAUGAAUAUGGCAUUGGCCUCCCGGUGGAGACGUUUGACCCCAUUAAGGUGUCAGAGAGACCGCUACCUCCAGGAAAGGUGUCCCUCCGCGAGGUGACCAGCACCAGUGUUACGCUGACCUGGGAGAAGCCCGACCAUGAUGGUGGCAGCAGAAUCACUGGCUACAUUGUGGAGAUGCAGGGCAGUGAAAGUGAAAAGUGGACCCAGGUCAUGGCAGUCAAGACCAACGAGGUGGUUGUAACCGGUUUGACACAGGGAGAGGAGUACAUGUUCCGUAUCUCGGCAACCAAUGAAAAGGGAGUUAGUGAUCCACGUGCUCUCAGCAUGCCCGUGGUGGCCAAGGACCUGGUUAUAGCGCCAAUGUUUAAAUUGGCUUUCAGCACGUUUAGCGUGUUAGCGGGAGAUGAUCUCAAGAUUGACGUAGCUUAUGCUGCCUGUCCCAAAGCAACAGCCACUUGGUCCAAAGACGGUGUCACCCUCAAGGAGACAACGAGAGUCAACACUGUAAGCAAUGACAAGAACCUUCUCCUUGUCAUUAAGGAGGCCUGCAGAGAUGAUGUGGGAACAUAUUCGAUCAAACUUGUUAACCCAGCUGGUGAGGCGACUACAGACAUAAAUGUGGUGGUCCUGGACAAGCCAGGCCCUCCAACUGGCCCAAUCAAGCUGGAUGAGGUCACUGCAGACAGUGUGGUCUUGUCCUGGAAUGCUCCAGAGUACGACGGUUGCUGUAGCAUCAACAAUUAUGUUGUUGAGAAGAGAGACACGUCGACCACUAACUGGCAGAUCGUUUCAGCGACAGUGGCCAGAACCACCAUAAAAGCUGUACGUCUGAAGACUGGAUGUGAGUACCAAUUCCGGAUUGCUGCAGAGAAUCGAUACGGCAAGUCCUCGGCACUGCUCUCUGAAAGCAUUGUGGCUCAGUAUCCGUUUGACGUACCAGCUUCACCGCGUUUGGUGGUUGUCCAGUCAGCCACCAAGGAGUCCAUGCUGGUCGUAUGGGAUAAACCCAGCAGUGACGGUGGAAGUAAAAUCCUCGGCUACCACCUCGAGCUCAAAGAGAAAAACAGCAUUUUAUGGGUGAAGCAGAACAAACAGCUCAUCCCAGAGGCCCGGUUCAAAGUAGGUGGCCUGGAAGAGGGUCUUGAAUAUGAGUUCCGAGUUUACGCUGAGAACAUUGUUGGCCUAAGCAAAGCGAGUGUCGUGAGCGAGUUACAGGUCGCCAGAGAUCCCUGUGACAGACCAGGAAGGCCGGAGGCUGUUAUUGUAACCAGAAACCAGGUGACCCUCCGAUGGAACAAACCUGAGUAUGACGGUGGCAUAAAAAUCACCGGAUAUGUGGUGGAGAAGAAGGAAGGAGCCGGACGCUGGAUGAAGGCCAGUUUCGCCAAUGUCAUUGAGACUUCCUUUGUUGUCACGGGUCUCACAGAAGAUCAGAUUUAUGAGUUCCGUGUCAUUGCCAAAAAUGCAGCGGGUGUCAGCAGUCAGCCAUCUGACUCUACAGGAGCAAUCACUGCCAAGGAUGAGGUGGAUCCGCCCCAAAUCGACUUGGAUGCCAAAUACUCCCAGACAGUGGUUGUGAAUGCUGGAGAGUCUUUCUGUCUUGAGGCAGCUAUGUCGGGAAAACCUCCACCGACGGUACUCUGGCUGAAGGAGGGUCAAGUCAUGAGUGAAGCAGCACGCUUGGAAGUCAAGAACACAGACUUUUUAGCCUGUAUAGUUGUCAAAGAAGCCAUUCGUGUUGAUGGAGGCCAGUACACUUUGCUGGUGAAGAAUGUAGGCGGAGAGAAAUCUGUGAACUUUAAUGUCAAAGUUCUGGACAGGCCAGGUCCACCUGAGGGCCCUAUUUCAAUCUAUGGGGUCACUAGUGAGAAGUGCUCCAUUUCCUGGAAACCACCUUUGCAGGAUGGUGGUAGUGAUGUUUCCCAUUACAUUGUUGAAAGGAGAGAGACCAGCAGACUGGUUUGGACAGUAGUCGAACAAAAAGUUCAGACCCUCAACCUGAAGAUCACCAAGCUUCUUCCUGGCAAUGAGUACAUCUUCAGAGUGAUUGCAGUGAACAAGUAUGGAGUUGGCGAGCCUCUGGAAUCAGAGCCCACUGUUGCCAGAAAUCCAUUUGUAGCUCCCAACCCACCAACAGAGGUAGAUGUCUCCACGAUUACCAAAGACUCCAUGGUCGUGACCUGGGAACGGCCAAGUAAUGACGGAGGUAGUGUCAUCCAAGGUUACGUUGUGGAGAAACGUGACAAGGACGGUGUAAGAUGGACCAGGUGCAACAAGCGUAACGUGAGCGAGCUCCGCUUCAGAGUUACUGGGCUCCAAGAAAACCACAGCUACGAAUUUAGGGUCUCUGCCGAGAAUGCUGCCGGCUUGGGAACACCCAGUUCCCCAACAACGUACUACAAAGCUUUGGAUCCCGUCUUCAAACCAGGCCCGCCAAACAAUCCCAAAGUGGUGGACACCUCAAGAUCGACCGUUUCCCUGACCUGGGGUAAACCUAUCUAUGACGGUGGCUGUGAGAUUCAGGCGUACAUUGUGGAGGCGUGCAACAGUGCGUCAGAUGAGUGGUUCAUGUGCACUCCUUCUUCUGGAAUCGCAGAAACGUGGUUUACGGUGACAAAGCUCCUGGAGAAGCACGAGUACCAGUUCAGAGUGUGUGCCAUCAACAAAAUCGGUGUCGGCGAGCAGGCGGAUUUUCCGGGAAAAAUCAUUCCGGAAGAGAAGCUUGAAGCACCUGACCUGGACCUGGACGCCGACAUGAGAAAGAUGAUCAACAUUAGAGCCGCAAGCACACUUAGGCUCUUUGUUCCUGUAAGAGGUCGUCCAGCCCCAGAGGUGAGAUGGGGCAAGGCUGACGGGGAGCUGAAGGAGACAGCCCAAAUUGACAACACAGAUAGCUAUGCGUCACUUGUGAUUGAGAACGUGGACAGAUUUGACAGUGGCAAAUACACGCUGACUGCCGAGAAUGCCAGCGGAAUAAAGUCUGCGUUCAUCAGCGUCAGAGUCCUGGACACCCCCAGCCCCCCAAAUAACCUCCUGGUGAAGGAGAUUACCAAGAAUUCUGUCACCCUGACAUGGGAGCCUCCGCUCCUCGAUGGCGGCUCAAAGAUUAAGCAGUACCUUGUAGAAAAGCGGGAGAGCACUCGGAAGGUUUACUCUCCAAUCACCACCUGCAAUAAAAUGACAUGGAAAGUGGAAUCUCUCCCAGAGGGAGGACUAUUCUUCUUUAGAGUGAUGGCUGAGAAUGAGUAUGGUGUCGGUCUGCCCGCUAAAACCGUCGAACCAAUUAAGAUAUCUGAGAAGCCGCAGCCCCCUGGUAAAGUCAGCGUUGUUGAUGCCACACAUAGUACCGUCACCUUGACGUGGGAGAAGCCCAUACAUGAUGGCGGCAGCAGGAUAACCCACUAUGAAGUCGAACUGGCUCCAAAGGACACCGACUCUUGGUCUGUUUGUACCAGUGGGAAGGCAACCGAGGCCCUGGUGAGCAAUCUGCUCAAGGGAGGAGAGUAUCAGUUCAGAGUGGUCGCUGUCAAUGACAAGGGCAGGAGCGACCCCAGGCAACUGGCUCAUUCAGUUGUCGCCAAGGACCUUGUGAUUGAGCCUACCGUCAGACCGAAAACGAGUUGUUACAGUGUGCAAGUGGGACACGACCUCAAGAUUGAAGUGCCAGUUGCAGGCCAUCCAAAGCCGACCAUCUCUUGGUCCAAGGACGGAGUCCUCCUCAAGCAGACCACCAGAGUAAACGUCACAGAUUCAGCCCAUCAGACCACACUUGCAAUUAAAGACGCCACCAGAGAGGACGGAGGCAUGUACAACAUUACCGUUGCCAAUGAUCUGCACUCCAAGGCAGCCACUGUUGAGGUUAUCACUUUAGAUAAGCCCGGACCACCUUCAGGACCUGUCAAAUUAGAGGAUAUCAGUGCAGAGAGCGUCACACUUACAUGGGAACCUCCCACGUACACAGGCGGCUGCCAAAUAUCAAACUACGUUGUCGAGAAACGAGAUACCACCACCACCAACUGGCUCGUGGUGUCUGCCACUGUGGCAAGAACAACACUCAAAGUGGGCAAUCUCAAGACCGGCGCUGAGUAUCAAUUCCGAAUCUAUGCUGAGAACAGAUAUGGCAAGAGUUAUGCCAUUGAUUCUGACCCAGUUGUGGCACAGUAUCCAUUCCAGGAGCCUGGCCCCCCGGGUACACCGUUUGUAUCUUCAUACGCUAAAGACUACAUGGUAGUGGAGUGGCACAAAUCUCCGUCUGACGGAGGCAGCGCUAUCUUGGGAUAUCAUCUUGAAAGGAAAGAGAAGAACAGCAUACUUUGGACCAAGAUAAACAAAACUCUCAUCCAAGACUGCAGGUUCAAAUCCAGUCCCCUGGAGGAAGGCAUUGAGUAUGAAUACAGAGUCUAUGCUGAGAACAUUGUCGGAAUUGGAAAGUCCAGUAAGGUCUCAGAGGUCUAUGUGGCCCGCGAUCCGUGUGAUCCUCCUGGAUGUCCAGUUGCACUGAUAGUGACCAGACACUCGGUGAAGCUCAGGUGGGCGGCGCCGCAGUACAACGGUGGGAGUCUAAUUACUGGCUAUGUCGUGGAGAAACGUGAUCUUCCCGAAGGAAAAUGGAUGAAGGCCAGCUUUGCAAAUGUCACGGACCUCGAAUUCACAGUGACGGGCUUGAGAGAAAACAGCAAAUAUGACUUUAGAGUCAUUGCAAGAAAUGCAGCAGGUGCGGUCAGCAAGCCUUCUGAGAGCAGUGGAUCCAUCACAGCCAUAGACGAAGUUGAUCCGCCCAAGUGUGAGACAGACGCCAUGUACAAUCAAACCCUUGUCAUCAGUGCUGGGGACACAUUCAGUUUGGAGGCCAAAGUGGACGGGAAGCCCAUUCCGACAGCUCAGUGGUUUAAGGGAGAUGUUGAAGUGGAAAACUCGGCCAGAGCGGAGAUUAAAAAUACAGACUUUAAGGCACUUCUUGUUGUGAAGGACGCUAUCAGAGUGGACGGCGGGCAAUACACACUGGUACUCACCAACGUGGCAGGCAGCAAGACUCUUCCGUUCAGUGUAAAGGUCCUCGACAGACCAGGUCCAUCAGAGGGACCUCUUACUGUCAGCAAUGUCACUGAGGAGAAGUGCUCCCUGUCAUGGCUUCCACCAAGGCACGAUGGAGGCAGCGGCAUUUCUCACUACAUCAUUCAGAAGCGAGAGACAAGCCGCCUAGCGUGGACCGUGGUCUCGAGUGACUGUGCCGCCACCAUGUUCAAAGUCACCAAACUCUUGAAGGGAAACGAAUACAUCUUCAGGGUCAUGGCAUGCAACAAAUACGGUGAGGGUGAGCCUCUGGAGUCGGCUCCAGUUAUCAUGAGGAAUCCAUUUGUCCCGCCUGGAACACCUCAGGAGAUUGAGAUUACCAACAUUACCAGGGACUCCAUGACUGUCUGCUGGAACCGCCCUGAGACCAACGGAGGCAGUGAAAUUGUUGGCUACAUUGUGGAAAAGAGAGACCGGGCUGGCAUAAGGUGGACCAAGUGCAACAAGCGCAGGUUAACAGACUUGCGUUUCCGAGUGACAGGCCUAACCGAGGACCACGAAUAUGAAUUCAGGGUUUCUGCUGAAAAUGCAGCUGGCGUGGGUCAGCCGAGCCCUGCCACACCUUAUCUUAAAGCCUGUGACCCCACAUUUGAGCCUGGCAGCCCCAUCAACGUCCACGUGACAGACACCACAAAGGACUCCAUAAGCCUGGCAUGGCACAGGCCCAUAUAUGAUGGUGGCUGUGAGAUUCAAGGCUAUGCUGUUGAAAUCACGAAGGCUGAUGAGGAGGAAUGGACAAUUUGCACACCACCUUCCGGAGUGAAUGUCACCAAGUUCACCAUCACCAAGCUGACUGAGUAUCAGGAAUACAAAGUGCGCGUGUGUGCCAUCAACAAGCUGGGAAUUGGGGAGCCAACUGAAAUCCAGGGCAGCGUUCUUCCUGUGGAUAAAAUGAAUGCUCCAGAGAUGAUUCUGGAUGCUGAACUCCGAAAGGGCAUUGUUGUCCGUGCGGGAGCCCCGAUGAGAAUUGGCAUUCCGUUUAAGGGUCGUCCUACACCUGACGUUAACUGGACCAAGGAGGACAGUGACCUGCCCAGUAAAGUUGAACUUGAGACGGGAGAAGACUACACACAGCUCUCCAUCGACAUCUGUGACAGAAAUGAUGCCGGAAAAUACAUCCUUAAUCUGCAGAACAGUGCUGGCACCAAGUCUGCAUUUGUGUCUGUCAAUGUUCUGGACACUCCAGGAGCCCCCACCAACCUCACCGUCAAAGAUAUUAAACGGGAGAGUGUCACCCUGAGUUGGGAACCUCCUCUUAUUGACGGUGGCGCAAGAAUAAAAAAUUACCUGGUUGAAAAGCGUGAGUCCAACAGGAAGGUAUACGCUAAUGUGGACAACAAGUGCACAAAGACCAGCUACCGGGUUUCCGGCCUCACAGAGGGAGCAAUCUACUACUUUCGGGUCCUUGCCGAAAAUGAGUUUGGAGUAGGACUACCAAUCGAGACAACAGACUCUGUUAAGACCUCUGAGCCUCCUCUGUCAGUUGGUAAAGUCACUUUGACCGAAGUCACUAAAACAACUGCCUCGCUGUCGUGGGAAAAACCAGUCCAUGACGGAGGAAGCAGGAUUAUCGGUUACUACAUCGAAAUGCAAACCAUGGACUCCGAGGAAUGGGUGGUGGCUGCCACAACCAAGACCUGUGAAGGCAUGGUCACGGGCCUAAGUGCUGGACAUGAAUAUCUUUUCAGAGUAUCUGCCUUCAAUGACAAGGGUAAGAGUGACCCAAGGUCUCUCUCUGCGCCAGUGAUUGCCAAGGACUUGACUAUGUUGCCCGGAUUCAGGAUGAGAUUCAACACUUAUAGUUUGCAAAGUGGAGAAGAUUUGAAGAUUGAGAUUCCUGUGAUUGGACGUCCGGUCCCCAAAGUGGAGUGGAAGAAAGAAGGACAGGCUCUUAAAGAGACGACCAGGCUAAACGUAUCUGGCACACCUACAUCUACCAAGCUUUGCAUCAAGGAUGCAAAGCGGGAGGAUUCCGGCAAAUAUACCCUCACAGCCACCAGCAAUGUCGGAACUGCAACCGAAGAGAUUACUGUUGUCAUUCUUGAUAAACCGGGCCCGCCCACUGGUCCUGUGAAGAUUGAUGAAGUGAGCUCCAAUUAUGUAACACUCUCCUGGGAACCACCAACGUAUACUGGCGGCUGUCAGAUUAACAACUACAUUGUGGAGAAGAGAGACACCACCACAACGGCUUGGCAGAUUGUGUCUGCAACCAUUGCUCGAACAACCAUCAAGGUCAGCAAUUUGAAGACUGGCGUGGAAUAUCAGUUCAGAGUGUCUGCCGAGAACAGGUAUGGAAAGAGUUCUACCAUUGUCUCCCCACAAGUGAUGGCUCAGUAUCCAUUCAGCGUGCCUGAUGCACCAGUGGUCCCAGUUGUAACCGCUGCCACCAAGGACAGCAUGGUCGUUGAGUGGAAGCCACCCGCAAACAAUGGUGGGAGUCCCAUUCUUGGCUAUCAUCUGGAAAGGAAGGAGAAGAACAGCCUCCUCUGGACUCAACUCAACAAGCUGCUCAUCCCCGAUGCACGUUUCAAGACUGCAGAUCUGGAGGAGGGCAUUGAGUAUGAAUUCAGGGUUUAUGCCGAAAACAUUGCAGGACUUAGUCCGGUCAGCAAGGUUUCAGAUAGCGCAGUGGCCCGUGACCCCAUCGACCCACCGGGUGCUCCUGAGGCCAUUGAAAUAACACGGAACCGCGUAACGCUUAAGUGGACCACUCCGCCGUAUGACGGAGGCAGUGUGAUUACCGGCUACCUGAUUGAAAGUAGGAAACACCCUGAUACUCGCUGGAUGAAGGCCAGUUUUACCAACAUAAUUGACACCCAGUUCACUCUCACCGGUCUGACUGAGGACUGCAUUUAUGAGUUCAGAGUUGUUGCCAAGAACGCAGCUGGUCUGUCCAGCCGUCCCUCUCCAAGCACAGGGGAAAUAACUGCCAAAGAUGAAAUUGAGGCCCCCGACGCAACCAUGGAUUCCAAAUUCAAGGAUCUAACAGUCGUUCGUGCUGGUGAGACGUUUGUCAUUGAUGCAGACUACACCGGCAAGCCUCUGCCUGAGGUCAUCUGGUUGAAGGAUGGAAAGGAGAUUGAUAAGACCAUGCCAAGAAUGGAGAUCAAGACCACACUCACAGGCACCGUCUUGACCGUGAAGGAUUGCAUCCGAACAGAUGGCGCACACUUUGCUCUCAAACUUGUGAAUGUCGGAGGAGUCAAGAUGAUCCCAGUUAACGUCAAGGUACUGGAUAGACCCGGCCCACCAGAUGGCCCGCUUGAGGUCAAAGGUGUCACGACUGAAAAGUGCUACCUGCAUUGGAACCAUCCCUCGCAUGACGGUGGCGCCAGCAUUUCACACUAUAUCGUUGAGAAGAGAGAAACCAGCCGUUUGUCGUGGACUAUGGUGGAGCCCAAGAUUCAAGCCAUCAGCUAUAAAGUCACCAAACUUCUUCCUGGAAAUGAGUACAUCUUCCGUGUCACGGCUGUCAACAAAUACGGUGUUGGAGAGCCGUUAGAAUCAGAGCCAGUUGUUGCCAGAAAUCCCUUCACUACUCCGAGUGCGCCGUCCGUGCCAGAGGCCGGUGCCGUCACCAGAGACUCCAUCGUGCUUACCUGGGAAAGGCCGGAGAGCAACGGGGGAGCUGAGAUUGAGGGCUACAUCCUUGAAAAACGUGACAAGGAUGGCAUUCGAUGGAGCAAAUGCAACAAGAAGAGGCUGUCUGACCUGAGGUUCAGAUGCACGGGUCUCACUGAGGGCCACUCUUACGAAUUCAGGGUCUCUGCUGAAAAUGCCGCCGGCGUGGGCAAGCCCAGCGCACCAACUCAGUACAUCAAGGCAUGUGAUGCCAUUUACCCACCAGGACCUCCAAACAACCCAAAGGUCACUGACCAUUCCAGCACAACGGUCUCGUUGACUUGGACUCGGCCUAUAUAUGACGGUGGAGCGCCCAUCACUGGUUACAUUGUUGAAAUAAAGGAGGCUGCGUUGGAUGAAUGGGUCAUUUGCACCCCGCACACUGGUGUGCAGGCUACUAACUACACAGUGAAAAAACUGAGGGAGAACACCGAAUACAAUGUUCGCGUUUGCGCCCUUAACUGCGAGGGCGUGGGUGAACACGUAGACCUGCCCGGCAGUGUCAUCGCCGCUGAGAAACUGGAAGCUCCUGAAAUUGAACUCGACUGUGAUCUAAGAAAGAUUGUCAACGUCAGGGCCACAGCGUCCUUGCGUCUGUUUGUCACAAUUCGAGGGAAGCCUGAGCCGGAGGUCCGGUGGUCAAAGGCAGAUGGCACUCUGAAUGAGCGUGCCCAGAUUGAGGUGACGAGCUCCUACACCAUGUUAGUAAUUGAAAAUGUCGACAGAUUUGAUACCGGCAAAUAUUUGCUAACUCUGGAGAGCAUGAGUGGUUCUAAGUCGGCCUUCGUCAACGUCCGAGUCCUGGACUCACCGAGUGCGCCGACGAAGCUUGAGGUGAAAGAUGUGAAAAGAAAUUCAGUGUCUCUCUCUUGGGAGCCUCCUCUUAUCGAUGGAGGGGCAAAGAUAUCUCAUUAUAUUGUGGAGAAGAGAGAGCAGAAGAGAAUGGCCUUCACCAGCGUCAGCACCAACUGUGUGAGGAACUCUUACCUGGUCUCUGAUCUGCAGGAGGGAGGCCGGUAUUACUUCCGUGUGCUGGCUGUAAAUGAAUUUGGUGUGGGUCUGCCUGCCUCCACGGAACAAGUCAAAGUCUCUGAGGCUCCUUUGCCUCCUGGCAGGGUUCAGCUGAUGGAUGUGACUCGUCACACGGUCACGCUAUCCUGGGAGAAACCUGACCAUGAUGGUGGCAGCAAGAUUACAGGCUACAUUGUGGAGAUGCAGCCCUACGGAGACGAAACGUGGAGUUUGUGCAGUGAAGUUAAAGCACUAGAGGCCACUGUUGAAGGUCUCACAAAAGAUGAGGAGUACUUUUUCAGGGUUGUUGCAGUGAAUGAGAAGGGUCGGAGUGACCCCAAACCUCUUGCUGACCCCGUCAUUGUGAAGGACAUCACAGUACAACCCAUCGUCAACCUGCUGUUCAGUACGUUCAGUGUUAAAGCUGGAGAUGACCUGAAGAUUGAUGUCCCCUUCAAGGGCAGGCCGCAACCUGAGGUGACCUGGAAAAAGGACGGCCAGGUGCUGAAGCAGACCACUCGCGUCAAUGUUCUCAACUCACAAACCUCGUCUAAAAUCUUCAUCAAGGAUGCCACCAAGGAAGACGUAGGUAAAUACGAGAUCACCCUGACUAAUGCAGUGGGUACGACGACAGGUGAAAUCUCUGUUAUCAUCCUGGACAAACCUGGCCCGCCCAGUAACAUUAAGCUGGAUGAGGUGAGCGCUGACUUCAUCUCUCUGUCUUGGGAUGCUCCGACCUACGACGGCGGAUGCCAGAUUAAUAAUUAUGUGGUGGAAAAGAGAGACACGACCACAACCGUAUGGCAGAUUGUGUCUGCUACUGUUGCCAGGACCUCAAUCAAAGUGUCUCGUCUCACUCAGGGAAUAGAGUAUCAGUUCCGUGUUGCAGCUGAGAAUCGAUACGGCAAGAGUCACGCCGUUGACUCGGCUUCUGUUGUUGCUCAGUACCCAUUCGAACCUCCGGACUCUCCCGUCAACAUUCGUGUUUCUCAUGCCCACAAGUCUGGCAUGCUUGUGGUUUGGGAUCGACCGAUCAGGGAUGGCGGGAGCCCCGUCACUGGUUAUCACAUUGAAUGCAAAGACCAAAGCAGUAUUCUUUGGACCAAGAUGAACAGAGGUCUUCUGGCUGAAACCCAGUUUAAGAUGACUGGCAUUGAAGAAGGCUUGUUCUAUCAGUUUAGAGUCUAUGCAGAGAACAUUGCUGGCAUUGGUCCAGGCUCUAAAGCCAGUGAGCCAGUGGCAGCAAGGGAUCCAUGUGAACCUCCUCGCAACCUUAAAGUCACCAACAUCACAAGGACCUCGGUCUCUCUCUUGUGGGAGAGGCCAGAACAUGAUGUUGGGACCAAGAUUACUGGCUACAUUGUUGAACGCAAAGAGGUUCCAAAUGGCCGCUGGCUGAAAUGUAACUUCAACAACCUGCAGGACACUUACUUCGAUGUCACAGGCCUAACUGAAGAUGUCCAGUAUGACUUCCAUGUUAUUGCAAAGAAUUCCGCCGAGAUGUUAAGUGUUCCUUCUGAGAGUACUGGACCUGUAACAGUCAAGGAUGAUGUAGAUCCGCCCACAAUUAUCUUGGAGGAAAAGUUCAGACAGCUGCUUGUCGUUAAAGCAGGAGAGAUUAUUCAAAUCGAUGCUGAAACAACCGGGCGUCCCCUUCCUGUCGUGUCGUGGUCUAAGGAUGGAAAGGAGAUUGAAGCCAAGGCCAGAUGUGAAGUCACCACCACCAACUUCACAACUACCCUGCUCGUAAGAGAUGCUAUCAGGAGAGACUCUGGCCAAUACGUCCUGACUCUGCACAAUGUGGCAGGAACCAGAUCCGUGGCUAUCAACUGCAAAGUUCUGGAUAGGCCUGGACCUUCUUCUGGACCCUUAGCUGUGUCUGGCCUGACAGCAGAAAAAUGCACCCUGUCCUGGGGCCCGCCUCAGGAGAACGGCGGCGCCGAUAUCAUGCAUUACAUUGUUGAAAAACGGGAGACGAGCCGGCUGGCUUGGACUCUUGUACACAGUGACAUGAAGGCCACCACCUGCAAAGUCACCAAGUUGCUGAAAGGGAAUGAGUACAUCUUCAGAGUUAGAGGAGUCAACAAAUAUGGGGAUGGCGAAGCCCUUGAAAGUGAGCCAACAAAGGCCGUGGAUCCGUUCACAAUCCCCGCUGCUCCCACGAAUGUACAGGUCACCUCCGUUACGAGCGAGGCAAUGACCAUCUGCUGGGAAAGACCGGUCUCUGACGGUGGUAGCAGCAUUGCUGGCUAUGUCAUCGAAAAGAGAGAGAAGGCCGGCCUUCGCUGGUGCCGUGUUAACAAGAAACCGGUUUAUGACCUCAGAGUCAAAGCGUCACACCUGCGUGAGGGCUGUGAGUAUGAAUACCGAGUGUUUGCAGAGAAUGCUGCUGGGCUCAGUGCUCCCAGCAUUGCCUGUCCGCUCACCAAGGCGGAAGAUCCCCAGUUCUUGCCUUCCCCACCCACUAAGCCCAAGAUCAUUGACUCAACAAAGACCACUGUGACCCUGUCCUGGAAUAGACCCCUCUUUGACGGCGGUGCACCGGUGACCGGUUACCGAGUAGAAUACAGAAACACUUUGGAUGAUGAAUGGACCGUCGGUGUCCAGAACACCAACAAUACAGAGUUCACAGUGGUGGGACUGACCCCUGGUGCAGAGUACGUGUUUGUGGUCAAGUCCAUCAACAAGAUUGGAGUCAGCGAGCCCAGUCCGCAGUCAGACAAACAGCUGGCCAAGGAACGGGAAGAAGAGCCCGUCUUUGACAUCAGCAAUGAUAUGAGGAAAACUCUUAUCGUGAAGGAUGGCAGCUCCUUCACCAUGAUGGUGCCCUUCAGAGGCAAACCCAUCCCCACUGUGACUUGGAGCAAGCCCGAUGUUGACCUACGGGUCCGUGCUGUCAUUGACACCACAGACACCUUCACCUCAAUCACUUUGGAGAAAGCCACUCGCAAUGAUUCGGGAAAAUAUACCAUCACCUUGUCCAGUAUAGCCGGUACUGCCUCCUUAACCCUCAACGUCAGAGUCCUGGAUUCUCCUGGACCUCCGGCAUCUGUCGUGGUCAAGGAUGUGACCAAGAACUCUGCAACUGUGACAUGGGAUACUCCAGAGAAUGAAGGAGGAGGGCCAGUAAAGAACUAUCAAUUGGACAUUCGUGAGGCCAGCAAGAAAGGGUGGACCCAGUUGACCGACACAUGCCAUAGGUUGACAUAUAAGGUGUCAGACCUGCAAGAGGGAGGAGUCUACUACUUCAGAGUGACCGGCGAGAACGAGUAUGGCAUUGGAGUUCCCGCUGAGACCAAAGAGGGAACCAAGAUCACAGAAAAACCAAGCCCACCAGCUAAGCUUGCAGUGACUGAUGUGACCAAGGAGAGCGUAACCCUGGCUUGGGUCAAACCAGAGCAAAGCGGAGGCAGCAGAAUUACGGGAUAUGUGGUGGAGGCGUUGGAGAAAGGCCAGGAGAAGUGGGUCAAGUGUGGCGUAACCAAGUACUUGCAAUACACAGUGUCUGGCUUGAGGGAGAACACAGAGUACUUCUUCAGAGUCCAAGCUGAGAAUCAAGCUGGAUUCAGUGAUGUCAAAGAAAUGAUCACCCCGGUUUUGGUCAAAGACCAACACGAAUCUCCUGAGGUGGUGAUGAAGGACUUCCCCCACAACACAGUCUAUGUCAGAGCUGGCUCCACACUCAAAUGUGAGAUUCCGCUGAUAGGCAGGCCACUGCCCAAGGUGACUCUCUCCAAGGACGACGUAAUACUUAAGUCAACCAUGAGGUUCAACUCCGAAGUCACUCCCGACAGCAUAAGGAUCACACUGCGCGAGAGCAUCGCAGGAGACUCUGGACGUUACGAUAUCCUGGCUGCCAACUCAAGUGGCACCACCAAGUCUUUUGUCAACAUUGUGGUUCUGGACAGGCCCAGUGUUCCGCUGGGACCUGUAGACCUGUUUGACAUCACGGAGGACAGCGUGAGUCUGAAGUGGCUCCCGCCUGUCUAUGAGGGUGGCAGCCCCAUCACAAACUACAUCAUCCAAAAGAGGGAGAUGACCACGGCCAGCUGGACGGACGUCUCCUCUGCUGUGGCUCGCUGCACCAUCAAGAUCCAGAAGCUUACAACAGGCCUGGAGUACCAGUUCAGGAUUAGGGCUGAGAACAGAUAUGGAAUCAGCGAGCACCUUGACUCACCACCUGUUGCAAUUAGCCUCCCUUACACCUUGCCUGAAGCACCCUCCAUUCCAGAGGUCACUGCUGUGACCAGGGAGACCAUCACUGUAGCCUGGAAGGAGCCCAAGUCAGACGGAGGCAGUCACGUUUUUGGCUACCAUCUCCAGAUGAAAGACAAGAACAGCAUCCUGUGGCAAAAAGUCAACAGAAUGGUCAUCCGGGCCACUCACUUUAAGGUUACAAGCAUUCACGCCGGACUCAUUUAUGAGUUCAAGGUGGCAGCCGAGAACGCUGCUGGAAUCGGUGAAUUCAGCAGGGUUUCCGAUCCAGUGCUGGCAAUUGACGCCUGUGAACCGCCCACCAAUUUGCGCAUUAGUGAUAUCACCAAGAACUCCAUCAGCCUGGUCUGGCAGGUGCCUAACUUUGACGGGGGAUCCCAGAUCACGGGGUACAUGGUGGAGAAAAGAGAAGGAGUCGUUGGCAGGUGGUCCAAGGCAAACCUAACCAACAUAAAAGACACACGCUACACUGUGACUGGUCUGACUCAGGAUCAGACCUAUGAGUUCAGAGUAAUGGCCAAGAAUGCGAUCGGCUCAGUGAGCAAUCCUUCCAUGACAGCUGGACCUGCCACAUGCGUUGACAACUUUGGUGCUCCAGAAAUUGAAAUACCAGCAGAGUACUUGAACGAGGUGAAGCAUAGGGCAGGCUCGGAUGUCGAACUCAAGUUUAACAUCACUGCGAAGCCUUCACCUACCAUUGAGUGGCUAAAGGAUGGAAGAGAACUCAAAGCCGGUGCCCAACUCUCCUUUAAACACACCUUCGAUUGCACAAGUUUGUUUCUGAGGGACACCUCGCGCCUGAACUCUGGUACCUAUGAAGUCAAGGUGAAGAACUCCCUGGGUUCAGCCUGCGCUGUUGUCAGAUUGCUCAUCCAAGACAGGCCAGGGCCCCCUGCUGGAGAGAUCCAGUUUAAGAAGGUGACUGCCGACAACAUCACCAUCAUGUGGUCUCCUCCUGCUGACGAGGCCGGUGCCAUGGUGACGCACUACAUUGUGGAAAAGAGGGAGACCAGCAGAGUCAUGUGGUCCAUCAUCUCGGAGAAACUUGUCGACUGCAUCGUUAACGUGCCCAGACUCAUCCAGGGAAACGAAUACAUCUUCAGAGUCCGCGGGGUCAACAAAUAUGGCAUCGGUGACCCUCUGGAGUCUAUGCCCAUCAUCGCCAAGAAUGCUUUUGUUCCUCCCAGCGAGCCAUCCAAGCCUCAAGUCUCCAUGAUCACCAGAUCAACCAUGACAGUGAUUUGGGAGAGACCAGCUCUGGAUGGAGGCAGCGACAUUGACGGUUAUUACCUGGAGAAAAGGGAAAAGAAGAGUCUCCAGUGGUUCAAGGUGGUGAAAGGCACAAUCAGAGACACCAGGCAGAAGGUCACCGGCCUUGUGGAGAACAACGAAUACCAGUACCGAGUGUGUGCUGUCAACAAGGCCGGAGCAGGGAACUACUCAGAGGCCUCUGAAUUAUACAUGGCUCAUGAUCCUAUCGAUCUUCCUGGGGAGCCGUCCAAAUUGCGUGUGGUGGACUCCACAAAGACCUCCAUCACUCUUGGAUGGGAGAAGCCUGUGUAUGACGGUGGCAGCGAGAUCACACACUAUUUCUUGGAGCAAAUGAAUGCAGAGGAGCGGGAGUGGGCGACGGUCAACCCGCAAGUUAAUACCUGCGAGUACGUGGUUUCUCACCUCAAACCAGCAACCUACUACUUCUUCAGAGUUUCCGCUGUCAAUUGCAAGGGCAAAGGAGAGGAUAUCAAGAUGUACCAGCCUGUGCAAGCCAAGGACAUCUUGGAGGAGGCUGACGUGGACUUGGACGUUCCCAUGAGCACCCAAUAUACCGUCCGGGCAGGGCGUGACGUGGAGGUGUUUAUUCCUCUGAAAGGACGCCCCAGCCCUGGCGUCACCUGGCGACGUGGUGAACGCAACAUUGCCGCCGACACGCGCUACACCAUCACCAGCACAGAGCGCGCCACCACCCUUCUAAUUCCCAAGGUCACUCGCGAUGACUGCGGCAAGUACCUGCUGGAAAUUGAGAAUGGUGUAGGAGAGCCCAAGAUCAUAACAGUUUCCCUGAAGGUGCUUGACAGUCCGUCCACUUGCCAAAAAUUGAUGGUUAAGAAUGUGACCAGAGGAAAAUUGACUCUGAGUUGGGAGGCUCCUCUCAUUGAUGGUGGUUCACCAAUCACUAAAUACAUUGUUGAGAAGAAGGGCUCCACCAUGAAAGCGUACCAAAUGGUCACGGACGAGUGUGUCAGUACGAGCUACAAAAUGUCAGGCCUGGAGGAGGACAUUGCUUAUUUCUUCCGCGUGUCGGCUGAAAAUGAGUUUGGUGUGGGUGACGCCUGCGAGACCUCGGAGCCCGUCAGAGCCACUGAGACCCCAGGUGCGGUUAAAGACCUGGUCAUGCUUGACUCCACAAGAUCCUCCGUCACACUGCAGUGGGCCAGACCCGACCAUGACGGAGGCAGCCACAUCUCUGAGUACGUCAUCGAGAAGAGAAAUGAGAACAAUGUCAGCUGGACUUUUGCUACAACUUGUAAGCACUGCACAUGUGAGGUGACGGGGCUGCAAGAGGAUUCUGAGAUGAACUUCAGGGUCUAUGCAAAGAAUGAGAAGGGCACGAGUGACUUCUCACAGAUUGGCCCAAUCACAGUCAUGGAUUUCAUCAUUCCACCUGAGGCGUGCCUCGGUGACUACCCUAACGGAGAGCUGGCUGUUCGUGUUGGUCAGAACAUCCACAUUGAGCUGCCCUUCAAGGGAAAACCAAGGCCUGCCAUCAGUUGGCUGAAAGGCAAUUUGCCUCUUAAGGAAAGUGAGACGGUUCGCUUCAGGACCACUGACAACAAGACCGCCGUAACAGUUAGAGGUGCCCAGAAGGAGCAUGCAGGCCAGUAUACCUUGGUUUUGGACAACAGAACGGUAAAGAACUUCUUUGACAUUGAGGUAACGGUUCUUGGGCCCCCUUCUGUGCCCGUUGGCCCCAUCCACUUUGACGAGAUCAAGGCCCAGAAUAUUAUUAUCUCUUGGAAUGAGCCCAAAGAGGAUGGAGGCAGUGAGAUUACCUGCUACAGCGUGGAGAAGCGCGAGAUUUCCCAAGCCAACUGGAAGAUGGUCUGCUCAAGCGUGGCCAGAACGUCCUUUAAGGUUCCAAACCUGGUGAAGGGAACUGUGUACCAGUUCAGAGUACGUGCAGAGAAUAAAUACGGUGUCAGUGAACCACUCAUCUCCACAGAGGUCCUUGCUCAGCAUCAAUACAAACCCCCCGGUGCUCCUGGAAAGCCAGUAGCCUACAACGUGACCAGCGAUGGCAUGACCAUUCGAUGGGAAGCUCCAGGUUUUGAUGGGGGAUCCCCCAUUCUCGGCUACCACGUUGAGAAAAAAGACAGAAAUAGUCUCCUGUGGCAGAAGGUGAACUCCACCAUCAUCUCCAACAAAGAGUACAGGAUAAUCAGUCUUUUGGAGGGUCUAGAGUACUCUUUCAGAGUCUAUGCAGAGAACAAUGCCGGAUUCAGCCCUGUUAGCGAACAAAGCAAACACGCACUCGCUAUCUCCCCCGUUGAUCCACCUGGCACCCCAGUAUGCAUUGACGUGACUCGCGACUCUGUCACUUUGAAAUGGGACGUCCCCAAGCGAGAUGGCGGUAGCAAGAUUGUGGCCUACAGUGUGGAGAGGCGCCAAGGCAGAGGGAAAUGGCUGCGCUGCAACUUCACUGACAUCAGUGAGACCCAAUUUACUGUGACUGGUCUGUCCGCCGGAGACAGGUUCGAAUUUCGGGCGAUUGCCCGGAAUGCCGUGGGCACUGUCAGCCCCCCGUCCAACUCCUCUGGAUACAUCAUGACCAAGGAUGAGAGCAUCUCUCCUGAGAUCGAUUGGUGCCCAGAUCAGAGGCUGACGCUGAGAGCUGGAGAAAAUGUCCACCUUAGCUGCAACAUCACCGGUCGGCCAGUACCACAAGUUGUGUGGUACAAGGAUGGAAAGGAGAUUGACAAGAGGACCAUGAUGGAUAUCGAGAUUACAGCUGGUAUCGGUACCAGCAGCCUGUUUGUUCGCGAAGCAGACAGGAAACACCGUGGCGUCUACACUGUGGUGGCCAAGAACAGCUCUGGUGCCAAGAAAGCUGACGUCACCGUCAGAGUGCAAGAUACUCCUGGACCAGUUGAGGGUCCUAUCCGUUUCACCGGCAUCACGGGCGAAAAGUGCUCAGUCUGGUGGAAUCCUCCGGAAAAUGACGGUUGUUCCGCCAUCACCCACUAUGUUGUCGAGAAGAGGGAGACGUCUCGGCUUUCCUGGGCCUUGGUCAACUCCAAGUGUGAAGCCUGCUCUUUCAGCGCCACCAACCUCAUCAAGGGCAACGAGUACCAGUUUAGAAUAUCUGCUGUCAACAAGUUUGGUGUUGGUAAACCACUGGACUCACUGCCCUUCGUUGCAAAGAUGCAAUACACUGUGCCUGAGGCACCUGGUACGCCUGAUUCUACGCAUCUGACCGGCAACAGCAUCACCUUGUGCUGGACCAGGCCGAGGUCAGACGGCGGCAAUGAGAUCAAGCACUAUAUUUUGGAGAGACGUGAGAAGAAGAGUCUGCGCUGGGUGAAGGUCUCUGCAAAAAGGCCCAUCACAGAGCUCAGACACAGAGUCACCCACCUUACCGAAGGCAAUGAGUAUGAGUUCCGUGUCAUGGCUGAGAACGGCGCCGGUGUUGGGCCGGCCAGUGGUACAUCCAGGCUCUUCAAAUGCAGAGAGCCGACCAGUUCUCCCAGUGCCCCGACGGUAAUCAAGGUGAUUGACUCCACCAAAUCCUCUGUCACCCUGGAAUGGACCAAACCAGUCUUUGACGGUGGCCUACCGAUCAUUGGCUACAAUGUUGACAUGUGCAAGGCCAGCCUCGAAGAGUGGCAUAGAGUAAACAGCCAGAUUUGCAUUCACAACCGCUACACGGCCGAGGGCCUGGUUGCCGGUGAACUUUACAAGUUUAGAGUCAGCGCUGUGAAUGGGUCUGGGGAAGGGGAAGCAUCAGUGAUGGCCAAUGCCGUGCAGGCUCUCGAUAGGCUAACGUCGCCUGAAUUUGACAUCGAUGCCAACUUCAAGCAGACACAUACAGUGAAAAAUGGCGGCACCGUCUCCCUUCAUGUGGCUUUCCGGGGCAAACCAACUCCUCUGCCAACCUGGUCCCGAGUGGAUGGCGAACUGCCGGUGAUGGCCGAUAUUAGCAGCACGGAUUCUCACUCGAGACUGACCAUUGAGGGCUGCACACGCUACGAGGCCGGCAAGUACACGCUCUCCCUGGAAAACAACAGUGGACGCAAGUCCAUUACAUUUACAGUGAAAGUGCUAGACACGCCUGGACCUCCGGGCGCCUUCACCUUCAAGGAUGUCACACGUGGAGCCUUAACCUUGAUGUGGGACGCCCCGAGCAAUGAUGGCGGCUCGCGGAUCCAACACUAUAUUGUGGACAAGCGCGAGGCCAGCCGCCUCACGUGGCAAGAGGUCAGCACCAAGUGCUCCCGCCAGAUGAUCAGGGUAACAGGUUUGGAUAUGGGUGUAUCAUACCUCUUCAGAGUGAUUGCCGUUAACCAGUAUGGCCAGGGGGAUCCUCACGAGAUGACCGACCCCAUCAUGGCGACAGAAGAACCUGCUCCGCCGAAGAGAGUAGACGUUGUGGACACCAGCAGUUCCACAGCUUCUCUGGUGUGGCUGAAGCCUGAGCAUGACGGUGGUAGCCACAUCAGAGGGUACAUAGUGGAGUUCAGAGCCGAGGACAAACAGCUCUGGUCUGUCGCUGGGGAGACCAAGUCCCUUAAGAUGUUGGUAGAGGGUCUGAUUGAUAACACGCAGUAUGAAUUCAGAGUCAAGGCCCAGAACGACGCUGGCAUCAGUGAGCCUCAGACAACCUUAACCUCCGUGCUCAUCAAAGAGCCUCGCACUGAACCCACCGCCGAUCUCAGCAGCAUCACCAACCAGCUCAUCAGCUGCAAGACCUCCGAUGCCUUCAGCCUUGACAUUCCCAUUAGCGGCAGGCCAGCACCAAAAGUCACGUGGAGGCUGGAAGAGAUGAAAUUGAAGGAGACAGAAAGAGUUUCCAUCAAGAACACCAAAGAGAGAACCACUCUGGUGGUGAAAGACAGCAAGAGAAGUGACAGCGGCAAAUACUACCUGACUCUGGAGAAUGCUGCUGGAGCCAAAACCUUCACUGUGACUGUAAUGGUGGUUGGAAGACCCAGCCCUCCCACAGGCCCUGUGGUGGUUUCAGAUGUGUCCUCUGAGUCCUGCUCACUGUCCUGGUCUGAACCCUCUGACGAUGGCGGCACAGAAAUCAGCAACUACAUUGUUGAGAAGCGUGAGUCGGGCUCGGCCUCCUGGCAAGUGGUCAACUCCAGCGUGAAGAGAACUACCAUCAAGGUCACUCAUCUGACCAAGUACAUGGAGUACACAUUCAGAGUGUGCGCCGAGAACAAGUUUGGAGUCAGCAAGUCCAUCGAGUCUGCUGCUGUGGUCAUUGAACAUCCUUUCGUUCCUCCAAGUCCUCCAUCUCGUCCGAAUGUUGUGAACGUGUCUGCCAAUGCCAUCAGCAUCAAAUGGGAUGUGCCCUAUGCUGACGGUGGUAGCAUGGUGACUGGUUACUGGAUUGAGAAGAAAGAGCGGAAUACAAUUCUGUGGGUGAGGGAGAACAAGCUGCCCUGUCUGGAUUGUCACUACAAGGUGUCCAGCCUGAUCAAUGGUCUGGAGUACCAGUUUAGAGUCUAUGCCAUGAACCUCGCUGGAAUUAGCAAGGCCAGUGAGGCCUCCAGACCAGUGGUGGCACAUAACCCCGUUGAUCCACCCGGUCACCCUCAGGUGACAGACAUCACUCGCUCCUCCGUGUCAUUGUGUUGGACCGUGCCCGUCAAUGACGGCGGCAGCAACAUAGUCGGGUACGUGGUGGAGAGGAAGGUCUAUAGUACUGAUGAGUGGGAUGACAACCGCUGGCUAAAGUGCAACUACACCACCAUCACGGAGAACUACUUCACCGUCACCAACCUGGGAGAGGGAGAAACCUUUGAAUAUCACGUCAUUGCCAAGAACGCUGCCGGCGUCCACAGUGCGCCCUCUGCAUCCACCGGACCCGUGACUUGCAAGGACGAAUACUCUCCUCCUCGAGCGGAGUUGGACAGCAAGUUGAUUGGCGAGACCAUCAUUGUCACCGCCGGCUCUGACCUUGUCCUGGACGGUGCGGUGGGUGGUAAACCAGAACCCACCGUUUACUGGUCCAAGGGUGACAAGGCCCUGGAGAUUGGUGAAAAGUACUCGCUGACCUACACUAGCACGAGAGCAAUGGCUGUCAUCAAGAACUGUGACAGAUUUGACACUGGCAGAUACAUCCUGACUGUCAAGAAUGUCAAUGGAGUCAAGACGGCUACCGUCACCGUUAAAGUCCUGGACACUCCUGGGCCUCCAGCUGAUAAGAUCGUGAUCAGCAGAGUGACAGAGGAGAAGUGCACUGUGUCCUGGAAAAUCCCCCUGGAAGAUGGUGGCGACAUUGUCAGCCAUUACAUCGUGGAGCGCCGUGAGACCAGUCGCCUCAACUGGGUCAUCAUGGAGACAGAGUGCAAGAGCUUGUCCUGUGUCAGUACCCGGCUGAUCAAGGGCAACGAGUACAUCUUCCGAGUGCGGGGAGUCAACAAGUAUGGACCAGGUGUUCCACUGGAAUCAGAGCCGGUCAUAGCCAGGAAUGCUUACACGUUGCCAUCACCACCAGGCACACCGGAGGCCACAGCCGUGGGCAAGGAACACGUCAUUCUCGAGUGGCUGAAGCCGGAAAGUGAUGGAGGCAGCGAGAUCAAAACUUACCUUGUUGACAAACGGGAGAAGAAUAGCACCAGGUGGACGCGGGUCAAUAAGACGUACACCAUCUAUGACACCCGCCUCAAGAUCACAGGGCUGCUGGAGGGAAGCGAAUACCAGUUCAGAGUGACGGCCGUCAACGCGGCAGGGGACAGCCAGCCCAGCGACGCCUCACCGUACAUCCUCCUCAGAGAUCCCACCUACACCCCAGCCCCCCCGUCAGCGCCUCGCAUCACAGACACAACCAAGCACAGCAUCAGCAUGACUUGGACCAGACCCAUGUACGACGGCGGCUCAGAUGUCACUGGCUACGUGGUGGAAAUCCUAGAGCAGGGUUCUGAGCAGUGGUACCGCGCCACAGCCAAGGCUCUCAAGACCAGCGAAUAUCUAGCCGGCGGUCUGGUCGCCAAUAAGAAAUACAGGUUCAGGGUGGCGGCUGUCAACAGCAACGGCACCGGAGAGUUCAGUGAACCCAGCGCUGAGAUCGAGCCCCUUGAGAGAAUUGAAAUGCCCGACCUGGAAUUGGACGAGGACCUGAAGAAGACUGUUUGUCUUCGUGCUGGAGGAACACUACGACUAUUUGUGACUGUUAGCGGACGCCCGACACCAGUUGUGUCCUGGAGGAAGACGGGCGUGGAGCUGCAGAGCCGCGGCCUCAUCGAGACCACUGACGGCUACACCAUGUUGAUAGUGGAGAAGGUUGACCGAUACGACUCUGGAAAGUACAUAGUGGAGGCGGAGAAUCCGUCAGGCAAAAAGUCUGCAACCGUCCUGGUCAAAGUCUAUGACACUCCUGGUCCUCCAGCUUCUGUGAAAGUGAAGGACUAUACCAAGGAGUCAGUUGUCAUCACCUGGGACGUCCCCAGUAUUGACGGCGGCGCUCACGUCAGCAACUAUAUCAUAGAGAAACGGGAAGCCAGCAUGAAGUCUUACAAGACUGUCACCACAGAGUGUAGAAAGACCCUGUACAGGGUCACUGGCCUGGAGGAGGGUGCGCACUACUUCUUCAGAGUACUACCGGAGAACAUCUAUGGCGUUGGUGAGCCCUGCGAGACAGCUGAGGCUGUGCUGGUAUGCGAAGUGCCAUCAGUGCCUCUGAGCCUCCAGAUCAGUGACAUCACAAAGUCUUCUGUCACCCUGCGCUGGGAGAAACCGAUGCAUGAAGGCGGCAGCAGGCUGAUGGGCUAUAUUAUCGAAGCCUGCAGGGUGUCUACAGAAAGGUGGACCACAGUUGCCACCCUCAAAGCCUCCACUUCUCACUACACUAUCCAGUCUCUGACAGAGAACGACCAGUACUUUUUCAGAAUCCGAGCCUUUAACAGCAGAGGAACCGGUGAGGCCAUGGAUAUUGUCACCCCCGUCACCAUCCAAGAAAUCAAAGUGAUGCCAAAGAUCGACAUUACCAGCAUUCCUCAGAAGACUGUCUAUGUCCCCCGUGGUAAACCCCUCGAUCUCAACUUGCCAAUUACGGCCAAACCGCAGCCUGUCUGCUCCUGGUUCUUUGAUGGCAUCCAGCUGAAGGACAGCCUGGAGCGCAUCAAAAUCGAAAGCAACGGCAAACAUGCCCAUCUCGUCAUCCGCGAGACCACCAUCAACGACACCGGAGACUACAUGCUGGAGGUCAAGAACGCCAUCGGUGUGGCAACUGAAGUUAUUAAAGCCAUAAUCCUCGACAAACCCGGCGUGCCAAUCGGCCCUAUGAAGAUCGUGGAGGUUGAUGGCCUAUCGGUGACGGUUAGCUGGGAACCUCCAGAGAAGGAUGGCGGCGCUAACAUCAGCGGAUAUGUGGUAGAACAGCGCGAUGCUCACCGCCCCGGUUGGAUCACCGUCUCCGAAUCGGUGACCCGACCGUGCUUCAAGUUCACCAGACUCUCUGAGGGAACAGAGUAUGUGUUCCGUGUCGCUGCCAUGAACCGCUUCGGCAUUGGUUGUUUCCUGCAGUCGGAAGUGGUGGAAUGCAAGAGUGCUGAGACCAUCCCUGGACCUCCGAGCAAACCGGAGGUGCUUGACGUCACUCACGAGGGCAUGACCCUGACAUGGCAUCCGCCGGAGGACAACGGUGGCUCCACCAUUGCCGGUUAUAUUAUUGAGCGCAAGGAGCCUCGUUCUGACAGAUGGCUGAGGAUCAACAAGAACCCAGUGACCAUGACCAGGUAUCGCUCUUCUGGCCUGAUUGAAGGCCUGGAGUACGAAUACCGCAUCACUGCCAUUAACUCCAGAGGCACUGGCAAACCCAGCGAGACCUCUGCCAUCACUGUUGCCAUAGACCCCAUAGCACCACCAGGUCCUCCGGUUCAUCCCAAUGUCACAGACACCACCAGAACCUCCGUGUCCCUGGCCUGGAUGCCUCCUGUGGAGGAAGGUGGCUCUGUGGUCACUGGUUACUUUGUUGAGAUGCAGAAGGUGGACCAGGUGGAGUGGACCUUGUGCAACACCACACCCACCAAAAUGUCUGAGUAUACCCUCACGCACAUGCCUCAGGGAGCUGAGUACAAGUUCAGAGUCACCGCCUGCAAUGCUGGUGGCACUGGAGAGCCCGCAGAGAUUCCUGGCGUCGUCAAAGUCCAGGAGAUGCUGAAUUAUCCUGAAUUCGAACUGGAUAGUAGAUAUGAGGAAGGCUACAUCGUGCGGCAAGGAGGAGUCAUCUGCCUAUCGGUGCCGUUCACUGGUAAACCCAUCCCUACAUGCAAGUGGACCAAGGAUGGUCGCGACAUCUCUCACCGGGCCAUGAUCGCCAUCAAUGAUGAUCUGACGGAGCUCGUCAUCAAGGAGGCUCACAAAGACGACACGGGUACUUAUGACCUGCUGUUGGAGAACAAAUGUGGCAGGAAAGCUGUGUACAUCAAGGUGAAGGUCAUUGGGCGCCCCGACGUCCCAGAGGGACCUCUGGAGUUUGACGAUAUUCAGGCCAGAUCAGUUCGAGUCAGCUGGAGACCCCCGUCUGACGACGGAGGCUCUGACCUCCUUGGAUAUAUCGUGGAGAGGCGAGAAGUCCCCAAGGCUGCUUGGUACACAGUGGACGCCCGGGUCAAAGAGAACUCCCUGGUGGUCAAAGGCCUAAAAGAGAAUAUGCAGUACCACUUCAGGGUCUCUGCUGAGAACCAGUUUGGUGUCUCCCGGUCCUUGAAGUCCGAGGAGCCUGUCACAGCAAAGACACCGCUCUGCCCACCAGAACCUCCCAGCAAUCCUCCAGAGAUCAUGGAUGUGGCCAAGUCUUCAGUGACUCUGUCAUGGGCCCGGCCCCGGGACGAUGGUGGCUCCCGUGUCACGGGAUACUUUGUUGAGAGAAGGGAGGUUUCCACAGAGAAGUGGGUCCGCCACAAUAAGACUCACAUCACGACCACCAUGUACAACAUCACCGGCCUCAUCCCCGAUGCGGAGUACAUGUUCAGAAUUGUGGCUCAGAAUGACGUCGGCCAGAGUGAGCCGGGCCCUGCAUCCGAGUCGGUGGUCUGCAAAGAUCCAUUCGAUAAACCGAGCCAACCUGGAGAGAUUGACGUCAUCUCUGUAACCAAAGACUGCAUAACCAUCCAUUGGUCGCGGCCCGACUUUGACGGGGGGAAGGAGAUCUUGGGAUAUUGGAUAGAGUUCAGACAGGCCGGCGAAAGUGCCUGGAAAAAGUGCAACAAAGAGCGUUCGAAGGACCGUCAGUUUACCAUGGGCGGCUUAAUGGAAGCUACCGAGUACGAGUUCAGAAUCUUGGCCGAGAACGAAGCCGGGCUCAGCAGGCCUAAGCGCACACCCAUGGGCAUCAAAACCAAGUUGAGCGUCGGCGAGGCUCCGGCUCUGAAGGAAGACAUUCUCGAUGUCACAACCAAACUUGGAGAAUCUGGGACGCUGUCCUGUGGCAUCAUCGGCAGACCUCUGCCAGAGAUCAAGUGGUACCGCUAUGGCAAAGAGCUGAUUCAGAGUCGCAAGUACAAGAUGAGCUCGGACGGCCGCAACCACUCCCUCAUCAUCAUGACCGACGAGCAGGAAGACGAGGGUCUGUACACCUGCAGGGCCAUCAACGAAGCCGGGGAGAUCGAGACCAGCGGCAAACUGCGGCUACAGGCUGCACCUCAGCUACACCCCGGCUUCCCUCUGAAGGAGAAAUAUUACGCCGGAGCUGGCACCAGUCUCCGCCUCCACGUGGUCUACAUCGGCCGUCCCAUUCCCCAGAUUAUGUGGUUCUAUGACAAGAAGCCUCUGAACACGUCCGAGAAAGUGAUUAUUGAGAACACGGAGAGCUACACACACCUGGUGGUGAGGAACGUUCAGAGGAAGACCAACGCUGGCCGUUACAAAGUGCAACUGAGCAACAAGUAUGGCACUGUCGACACAGUGUUGCGGGUUGAAAUCCAAGAUAAGCCAUGUAUCCCCGAGGGCCCAGUGGUGGUCGAAGCUCUACUGAAGAGCUCCGUCAUUAUCAGCUGGAAGGCUCCCAAAGACGACGGUGGCGCCAUGAUCACCAACUACAUUGUGGAGAAACGCAUGGCCAAGGAGGGAGAAGUGUGGAACCUCGUGUCGUCCUCUAUCUCUGGAACCACGUGCCGCAUACCCAACCUUGUGGAGAGUGCCGGUUACUACUUCCGAGUUUCUGCUCAGAAUCAGUAUGGUGUCAGCGAGUCUCUGGAGAUCCCCUCGGUGGUCAUCAUCAAGAGUCCAUUCGAAAAACCUGCCAUACCACAGCAACCCUUCAUCAUGAGCUCCACCGAGGACUCAUGUGUUGUCUGCUGGAAGCCGCCAAUCAGUGACGGCGGAGCUAAAGUGUCCGCCUACUAUCUGGAGAAGCGUGAGAAGAAGCAGAACAAGUGGAUGUCAGUCACCACUAAGAAGAUUGUGGAGACGAGCUUCGAGGUUACAGGCCUGAUUGAGGGCUUCGAGUACGAGUUCCGCGUAAAGUGCGAGAAUUUGGGCGGUGAGAGUGACUGGAGCGAAAUCUCAGAGCCCAUCGUGCCCAAGUCCGACCAGUCCCUGCGUGCUCCUGGCUUCAGGGAGGAGAUCCGAGACAUGACUGUCAAAUACCAUGCGAACGCCACCUUUGUUACCAAGGUGACGGGACAUCCCAAGCCUGUGGUGAAAUGGUACAAAAGUGGAAAGGAGAUCCAGGCUGACGGAACCAAAAUUAAAACACAGGAGUUCAAGGGCGGUUACUACCAGCUUGUCAUCGCUGCUGCUGAUGAGAGCGACGCCACAGUCUAUCAAGUCAGAGCGACCAACUCUGGAGGAUCCGUCUCCACCACAGCAAACUUGGAAGUCGAAGUUCCUGCCAAGAUUCACCUGCCAAAGGAGCUCCAAGGAAUGGGAGCAGUCCACGCUGUUCGGGGCGACCAGAUAACCAUCAAGAUCCCCAUCUCCGGAAAGCCCGAACCAGCAAUUACCUGGCAGAAGGGCCAGGAGAUCCUCUCCAACUCUCCAUGUCACCAGAUCAUCACCACUCGCUCUUUCACAUCGCUAGUCUUCCAGAAAGGAGUACAGAAGAUGGACACGGGCUACUAUAGCAUCACUGCCAAAAACAGGUUCGGAAUGGACAAACAGACCAUUGAGGUGAGCAUCGAAGACAUUCCUGAAGCUCCCAAAGGACUGGUGGUCAGCGGCAUGUCCCGAGACUCCGUUGCACUGACCUGGGAGCCCCCUGCCAGUGAUGGUGGGAGUGACAUCAUCAGUUAUGUUGUGGAGAAAUGCGCCACCUCUACGGAUAGGUGGAUUCGUGUUGGACAGACGACCGACUGCAGCUUCACCGUCGUCAACAUCUUUGGCAAGGCAAAAUAUCAGUUCCGCGUUAUUGCAGAGAACCGGUUUGGCCUGAGUCCUCCCUCUGCACCGACGGAACCCAUCACCACAAAGGAGGACAAGUCUGUCAUCAGGAACUAUGACGAGGAAGUGGACGAGACCAGAGAGAUCACCAAAGAGGAGGUUCACUCCUUCAAGCUCAAGGAGCUGUACUCCAAGUACACUAUUUGUGAGGAGUUGGCUCGUUGUCAAUUUGGACUGGUUUACCGUUGUGUGGAGAAUGCAACAAAGAAGACCUUCAUGGCCAAGUUCAUCAAGGUCAAAGGGACAGACCGUGAGCUGGUUCUUCGGGAAAUUGAGGCCUUGAAUGUCGCAAGGCAUGAGAACGUCAUCUACCUACACGAAUACUUUGAAAGUAUGGAGGAGAUUGUCCUCAUCUUGGAGUUCAUUUCCGGAGUUGAUAUCUUUGAGCGCAUUGGAACAAGCAACUUUGAGCUCACGGAGCAGGAGAUUGUCCUCUACCUCAGACAGGUCUGCUCCGCUCUCAGGUUUUUGCACAGCAACAACUUUGGCCACUUUGAUAUCCGCCCAGACAACAUUGUCUACGCCACAAAGAAGAGCAAUCUUGUCAAGAUCAUUGACAUGGGUCAGGCUCGGCUGCUGGUACCAGGUGAAAACAUUAGAAUUCUUUUCUCUGCACCAGAGUAUUGCGCCCCCGAGGUCCACCGCCACGACUUGGUCACCACAGCCACAGACAUGUGGUCCGUGGGUGUGCUGGCCUACGUGCUGCUGAGUGGUCUCAACCCGUUUGCUGCAGAAUCUGUGACACAAACGAUUGAGAACAUCACCGCUUGUGAGUACGUCUUUGACAGUGACGCGUUUAGGGACAUCAGCAUGGAGGCUAUGGACUUUGUGGACAGACUUCUUGUCAAGGACAGGAAGCUCCGCAUGACUGCCCACGAGGCAUUGGAGCACCCUUGGCUCAAGAUGAAGAUCGAGCACGUCAGCCGCAAGGUCAUUCGAACACUCAGACACAGAAGGUACUACCACUCGGUAGUAAAGAGGACCGAUACGAUCAUCUCGGCAGCGCGCGUUGCCUACGGUGGCGCCUUCAGGAACCAGAGAGGCUUGGCUGUUGGCAAAGUGAAGAUCGGUACCGAGUACCACGGUCUACGUGCCGGCCCAGUCAUGCACGCCUCUGCUGAGGAAGGUGGCCAUGUUCGGUUCACUUGUAGCAUUGCCAGCUUUGACCAAAGUACACAGGUGACAUGGUACUUUGGUAGCCGCCAGUUACACUCGAGCUCCAAGUACGAGAUCGCGUACAACAAGGGUUUGGCCAGCAUAUAUGUGAAGGAUGUUGAAGAGGGUGACGAUGGUGUCUACAGGUGCAAGGUGGUGAGCGAUGACGGUGAAGAUAGCGCCUAUGGUGAACUCUUUGUUGCGACGGUGAGAAGCAUCAGGGAGCACUACGUCAGUCGGUCCAUCAAGAAACUAAGAAGGAGGGUCGACAAAUCCCAAAUCCUGUACAGGCCUCCGGAGUUCACGCUGCCACUCUACAAUCGCACCGCCUACAUUGGCGAAGAUGUGCGCUUUGGCGUCACCAUUACCGUGCACCCGGAUCCUCGCGUUACGUGGUUGAAGAACGGCGAGAGAAUCAAACCCGGAGACGAUGACACAAAGUACACGUUCCUGAGUGACAAGGGUCUGUACCAGCUGAUGAUCCACAACCUUGACAUGAGCGACGAUGCUGAAUACUCUGUCCUGGCCCACAACAAGUAUGGAGAAGACAGCUGCAAGGCCCGUCUCACCGUGACACCACACCCCGUGACAGAGGAAACUGUGAGGCCCACAUUCAAGCGUCUGCUGACCAAUGUUGAAUGCGCGGAAGGGGAUAGCGUCCGCUUUGAUAUCAGAGUGUCUGGAAUCCCAACUCCUUCCCUAAAAUGGGAGAAGGAUGGCCAUUCUCUCCAGCUGGGUCCAAAGAUAGUUGUCAUUCAAGAGGAUGCUGACCACCAUGUCCUGUGCAUCAGAGAGACACUGCUCGAGGACUCUGGCAUCUACAAAGUGACUGCAACAAACUGUGCUGGCACUGUGAGUUGCCAGGCAACCCUGAACGUGGACCGCCUCACAUACACCAGAAGAGAGUACAAGAGUGAGGAGGAGAAACGCCGACACGUACAGAGGCAGAUUGAAAGUACCAACAGGAUGGCUCAGAAGAUUGUCGCCACAGAGGAGAUCACUCCUCUGAAUCCGACAGCCCAAGAGGCUCUGAAAUUUGCUGCGGAGAUGUACAAGCCUGCCUUCAGCACCAAGAACGUCGAGGGCGAGUAUGACAUCACAACGGUGAAAUCAGAGACCAAGAAACUAGAAGAAGAACGAAGGAUCUUCAUGCCGUAUGAGAUUCCCGAACCUGUGGUCCAUGACCGCCGAGCUCUGGAUGAGAACAAAGCUAUUAAGCAUUUUGUCGCACUCUCUGACAUGAAGUGGUAUCGCAAAUUGAGAGACCAGCAUCUGGUUUCAGAGAGUGCGGAAAGGUUUGUGCCAAAGCGACAAAGACGAAUUCGCCUGUCCAGGUGGGAGCAGUUCUACGUCAUUCCGCUGCCCAGGAUCACAGACCAGUAUAGGCCAAGAUGGCGAAUCCCCAAAAUGACUUUAGACGACCUCGAAAUUGUCAGACCCGCCCGCCGCUCACCAUCCCCUGAAUCCGAGAUAUCGUUUAGAUCUAGGAGACGAUCUUUGGGAGAUUUGAGUGACGAGGAGCUGCUGAUGAGCGCUGAUGACUAUCUGUCCGCCAGGAGGACCGAGCAGGAGAAGAUGAUGCUGGAGGAUGAACUGGAGCUCGGCUUCUCUGCCUCCCCUGCAGUCAGUCCAGUUCGAAUUGAACGGCGUGCGGUGCGGCGUGAAGAGAGGUCUCAGGAGCUACGGCAGGAAGCUCUGGAGGUGGCGGAGACAAAGAAAAAGCGUACCGUUUCCCAGUUCAUGAGGAGAAGGCGCUCACUGUCCCCCACGUACAUCGAGCUGAUGCGUCCAGUCUCCGAGUUGAUCCGACCAUCUCGCGUGAGGCCGGCGGCUGAGGUGGAAACUGAGCUCGUAGAAAGGAGAUCCCCAACGCCAGAGAGAACUCGCCCCCGGUCUCCGAGCCCCAUCAGGUCUGUUGAGAGGUCCUCCCGUUCCUCCUCUCGCUUUGAGCGCUCUGCCCGCUUUGACAUCAUGUCCCGUUAUGAGGCCAGAAAGGCAGCUCUGAAGUCUGAGAGGACCUAUCAAGUGGUUAGUCAGUCACCAUUCAGCCUGGAUCACGGCCCCCGCGUAACCGUCAGGAUGCGCUCUCACCGUGUGCCGCUCGGCCGGGACACCAAAUUCACUCUGAACAUCCAAGCCAAGCCAGAGGCCGAGGUCAAGUGGUUCCACAACGGAAAUGAAAUCUGUGAAACCAACAGCAAAUACAUCUUUAGCAACAUGAGCGGAGUUCUGACCAUCACCAUUCUGGACUGCCAGGAGGAGGACAGCGGCACAUACCGCUGCUUCUGCUCCAACGCCAGAGGAGAAGCCUCGGAUUACGCCACCCUGGAUGUGGCAGGCGGUGACUAUACUACUUUCUCUUCCCGGCGCAAGGAUGAGGAAGUUCCGAAAUCACUCGUCCCUGAAAUGACUCGAAUUGAUCACUACCGCUCGUCCCGCUUCAAGACUGGCUACGAAUCUCAAAGUCACUUUGAGGUGGAAGAAAGCAAGACUACGUUAUCCGAGACACGCGAAGACAUCACUCGUGAAAGGUAUGGGGCAUCUUCUGAGAGGUACUCAUCUGCUGAGCGCUACGACUCGUCCAUCAAGUACGCCUCUACGGAACACUUGUCAUCCGCCUCCUCCUACUCUUCUGAUAGGUUUGCUCUUUCUAAAAAACACACGACAGCUGAAACUAAGUCAAAGUACGUUGCUGCCUCCGAGCAGCUUUCUGCCCAAAAGGUGGAGCAGUCUGUUGCAGCCAGAUUCCUCACUAAGCCCCAGUCUCUGACCGUUGCUGAGGGUGAGACAGCCCGGUUCUCCUGUGAUAUUGACGGAGCGCCUGCGCCCUCUGUGACCUGGGUGCACCAGGGGAAAACCAUUGUCUCCACCCACCGUGUCCAAGUCACCGCCACACAGUACAAGUCCAACCUGGAGGUCUCUUCUGUUACAUGCUCUGACGAGGGCAGUUACACAGUCAUCGUAGAGAACUCUGCGGGCCGCCAGGAGGCUCAUUUCACCUUGACCAUCCGCAGGCCUAUUCCUAAAGCGGUCAAGUGCAUCAAGUCCCCAGAAUCGAGUGUGAAGUCACCGGAGCCUUCAGGCACAUCGCCACCGCCAUCUGUAACUUCCCCUGGUCCCAGUGUGAAGUCACCAGAACAUAGCAUCAAGUCCCCUGAACAAAGCGUGAAGUCUCCAGCACCAAGUGUCAAGUCCCCUGAACCGAGUGUGAAGUCACCGGAGCCUUCAGUCACAUCGCCACUCCCGUCUGUAACUUCCCCUGGUCCCGGUGUGAAGUCACAGGAACGUAGAAUCAAGUCCCCAGAACAAAGCGUAAAGUCUGCAGCACCAAGUGUCAAGUCACCUGAACCGAGUGUGAAGUCACCGGGGCCUUCAGUCACAUCGCCACUCCCGUCUGUAACUUCCCCUGGUCCCGGUGUGAAGUCACAGGAACGUAGAAUCAAGUCCCCAGAACAAAGCGUAAAGUCUGCAGCACCAAGUGUCAAGUCACCUGAACCGAGUGUGAAGUCACCGGAGCCUUCAGUCACAUCGCCACUGCCGUCUGUAACUUCCCCUGAUCCCAGUGUGAAGUCACCGGAACAUAGAAUCAAGUCCCCAGAACAAAGUGUGAAGUUACCAGAACCAAGUGUCAAGUCCCGUGAACCGAGUGUGAAGUCACCGGAUCCUUAUGUCACAUCGCCACCACCAUCUGUAACUUCCCCUGGUCCCAGUGCGAAGUCACUGGAACAUGUCAUCAAGUCCACUGAACAAAGUGUGAAGUCACCAGCACCAAGUAUCAAGUCCCCUGAACCGAGUGUGAUGUCACCAACGCCUAGCGUCAAGUCCCCUGAGCCCUCGGUGAAGUCACCAAUACCCAGUGUGAAGUCACCAGUGCCAGGUGUCAAGUCACCAACUCCUGCUGGGAAAACACCAGGUAUGUCAAGCAAAUCUGGUAUCAAAUCCCCUGAACCCGAGGGAAUGAAGUCUCCCAGGGGUAGAAAAUCUCCUGAACCGGAACCUAAGUCACCGCCACCAAUCAAGGCGCCAGAAGCUGAGGAACCUAAAGCACAGCGAGGCCGCAAAUCACCUGAGCCUGCAGAAAUUAGACCACCUACAGGCAUCAAGUCCCCAGAACCUGCCGUCAUCAAAACACCAAGAGGCGUCAAGUCUCCAGAACCGUCUGGCAUUAAGUCACCAAGGGGGGUGAAGUCCCCCGAGCCAGAGGGAGUCAAAUCCCCGACCAGAAGGAAGUCUACACCUCCCGUGUUGUCCCCCAAAAGGGUCCUGUCUCCGCCAGCUGUCGAUUCACCAACCCCCAAGCCGCCAAAAGUAUUGAGUCAGCUGGCGCCUAUGGCCUGCGAAGAUUCAGUGAAGAUAUCUUGUGUUUGCGAGAGCAGCGUCAAGGAGGUGGCGUGGUACUGCAACGGGAGACGUCUUGCCAAGAGCAGCCGCUUUCAGAUGCAGUACUCCGAGGGUUCCUGCAGUCUCUUCAUCCACGACCUGGCCGACGGUGACCAGGGCGAGUACACCUGUGAGAUGACGUCGGAGGGAGGCGUCUCAAAGUCCUCCUUGUCCUUCACCGGACAGGUUUACCAGUCCAUUCGCAUGAAGAUCAACGCUUUCCAUGAAAAGCACUUUGCACUUAAAGGCUCCGCCAGGUCGAGCUUCAAGGAGUCGUCCUUGUCCAGCUCCUCCGUGGCCAUGAAGAGAGAAAGUUGCACCGUGGAAUCGUCGUCCUCAUCUUUCUCGUCGUCCUCAUCCUCCGCCCAGCGAGCCAUGAGGUCCUCCAUGAUGGAGUCCAGACCCUUUGGCAGCAUGAUGGGCGAAUUGAAGUUUGAGACUUCGUCUAUGGCCAGCGUGUCCUCCAUGGCUUCCGAGUCGUACGCCGCGAGCACCAGCAGCAUCUCGGAAAUGAGCUCGCACCUGACCGGAUCCUCCUUCCGGGCCAUCGGUUGCGCUCCCAGAAUCGAGGCGGUGCCCGAGGACAUCAGCAUCGAGGCCGGCAAGGUGCUGACGGUGGCCUGCGCCUUCUCGGGGGACGCCGCCCACAUGGAGUGGUCCCGCGGCGGCCGAAAGAUCCAGCUGUCGCCGGGGGGCCGCUUCCACAUCGAGACCGGCGAGGACCUGACCACCCUCAUCAUCGCCGGCGUGCGGGAAGAAGACGCCGGGACGUACACCCUCAAGCUGUCCAAUGAGCUGGGAUGCGACACGGCCACCGUUCGCAUCAGCGUUCGAUCUGCGUGAAAUAGAAAAGAAAUUAACAAACAAAACAAAACAAAAAAGAAAGAAAGAAAGAAACAGAUGAGCAUUAGCAAAUGACACUCCGAGCGUUCCCUUUUUCCUCAUCUUUUUAUUUAUGAUCGGACUCCACUUGUAAAUAGGAACUCUUUUUGUACCAAACGUGACAAUCUCCAUUAUGGCCACUUGGUGGUGCCACUUUUGCAGUGACAUGUACAUAAUGUAUAUAGCCGGAUGUGACGGUUAUGAGGAAUGUAUGCAUCGUGAUUUGUCACGAUUAAUAUGAAGCGAAACAAGGAAACCAAAAAAGGCUUUUGACAGGAGAAAGUUCCAGCCGGAGCGAAUACCCUGUUAAAUGCAGAAACUCCAAACCGUGUGCCUCAACGUUACGUUGACGUCUAAGAUUGCCUCGGCAGGUAGAGCUUCUCCCUGUCGAAGUUUACUCAACACUAGACUUGGGAGGGGGCGGGGGCGGGGUGGAAUCAACCCCCCCCUUCACCCCACCCGAAAAAAAGAAAAAAAAAACAGUCCACACGAGCGCGAGGUCCCGAGCGCUGUUUGCGUCAACCCUCACGUAAGCAGCGCAAACGGCUCUCGCGCCGCGCCGGAUGAUGUCGUACCGCCGUUUUCGACGACACGCUCACAGUGCGAGCGGCCUGCACUCCCUGAGCACGUUUUGGUUUGCUUUUUUUUUUUGUUAGUUUUGAGCGUCCGACCUUUGGCGCCCGGCCCGCGGCCCGCCACCCUCGCGGGGGCCGCGAGCCGCGCCGGUGGCCCGAGGCGGCGCUUCCUCCAGGAGGCCUGCAGCGUGCGUGCGUGUUAGUGUGUAGACCAGCGCCCGGCCUUCCGUCCAAACGCCAUCACGUGCGGUGGCCCCGUGGGGCUCUCCCGCAUCUCGGGACCCUCACCCGCGGGGAGACCCUCCUCCUCUCGACUUGGGUGUUUGUUUGUUUUUUCGCAGCCUCCUGGGAUUUUUCCUCCAUUAUUGAUUGAAUAAAGCGUGAUUGUCAGCACAGCAAGAAAA